AUGGAGAGACUUUCGCAGUCUAGCCAGCUUAGAGAUGUUUCUGAUUUCCGGGCUCUUACCGAAAAGCCGCCGGAGAUCUCAGUGAAGGAACGGCUGCUAGUCAGUCUGUUGGAAAACUAUCGUCGUUAUGAGAGACCAACAGAGGGUCUUCAGUCACCCACUGUUGUCCAUGUGGCCAUCAAGAUUCUGGCUAUUACUUCGGUGGAUGUUAUUAACAUGCAGUAUACGGCAGACAUGAUACUCGUACAGACCUGGACUGACCCCCGUCUUAAGUGGGAAAACAGUGCCACCUUCGGGGACUUCAAGGACAAUCUGCUGUUGACGGCGAAGCACGAUGAGCUCUGGAUACCGGAUCUCUUUUUCCGCAAUGGCAAGGAGGGUUUUAUGUACAGGAUGACAAUGCCCAACUAUAUGAUAAGAGUGAACCCCAGUGGCCGAGUAAUUUACAGUCAGAAGAUCACCAUGAAUUUGGCCUGUCAGAUGUAUCUACGCAAUUUCCCCAUGGAUCGGCAGUACUGCGACAUGGAUAUUGGCAGCUAUGGUUACACGAUCGACCAGCUGAAGUUUGUGUGGGAUGAAUCUAGGCCGUUGGUAUUCGCGGACGACAUGCAAAUCUCGGAGUUCAACACGCCAACUGAGACUUUCACGGAGGUACGCUUUCGCUUGUCAAAUUGUUCUAUCACCUCCUGCCUCAUAGUUGUUAUCAUUCGCGCAGAGAUAGAGAGAGAGGGUUUUUAAUCUACUAGACAGUCGAGCUGCUACCCGAAUGCCAUUCCAGUUGCGCGUUUAAGCCACCUUGCAUGUUAACGCGAAAGUUUUACGGCACGUGAACUCACGGUGUUUCCAUUGCUCCUUACCGGUCCAAGUAUACGUCCACGUUCCCUCCUAAUCGGUUAACAUAAAACGUCAUUUAAUAAAGAUGCAUGAAUUUUUAAACUGCCAUCUCACAAAUCCUGUGAAAAAUGUUGUUAACUGCUAACUGUAAGAUUAUUUGCUCAUUGAACAAUGCAAAAACGCUUUAUGUAAAUCAACGGAAAUCUCAAAAACGUGGUUAGCAAACUUUGUCUGAUGAGAUGUGAUGAUUUCGAGGAGCUAACUCCGCAGCAGACGUGACUAAAUGGCGUACAGAUGGUAGCUUUUUAACAACGAGCUUUUAAAAAAUCACAGAUGCGCAUUACCUUUUAGUCAAAAGCAAACCCUAAAUUACGCAAAUAUUGUAAGAUCGCGUUUUAUAUGUUUGGGUAUAACAAAAAACCUAAGAUAAAUUUGGAUAUCGCACUGAUGAGCAAAAAGUUUACAUAAUAGACGAAACGCAGAUAUCGAUGAACCUUGAAUACUGGACAAAACCUCAUGCAAACGUGAGGAAAAUGUAUUUUUGGGUUUUUAAAUGGACCACGCAGUCCGUCGAACAACCAUAAGCAGCCGAGUUUUACAAUGAUUUUGACAUUGCGUAUGCUGAUCCGGUUUCUUCAUACCAGAGAACGAAACACGUCUAAGGCAGACAAUCUCUUAUCUGCAGUGUUUAGCGUAAUAUUAUGUUCAAAUGAUGAAGCACAAUUCUAAAAUUACCGAGUUUCUGGCCGUUCAUCGUUUAUGGAAUAAAAAAGUGACAAAAUGUAAACAUAAUCUUAUAUCUAGGGUGAUAUGUUUGACCUGUGUCAAACGUAGGUGCCUAGCUACCAAAACCCGACCUCUACAGAAAGUCUGCAAACUUAAAGUGGCGGAGCUGACUGGGUCUCGAUUAGCACACGAUGACUACUUUACGUGCAAUCGUAGUCUUAUUACGCCUUAUAAAGCAAACACCUUUGUAGAUAAGUGCAUCACAGUCCUGGGACAGGUGAUAGCAUGAAAUAUGCAAGAACUACAGACCUGAAAAGAAAAGCACAAUAGUUAGUAAGGCAACCGCAAAAAGCAGUACCAGCGUUCGACGGCCGAGUUUACAACGACCGCAAUUCCUCGGAUCACAAGCGCUUACUCCCAUUCGUCCAUAAGAUGUCUUAUGCUAAUAGGCAUUUGACGGAGUAGAACUCGGUUUGACGGAUGUGAGCAACAAAAUAGUAAACGCCCCAUAGGCAGGUUAACGAUAAAAGGUUUUGGCUUUUUUGGAACAGAAGCGUUGCAGUUCUGAAGUCGGCUGUUUCGGGCAAGAAGGACGAGUUGAUAUUUUAGUAGACAAAUUGGUGCAUUUAAUGGUGUCCAGCUCUUUGCGAACAUUGGCGAAGGUGAAUGUGCAGUUAGUCAACAGGGGCAUUGUGAUAAAUUUCCGGUGCGCUGAAAGAACCUGAGAUAAAAAUUUAUUAAUUCUUGAGCGACCCUAGUAACCCAGCUGAGAAUUAUCGGAGGGUGCUAGGCAAGUAUGCAAAUUCCAACGACCAAAUUGAAUAGACUGUGGAUCAACGUACUAAGGUCAUCUUGCGAAUGCAAUCGAACUAAUGUAGGCAUUCAACAUGAAAUAAUGGUCACAGACUGUCUUGUCGUAGAUCGAAAACGUGUGCAACGUUUACUCACAAUACAGGCAAAUCUGUUAUUAUUUCCUGUAAAAUGAGUUUGCAAAUUAACGUUUGAAAAGAAACCACGAGUUUUGAUAACUAAGUGUCAACAAUGCCUCAACUAAAUUAAGAACAUUCACCGCUGUUGAAACGGUGCAUUGAUGUGAGUAUAACAUACUCAAGACGUUUGAUAUAAUUCUAUCGCCUUCUCUGAUUUAGGCCUUUGCAGUAGAACCUGCCAAAAGUUACUUAAUCAAAAGCAAUCCGAUGCACAGUGCGCAUGAAACCGCAGGCUUUGCUAAAUGCCAUUUUUAGUAACAAGUAAUAAUGGUGUUCCUGCAUUUCCGAACGGUUUUCGGAGUGCCAUAUCCUGAAAAGUUAAAUAAUUCCUUUAAAGACUUAAUGCGCUAAUUAAUAGUUUGCGGUAUUAUUCAAAUUAUAUUUGUUAAGCUUACUAGUAAACCUCUUCAGCAAGAAGCAAAAACAUUCAGGUCAGUUAAUGUCCCCUUCUAAAACAGUUAUCCGCUCAUUCGCCACCCUCUCCUCAUAUGCCCAAAGCCCACGUGUUUUUAAGGUGAACUUAACUCGAUUUCUUUUAUCACUGGCAUGCUUCUAUUUCUUCCACGAUUAAACUUUAUCGGAAGCUAUCUCUUCUUCUAAUGACUGCUAUGAGAAUUUUCGCAACUCCGAUUUUUCUUAAUUAAAACAUGCAAAUAGGAUAUGGUAUUUUAAAUGAGACGUUUUGGCCAUUUUGUACGUACAGAUUUAAUAUCUCCUGAAAUUAUCGGUUAAGUUUUGAUGUAUUUGUCGUAAGUUACUUUAGUGAAAUAUGCCUCUCGACAAAAAAGGAUUCGGGAUAGGACUGCAUGGUCUAUUGCUCGUCCUCAACUUCUUUAAACGGUACUUCGCAAUUUAGGUCCAUGAUUUGAACCUUGAGUUACUUGGACAUUGUAGAUAUUCAUUCUGCAAUCGAGGUAGCUCACUGCAUUACAUCUAACUCGAUCAUAUAAUGAGAAUUAAAACGUGGAAUAUUUGAGACGGACACAAUAGCAUAGAACUCCUUCUGGCAACCUCCAGCAAAAUUCCAGACGUUCGAAUUCAUGUCCAAACUUUAAGUCUAAGCAUCAUCUUAAGACUUACCAAAAAUUUAAGCCUCUCACCCCGAAUCUAGAUUAGUCUUGAUGUGCUGACCAUCAAAAUAUGCCCCCUCCCAACCCUUCCAACCGCAGCCCUAAUGCCAAACACCCAGAAUAUAGAAGAAAAUCAUUUGUAAUGCGGAAAUUCAUAUUCCGUUAGCCACUCCGUUUUCGUUGCAUAAAAUCCAAGACCAAUGAAUGAUUUACUAACGCUCCUUGUCAUCGCAUCAAAUCAGCUUGCAUAUUGCAAUCAAGGCUAGAAAAAAUUGACCGGAGUUCGCCGGAGGCAUUAGUUGCAUUGCACAUAUAUAAUUAAUGAAUUUUAGUGAUUCGACUCGAAACGCAGCACGUGGCCUCAUGUGUUGCCUCAUUUUCGUGAUGAUAAACGAUCCAUUCUUAUCUUCGACUAAUAUUCAUAAGGUGAACUUUACUCGAUUUCUUUUAUCACAGACAUGGUUCUACUUCUCCGAUGAAAAUUUUUCAGAAGCUACGUAUUCUUGCUAUCUUGUCUUCCAAUUACUGCUAUGAGAAUUUUCGCAUCUCCGAUUUUUCUUAAUUAAAACAUGCAGCGAAGAUAUGUUAUCUUAAAUGAGACAUUCUGGCCAGUUUAUAUGGACUGAUUUAAUAUCUCCCGAAAUUAUCGGUUACGUGGUGCAUACUUGUCCUAAGUUAUUUUACUGGAAUGUGCCUCACUGCAAAAAAGAGGAGCUGGGGUAGGAAUGCAUGGUUUAUUGCUACUCGUUAAAUUCUUUUAACGGCAUCUCGCAAGAUUUAAACCUCGAGUUACUUGGACACUUCCGAUAUUCAUUCUGCAAUCGGGAUAGCGCACAGCAUUAUAGCUAACCUGACCAUAUAAUUAAAACUGAAGCGUGGAAUAUUUGAGACGGGCACAAUAGCAUGGAAACCCCUCUGAAACCUCCUGCAAAAAUCCAGAGGUUUCAAAUUCAUGUCCAAACUUUCAGUCUAAGCAUAAUCCCAAGACUUGCCAAAAAUUUAAGCCUCAUGCUAUGGUCUUGGAUUUGCUUUCAUAUACCAAUUCUUAAAAUAUGCCCAUUUGUGACCCUUCCUACCGUAACCCUAUCCUCAAACACCUAGAAUCUGGACGAACACCAUUUGCAAUGCGGAAAUCCUUAUUCCGGUAGGCACUCGGUUUUUUCUACAUGAAAGUCAAGAGCAAUGAAUGAUUUGCUAAAUUUCCUUGUCUUGGCAUUAAACCAGCCUGUAUAUUGUGGUCAUGACUAAAAAAAUUGACCGGAGUUCGCCGGAGGCCUUAGUUGCAUUAGACAUAUAUAAUUAAUGGAUUUUAGUGGUUGCACUGGAUACGCAGUACGUAGCCACAUCACUUGCCUCCUUUCCGUUAUGUCAAAAGAUCCCUUCUUAUCUUUGAUAAAUAUUUAUAAGUGAAAGUUGCUUUUUUAUACGUCCGUAUUCUUUAGGUUACUUUUAAUACCAAAUAUACCAGAGAUUAUUUAAUUUAACUCGGUGUACAAGGAUAUAAUCGACAACGUACGUAUUCUUAAUUCACAAGUUCCUAAACGGCAGUUGUUGUCUGAUCGACCACUGACAGCCAAUAAGUCUUUGUUUUCGCAAUAAAAUGUUUUCCCCAUGAUCUUAUUAUGAGCUGUCCUUCCGAAAGUGUAUUCACUAGACUCUGAGUAUGUGAAAUGCUGAAAUACGGGACUCUACCCUUAUAACAGGUAUAAAAUUUACAGCACAAUUCACCAUUUAAUAAUAGAGCCACAUUCUCAAAAAAACAAAAUAUUCAGCUAAAAUGUUGCGAAUUAAACUGGAAAAAAUAGCCCGUUUGGGAUGUCUGCAUAGGGCGAAAUUAUGAAAACUAAUGAUGCAAUAACACCCAGCGAUCUGUUCUUACACCAUUUCGUUUGAUCGCUAUUUCCUCCUAGUCGAGAGCACACCCUUAUGAAAACGGCAGUAUAAUCUGAAUAAUAUCAUGCUUUUUCAUCACAAAAAUAUCUUAAAAAAUGCGCGACAAUUCAUAUUCUCGGACGUUUAACUGAGUAAUAACCGCAGAUGCUGAUUCGUCCGAGGUCGGAGACCGAGCCGGGUACUACCAGCAUCACCAUCAUUAUCGAGCUUGCUCGUAUCCUGUCAACCAACAUUAGAUAAUAUUCACGUACAUAGGAGUGGUGUAAAACAGUCUGUUCUUCACAUCAUAAUCUCCAACACCAGACCUAGCUAAGUCUACAAAUGAGCAAUUUUCACGUUAUACUAUUUCCUCGCUUAUGUAACUGCGGAGAAGGCAGUUUUCGAAAAGGAAAUCAGGUACUACAGGUCGUAUACCCAGAUGAAUAAGUUGCAUUGCGGGAUAGAGCUGCUGUGCUGCCGACGUUGUGGCUAGAGGGGUCGACUAUCCACUGACAAAAAAUGCAAUGUACAAUAUAUUACUGAAGUCCAAAUAGGUCGCCGUCAGCUGUUUGGGGACGAAUGGUCUUAGCAGCUGACCACGUAGGCUCUGGUCUAAUUUGUUGACUUUCUGGCGGCUACCUUGUCACCAACGUAUGCGGUUCGUGCCAAAUAACAGAGAAUUCCGUCUCGUGGUCUAUAGGCCAUUCUUAUUAAUUCUGUCUCAGCAAAGAAUGAAAAAUCUCAAAGAUAGCCUUAACGUAGGGAAUAAUGUAGUUUUUCGGCAAUUGCUGCCUUCGUCGCUAUCUUGACUUGUGCGAUAAAAUGCCCUGGUUGUUUAUUUACCCCAGUAAAGCUAUGUAAACACAGUUUUUCGGUUGCUGCCUCGUCUAGUAGGCUCCGAUUUGUGUCAAUUAAUUUGAUCAGAACUCAAACACAACCGCAUUUGUAAGACGGAGGGAACACCGUAGAAUAUCGUGCCUCAUGCUCGCGAGGCUUUUAGGUAAGACAAGUUGUUUGUUUGUGCUGCCUUCCAUUUUGAGCUAAAUGUACAAACUAGCCGCUCGCAGCAGUUCACUGAUGUCGUCAGUGUGUUUUGCUUUGAAAACGACGGAAGAACGUAUGGAAUUCUGCGCCUUUGCUAACAUUAGAAAGCAGUGGUAGGUAAAACCUAUUUACCUAAUGGGGCAGGGCUUUAGUGUUUAUGAAGGCCUCUGAUAUGCAAGAACCAUGGUCUGACUUGUGUCGUAUGCAGUCCUCAAACAGAGGACGAAGCGUGUCCUACGCUGACAAUUCGACACUGGGCACGAACAAACUUCGUCGAUUUAUUGAUUUUUUUGUCGUUUUGUAAGUGCAUUAAAUAUGUUACUUAUGAACACCACUCAGAAUUGGCAACCACCGCCGGUGCCUAAAGACACUGAGGUAGAAUUUUAGACGCAAGUUUACUGCUUGAAAUUAAGAACUAAUUGUUAUUUCAUUAAACUGAUCUCUCUGUAUGUUUUCGUGUGACGUGGAACACUACAAUUAGGCAACGCAAUCACAACUUAGAUCAACAUACAAGCUUUUUGGCUCUCGAAUGUUUUUCAGAUUGCACCAGUUGGGUUUUUUUAAAUAUUGUUAAUCACUUCUUGCCAUUAGUUAAGCAAACUUCGUAGAGCCGGCCUGUCUGGGUAGGUGGAAUUCCAUGCGGAAACAAAAAGGUUGCGAAAGGAAUGCCUUUUACGUAUUCGGCUAGGGAUGCAAGCCGCAUAGCUACUCGCAUAUUUUGGAUUUCCAAUGUUCAUGCAUUUCGCCACAGGAGAAAGUUGCCGAGUAGUUGUUGUUAGGGACGCUGUUUAUGCGUCGGCCACGCCCGCUAAUUCAAUUAGUUCGGAACUUUACCUUGGUUGUUUUUAUACGACACGCCCAAGCAUUUUGUUUAAUUUGCAAUGCGCUAACUGCUUAAAAGCAUGCGAAAAGUAUGCACUGAUGGUACGUGGUAUCACGUAUAUGCCCCAACAGGCUUGAGUACAAGAGAGAAAUUUUUUUCCAAUGAUUUGCACAGCGGUUUUAUCGGAAAAGGAAAAACCUUAGCCGCAUUUUACUUAGGAUUGAGGGCUGUUAACCAAAUUGGUCCUUUCAAACCACAGUACUCCAGGUAAUGCUAUUUAAACAAGACCUAUCUUCAACAUUCGGAGUACGAAAUACGCAAAUAGUAUUUUUAGGCCUAAUUACAAUAAAUGUGAUAAUUAAAUUAAAUGCAAACCGAAAUUUUGAAAUGCGAUUUCGGUUAGGGAAGAUUCAUUAAGGGGGUUUGUGAAAACAAUCAUCCUGCAGCAUAGUUCUAUAAUAAUUCAGUUACCGCAAGAUGUCGGACUUUCGAAUGGAAUUCUUUCCGGCUGCAUGCAAAAGCCAUUAUGUGCAAAAAAAUGACUGCUUAUAAGCAUGCAUUUCUCCCAUUGAUUUUUGAUGCCCUUAACAAUUAUAAUUACAUUUCAUGUAAGACAUGCAUAAAAUAUUCAUUCUUUUGCUCAUUUAGCAGAAAAUGACACCUUCUUCCAACUUUAUACUCAAAGGAAGGGCAUGAUUCGGUUUAUAAAAGGCUUCUAAUUGCCAGAUUUUUUAAUACCGUGAAAUAACCGUUCAUAAAACGUCAUGUCUUUGCAUUUACCAAUGUGGCUUUUGGAGUUAAUGACAUCAAUCAAAUCCACUGCUAAAUAUUACGAAUCCCAUGUAGUUUUCUCUUAACGUCGUAGAGGAAUGCAUGGUUUUCCGAGCGCGGAAAAACACGGCUUGAGGUUUGGAGAGCCUGAAUGCCACUGCAAUGGCAGGUCAGAUUCAAAAUCGCUCGAGAAUCGAAAGUUUUUGAAAACCAAAUUGUACACUUCCUUUGAGCACAAAAUUUGAAGAGCACGCAAUGUUCCACCGAAUGAGCAAAAUAGUGCAUAUUUGUAUGAAUGCUUUCCAGGAACUAUAAUCGAAUUUUUUUAGGACAUUGCCAAUCACUGAGAAAAAGGUAUGCUGGAUACGUAGUCAUUUUUACAGAGUAUGGUUUUUGCAUGCAGCCGGGAAGACGUUCGUCCCAACCCUGGCACCCUGAGGCAAUUUAAUUAUUACAGACUAAUGUUGCAAGAUGAUUCGUUUAAAUAGCCUGGUUAAUUAUUCUUUUCGAAACGAAAACAUAUAUCGGAAUUUCGGUUGGCAUUUCAUGAGUUAGCUCACCUACUGUAUGUGUUUGAGAAAGUGUUUAUUUGGAGCACAUCCAUAAAAUGUAUGCACUCUCAUAUUCUUAAAUAUGCUUUAUGCCGUUAAAGUAUGUAAUCACAAUUACGGGGCAUAAGCAAAUGAUAAAUGAAACACUACGGCAGAAUUAUUUGUGCAUAGACUAAUUUAGAGUGUUGAUUAUUUGAAGUGUUCCGAAGUAAGACGUUCCAUUUUGAAAAUUUUAAUUCAAAAAUUAAUGUCGCUCACGCUUUUGAAAAAAGUAAAUGUCAAAAGAAAACGAAGUGUUCACCGGGAGAGGUGUAUUGGAGGUCUGGUGUUUCGAAUAGUCGUUUCUUUUAUCCAUCUUCUGAGACUGAAAACUCAUGCACACAGCUCUUCGUUUAUGGCGCACUUUGUUUGAUGCCUGGCCCGCCAAUUCCGCCUGAAGGCUACAUCCGACCCGCAUGUCACCGUGACCUGAAUCUCGCCCAUUUUCGUCGGCCGCGGCGAUAACUGACGGCAUCGACUGUGCCGCGCCGUAACACUCUCCCACAAGAAUGUGCGUAAAACCAAAUAGGGGGGAGGCAAAUUGAUGUGGCGGUUGACAGAAUAGUCGGUAGACAUCCAGACUACUUGCACCUGCCUUUCUGUAUCAACAUCGCCUCGGCCCACAAUUUCAACGGCGUCAAAGUUGAAGAUGUGUCCCAUUUCGGCGUCGCGGGUGUCUAUGUCCGACAUUGUGUCCAACAUUCGUACGGCCAGCAUAUGCUUCGUGCAUGCGUGUUUGCAGUCGUCGGCCGGUUUCCCCACCGUAGUUGCAUAUUCCGCAGCUGCACUGAAGUCAGUAGACAACAGCCGGCAUCUCAUGCUUAGGGAUCGGGUCUUUUGGUCGCAUCACCUGGCGUCAGAUUUUUGAGUCAGGCCUCUGGGCAGAGUCUCUUCUGAGCGGCGCGUGGGAUCUGGCUACGACUUCGAAGACCCCUUUCAUAUAUGGAAUGCACCGCCACGAUUUUCGCUGUUUAUGUUCUUCAUACCGCUUCCUUGGUUGCUUUCGGCUCCGUUCAACGAAUUUUCGCGCAUAGCUGCCGGCUCUGAAGAGUUCUUGGAGGAGCUUCAUUUCCUGCAGUUUGGAGACUGGAGUGCUGCAACGAGUUUCCACCGUCUGUAUAGCGUGCGUAUACAGCUUCGUUUGUGUUACAUUGGGUGGUUGCUGUUGUUACUCGUCGGUUUUCUGUAGACCGACGUCGGCAGUUCACCGUCUGGGUUGCGGCAGACGAGAACACCAAGAAUGACAGUUUGGUCUCCACUUCCUCCUCCAUCGUGAGAUUUAGAUCGGGACUGACUGAGUUCAGCGGUUCUUCGUAGCAGUCAAUUUUGUUCUGGUCUAUGAUUACGAAGGUAUAAUCAACGUACUUCGUCCAAAACUUGGUUUUGUAUUCCCCGAACAGUCAUUUCUCGGAUUUUUGCAGAACCUCCUCGGCAAUGAUUUUGGAGAUUGUUGAACGCAUCGGAGUGCUCUUAAUUUGCUCAUAUGUGAUCCCCUCGAAGGUAUAAAAUGUCCUAUGGCAGUGCCCAUUAGUUCUAUGAGAUCCUGAGCUGUGGGCUGGCAAUCAUCCUCGUCGUAAUUCUGACGUAGCCGGUCACUGAGCGUCUCGACCACAAGGGCCUGUGGUAUGGACGUGAAGAGUGAGACAACGCAAAUGACCGCCCUUAUUUUGUUGAGGAAUUGCUCUGCUGAGUGUGCUGUUGUUUCUGAGCCCGCUGGUUAGGAAUCUUAUCUUCCGAAACAGCCAAUUUGCGAGUCCGUAUGUGGGUGGGCCUCGGAAAGAGACUAUUGGUCGGAGGUAAAUAUCUGGCUUGUGUACCUUUGGGAGACCGUAAAAUCUCGCCAUCCGUGUUUCUGUGAGUUUUGUCAUAUACCAGUCUUUGACGGCGAUGAAUUUUUCCUUCUUUAAUUGAGACAGAAUUCUGUCUCUGAAGAAGAACAUAAGAAAAGACUACUCGAAACUUCACACCUUCAAUACACCUCUCCCGGUGAACGUCUCCAUUUCUUUUGGUACCCCACCUGUGAAUCGCAUUUUCACUACAUAUAAUGUGAAAGUAAAUUUAUUCACCGGUAGGAGGCAAAUAAACACGAGUGGUCUGUUGUUCUAUCGUUUUGUCGCGGAGAACGAUCGUCUUGACCAACUCAUGCACAUAAUAAUGGGUUUUCUUCAUUUGCACUACAAAUUGAACGUCCAUGCAUCAGUGGCUUAGAUUGCUUAUUUACUGUGAAAUAGUGGACAUAAUGGAAUCAUUUUCUAAUCGCAGAAGUCGAAUUUCUGCUUGGCGCUUAGAUUUCUUUAAAUACACAAAGAUGCGUUUUCGAUACGCGAGUUUCGUUUACAUUCCAGUAUCAUGUUAAUCUUAAGCACAAACGCUAUUGGCAAGGAAUGUAUAGAUGCAGCGGUAUCAUUGGCCUAAGUAUAUUUGUUAAAGGAUUCUCUCUUCCCCCUUCCUAUCUAGAAUAAAUAAUUACGAGAUUUUCAGCCUAAUUAAUGCUAGCUGCUGUAUUGCAUAAAAUGCAUCAUAAUGGCUAACUUAGUCACGAUAUUUUCGGUAAAGUUGUUUAAAUCGAAGUCGGUUUAUGGCUUCGUUCGUGUGGAAGCUCAGAUAUCUACGGGAUGGCAACAACUUUUAAAUCCACAGACCGCAUUCCAUAAUUGUAAUUCAAAUCUCUUCUUGUAAUUACUUAAAGCGAAAUUUUGGAUCUAUCGGCUUGUUGCCUAAUGCUUGAUUGUUAAGCUAUAAGCAUUAUCGAACAUACAUUUUUAAAGCCUGAUAAUUCCAUCUGCAUAAAUGAUGCAGACGCAGAGCAUUCGAGAAUGUAGAUAUGAAACUUCAAAUUCGUUCCAGAGAAAAUGACACGAGGCCGAUUGAUUAGAUUUCUUUAAACUGACCAGAAAAUCACAUUGCCCGACACCUGCGCAUUGCUCAGCACCUCUCAGACUUGGAGUUCCACACAGACUGUCCAACACUUCUGUCGAUUAGUUUUCUUUAAUGUUGGAGAUAUCGGCUGGGAUGAGGCGAUCAGGACGACGUAAUCUUAAUUGUGUUGGGAGAAGCCUCGUAGUUCAAACAAAGGCUAUGUCGACGGGAACUGCAAAGGUUCGAUGACUUCAAGGUGCUAGAGAAAAUUUGCCUUAUCGUGACCGCGCAUUAACAGGGUUUGGAAAAUGUAGUAUGAGACCAUUGGGCCGGUCAUGUCGAAACGGAAAGGACACUGCUUCUUAAUCAUCGGCAUUUCUGACUAGCUAGACGCUCUGUUGUGUAUCUUGUGAUAAACACUUCAGAUAAUCAGUUUUCACGCAUAAGAGUGUUUAAGUGAGAUACCUUUUAAGCGUGUCUUAUCCAAACUGGGUUAGAUAUCUAACUUCAAGAGACAAAUCACAGAAAUGUGUGCGCUGUUUUGUCCAUACCAUGUCUCGCAGUAGAUAAUCUUUUAUGUCGGGUCUUUAUAAGUACAGGAAGUCAUCACUACUUCUGUUCGGGAUUCAGAUUAAAUGGUGAGUGAACUCGAUUUCUUUUUAGUGAGUCAGAUGUGCAAAUUAUGUUGUGGAAACUUCAUCAACGUAUCAUCACUAGGAAUCGUGGCUCUCUACAAUCCGGAGAGUCUGAUCUUUUCGGCAUGCCAUGAAGAUUCCUCGCUGCUAUAGAUAAAAGGGACUACCCCUCCGUUGUACCCUCCGUAAUGCGCAAAGGUUGGUUAGCGAAUCGGACGUAAACACUCAAAACGCAACCUUUUGGGAUUCCUGACUAAAUUAUGAAACCGACUAAGUAAUGGAACAUUAUCAUCCCAUUUUGCUCAAUUUAGAGCGUUUGAUAACUAUUAAAAUGCCUAGAGAUGGCUGCUUGAGCCUAAAUUAUUUUUACAAAAUACCGUUUUUCAACAUAUGAUGUGCUUCCUGAAGCGAAAUCAUUAAUUCGCAAUGUCAAAAAACCUUUAGUACCCCUCUCCCACAAACUGGGACUUCGAAAAAUAAAUGGUAGAAAAUGUUCUGCUUGACGACGUCGAUCUUUGCGACGACCCAGUUGGUGCUAUGAAGAACCAUUGUAAUUUCCUGACAGUUUGAUGUUUUUGGCAUAUUUCGCAUAUGAUGCACGCGUUCGCUGUUUAUUUUACUGCUUUUAUACCAGAUCUAAUCAAACCUCUCGGAGUAUGCAAAUUGAGAGUUCUUUUUUACACACUUUUAUACAUCUGUACCGCACAGCUCUAAAGCAAACGCAUGAGAGUGCACACAGUUGGCGUAUUUUCUAACAGUCUGUUAAAAAUCUGCUUGCGAUUCUUUUCAUAUAUUUGAACAUCGACAACCCAAUUCGCAUUUCAGCCCCAUUCAAUAAUGACUUCAAAUAGUUACAGCGAGUGAUCGAUCUCAUGAAAUGUUGGCUGAAAUUCUGAAAUGCGUUUUCGAUUAGGAAGGAUUACUUAGUCACGGUUGUAAUACUGAUUAGCUUAAGGCAUACUUUUAUAACAUUUUGGAUUAAGCAGGAGGUCGGCUUUUAAAUGCACUUCUUUUCAAUCUCCUGUACAGUGCGUGCUCGGUAAAAAAUGACUGCUGAUGUAGCAUGCAUUUUUACCAUUGAUUUUCGAUGGUCUUGCAAGUUUAACUAUAUUUUAUAGAAACCAUAAACAAAAAUUUGAUUUUCUUUUAGCCAAUCAAUAGAAAAUCACGUCUUCUUUAUAUUUUAUACUUAAGGAAGGAGUAUAAUUAAGUUUUAAAAAAAGUUUUUUAAUUGCCGACAAAUUUGGAGCCUGAUUAUUCGCUGCAUUAGAGCUUAGUAAUUUCACUCUACGAGGUGCGUGCGUUCCGCUUAAAGAAAAUCGCAUAUUUUUCUAUUCAAUUAAAGAGAUAUCAUACAGAGUCCAGAAAAUUUUGCAAUGGAUUUGGACGAUAUUUUACAUUUCAUGAGGAGCGGUGGUAAACGGCCAGGUACGAUGCUAUGUGAAUAGACAUUUCGCCAUCUUAAAAAGUCUCAUAGUUAGAAACUUUUUUUAAAACCUUAUAAUACUUCUUCUUUAAGUAUAAAAUAUAAAUAAGACGUGAUUCUCUAUUAUUUGACUAACAGAAAGCAAAUUUUUGUUUAUGGUUUCUAUAAAAUAUAUUUGAGCUUGCAAGACCAUCGAAAAUCAAUGGUAAAAAUGCAUGCUACAUCAGCAGUCAUUUUUUACCAAGCACGCUCUCUACAGGAGAUUGAAAAGAAGUGCAUUUAAAAGCCGACCUCCUGCCAAGUCCGAAAUGUUAUAAGAGUAUGCCUUAAGAUAAUCAGUAUCACAACCGCGACCAAGUAAUCCUUCCUAAUCGAAAACGCAUUUCAGAAUUUCAGCCAACAUUUCAUGAGAUCGAUCACUCACUGUAUUUUAUUGUUAAAAAGCCUGUUAUCAAAAUAUAUUCCCCGGUAUAUUAAAGGUCUAAAGUUUCAUGCAAAUUCAGGUCAUUUUUUAUUGAAACGAGGCGUUUAGUAGGCUUUAGAAAUGAUUUUUCUGAGACAAAAAUAACGGUGGAUAUAAGAUGGGAUGUCCCCACGUGUAUCAUUCACCCAAUGUUUAUCAUUCUCCUUCAAACUAGAUCUGCUUAGCUUUUUCACUAACAAACAAAAUGGCGAGUUUUUCGGAUAUUUCUUUUUUUGUAACAGUGCUGCUAGGUGCUGGUUCAGAGGCCAAAAUACAAAGUUACCGCAUUUCCGCCUACCGUCGUCAAAUAAGACAAAAUUAUAAAAGUGUCACUGUCUUGACUGCACUUGUGCUUCCAGACGAAAUCCCUCGGGGACAUGAAAAUUACUCACCCGUGCAAAGAUAUCACCGAGGAGCUGUAGCGAGACGGUUCGAUUUUAAUGUUGCAUUGUCACUACACAUAAACCUUAAGGAUCGACCUCCCUUAAGACAGUAGACUAACCGUUGCACGACUGCGCGCAUUAACUUUCUGCGAGAUCAACAGAAUAAUUCGUCAUUUUAGGGUAAGAGAAUGCCAUAGUAGUGGCAAAGGUAAUAGCUAAAAUCCCGCACACGCCUGUUUCGGUAGUAAUCUGCUUCUGAAUAGCGCAGCUGCGAGGGGUUUGGCUUAUCACUAAAUAGCAAUAAUAUAUAAAUUGGAGUAUCAACCAGAAAGCAGACGGGAAAUGCUGAGGAUCGCAGCGAUUAGCCAAACUCCUCUCAGCGGUACCACGAAACGGCCGAAAAUCAACGGGACAUGCGUGUAUAGUCUUUUAAUUAAUACCUGUACUGCUAGAAUGAUAUCUUUUUUACCCAAAAUAUACUACCAGCUGCCUCUCGGCUGUUUAGGAAUGGGUUAUAUCGCAGUUAGUAGCCAGGAAUGGAGAGGCGGACAGCCAGGUUCCUGUCGUACGGGACUGGUAGGAAAGCGGGUUAUAUGGGCGGGGUAAAUGGAAGGGCUGGUAGAGGAAUGCUAGAGUUUCUGGGUAAAAAUAAAGUUACCAGGGAAAGUGAUGGGAAGUUUUAAGUAGGUGAAAUAAUUACAGAAAUUUAAACCCUACGCUUAACCCUAAAACCCAACCGCAACCGUAAAGCCUAACCCCAAGCCUUUAAACCGAAACGAAACCAAAAUCCCAAAAUCCAACGUUAACCAAAAACCUCGCCAUAAUUUUCAUCCUAACCUUGACCAUAACCUUAACCCUUACCUUAACCGUAACCCUUACACUGAAACCUGAUCCUAAAACACAAUCCCUAAUCCUAAAACUUAACCUGCGCCUAACUCUAACCCUCACUAAACCCAACAGUCUGAGUGAAACGGGCAAACUGCCUAACUCAGUAAGGACGCACCUACUGGUAACAAGUUCCUUUGACAGGGUAUGCACACCUACUGAUAAAAAAAUACGUACGUCGACAGUAUAAUUUCUGGCUACCAACUGUGAUCUAACCGAUGAAUGUUACGCGGUUAUUUGAUGUGGCAGAUGGAUUCGACCAGAUAUGCAUACAUCAGAUUUCUGUCGAUGCCUAUAGAUCCAAGAAUAUACUAAUCUACUCCAAGUUCGCAAUUAAUUAAUGAGGAAAUUAAAAGGCAACAUAUUUGACAGGCGAAACUCUUGCCUAAGUUUUCGACGCAGCUAGGUCGUCAAAGAGUUUCUUUCGGAAUAUCAAGCCAGUCUGGAAGGCCUGUUCGCUUGCCAUUUUUGUGAAUUUUGACUUCACACAGAACACUGUUUUGCAACUGAGAAAGUUGCCUUUUUCUCUAGGACGCAGUAAAAUAAUUUGAAACUCAUUCGCGCAGAAAAAGUGCCUACUUUUCACGCCACGACUUCCUAAUUUGAGGGCUGUUAAAUCUUUAGGGUAUAACAGGGUGGUGUGCCAAUGUUUGCUCGCAGUAAACAUGAAUCACAAAAUUGACAGACGCGAUCAAGGGCCUACGAACAAGAUAAUAUUUGGCGAUUGUCUUGUGAAUUGAGAAAACAUCGUUUUUGGGCUCAUGUUGAACAUGCAAAAGAAAAUCGUGAGAUUCGCUUUAACAGACAGUACUACUCAACAGGCCCUAACUAAAAUUAGAGUAGUAGACAGCAUUUGUCUUCACUUAAAGUCAACCAUUUAACUGAGUCGUGUUUACACUUAUAAUAUAAACAUUAUACACUUGACGACUAUUUAAAUGAAGGACACUGAACCAGGCUAGCAAACCGAAGGCUGCUGAUAUUAACUUCAUUUCACGCACCAUUUACACAUUCAAUUACGAUGGGCACGUUCAUGUACGAAACUGUGCUGCUUCGGUGAUGCAGGAGUAUAUUCCAGUAGAUGGAUAUACAUAAAUUUAUGGUGCUGAUAUCUGUAGCCAUUACAAGAACUGUCUUUUUGUGAAAGAAUUGCGCUGCUGUGGUGAUCUGUAAAGCCGCCGUUUGAAAACCAUGCCCCUCUGUAUUGGUAAGCACUUGUAUGACCAUUUGUGAAUAGAUUAAUAACCAGGAACACCGCGGUUGACGAUAACUUCAUGUAAAUAAGAUCACACAUUAUGGAGUAUGUAGGUGCCAGGAGGCAUACUGCGGCCGACUAGCUUGAUAAACGAAGCCAAUUAAGAUUUAAAUUGAACUAUUACGAUGCUGACACAGGCCUAACCUUCGCACUGCUUUUGUCCGUGUGUCAGACUUCGCCUAGUCGUAAAGGGUAGGAUGUAAAAAGGAGAAAAAAUUAAACGAAGUCACAGGCGAAAGGAUCAACUUCUGUACUUGUGCAACUGGAUCCAGCACGACAUGACUACGUUUAUCGAGCCGUUUCUCAUCUUUCCAGAAUGACCAUGCCAGUGGUUCGUCAGAACAACGGAUUCUCACAACACUACUUUCUUACUUGUCGUCUAUUCUCAAAGUUGGCUAAUCGUUAUCAGACCUGCCACGCUAUGGACGGUUAAAACACUGUCGACAUGAGAUUGCAUUGGAAGAUACGAUGCAGAAAGCGAAGUAAACAAUAGUGUCGGGACAAUAAUGUCGGUUUUAUUCUGUCUGUAAUUUCUUCAAGGUAUUUACCUUGUUAUACUAUGAUGUAAAAACUCAUAUGCUCUUUCGGGUUUGUAUGUCCUGUAUGUGGCCAAUACUGUACGCCGAAAGAUUUUGUUGCUAUUUCGACAGAUUUUAUAACAGCUGUCAAAAGUAUUGCUUUUAUCUUGGUUGCCACUAAGACGUUAAUCGAAAAUCAGGACAUUAUUUUACCACUAAAACCAAACUAUGGAAGUUACCAAUGUUCGUAAACAGAUCACAUUGUUUUAAGUUGACAACACUUUUCAAACGGCACAAAUACGUUUUUUGACCACACAAACAUCUCUUAAAAUAAACAAUGCCAAAAAGGCUACAAGUCAAAUAGCGAUAAUUUCAACUGUGUGUUUAUCGCUUAAAAACGUAAAUCGAUUAUGUAAUUCGUUCAUGCCGAUUUUCUGCGAAGACUUUUGUAAAACCAGGCGAGUAAAAUUGGCUAUCUUACUUAUUAAUAAUUUACUGACUUCACUUUUUACCUUUCCAGUUAAAUUUGACCAUUUUUAGAAUGCAUGCCACUUUUUAUCCAUUCUGUUUGUCGUAUGUUAACCAGAAACAAGGCGAAACGGGUAUUAGUAGUUUAAGUACGCGAAGCCAUUUCAAACGGAAAACUGUGUAGCUUUAUGCACUAAAGGCUAUAUGGGACCCUAACCUGAUUUCCAUACAAUACUUCCUGAUGAACAAUGGCAUUAGUAUUCAGAUAGUCAUAUUGGAUAUACAUAAUAUAGAUCACAGUAACGAGCAAAUUUCUUGUGGAUCUCCGAAAGCCCGGCAGAAAUCCCUGUUUACCAUGAUGGUUUAUCAAAGUCUAGCUCUAUCCUCAAGUAUUAUCUAAAUAUUUACCUGCCAGUUAGUUUUUCAAAUACGAGAAUCCUUUAUUUCCUGUGAGCUGCUGCCGCGCUCCUUUAAAUUUUCCUGGAGAUUAAUAUAUAAAAUUUGAUUAAAACCGGCAGCCAAAGAGUACAACGAAAACACUGCUUUACAAUACUGGCACCACAAAUAUUAAUUAAUAGCCUAGACGCCUGUUUCACCAACCUUCCGUUGCUGCAUCACGCAGCUGUAAAAACUUCGGCUCACCGCUGGGUGACAUAAUGCCUCUCACAUGUGUUUUGGUUGUGGUCUACUUUAUAAUGCUGUCAACCUGACUUCAUUCAAAGAGUAUGAGCAAACUUUGAGUAAAUCCGCCGGAACCCGUCUUGUUGCUCUCGAUCCAAAAAUGGCCUGGAUAAAUGAAUUGAAUUCCAUCACCUCAUGCUGAAAACAAAAGCAUAUACCGGGUAUCUAAUGAAAAUUUUUAUUAACCGAAUAAUACGUCCAGCGUCUGUCCUAAGUGUUGGUGUCGCGUUUGGCUACUGGCGUUAUAAAAGGCAGCUUACAUGACGACGCGUGGCAUCAUACAAAAACCAUGAGGUUGAUUUUAUCCAUCACAGUUAAAUAAUUAGUCAUACAGCAGGUGGGAUAAUUCAUUAAAUGUCAACAGAAAUUACGAAAUGCGUUUUUGCAUCGAAAACUGAUCAUUAUGAGGCAUAAUUCUAUGAUAAAUCAGUCAGAGCGAUAUGUUGGCUUAAGAACAAUCUUAGUUUUAGCUGCAUGCAAAAACCAUACUCUGUAAAAAAAUGGUCGCUUAAUUUGCAUACAUUUCUUCAUCGAUUUUCGAUUCCCUUAAAAAUUCAAUUAUAGUUCAUGGAGAACAUGCAUAACAAUAUUCCUUCCUUUGCUUUUUGGGUAGCAAUUUACUUUUUUGUAUUUUAUACUCGAAGGAAGGAUAUAAUCCGGUUUUCAAAAGCAUUUUCGAAUUAUCGAAUAAUUUUUAAACCCGCCCUGACAUUACACUUGCAUUCAGGGUUACUAACCUAGAAGCUGUAUACUUUCCGCUUACAGAAAGUCACUCAUUUCUCUAAUGCACUUGGCGAAGACUAAAUAGGUUUCAUAACAUUAAACAGUCGAUAUGGGCCGCAUUGUUAACUAUACAAGUCAUGUUGCUUAAUGCAUAGACAUGACGUUUUAUGAACGCCUAUUUGGCGCUAUUUAAAAUUGCACAAUUAUAAACAUUUAAAGGCAAAUUUUACCCUUACUUCAAAUGUAAAACUAAAAAAACGAAAACUGCAACCAAAUGAGUAAACGAAUGAAUAUUUGCAUGCACGUUUGCCAUGAAAUAUACUGGAAUUGUUAAGAGAGUCAAAAAACAAUGAAAUAAAUGCAUGCUAUUUAAGGGGUCAUUUUUAAAAACUAUGCUCUUUGCAUGCAUGCGUAAAGCCAUGCGUUCAAAGCCGCCGUUUUGAUCUGACUGAUGUAUUAUAGUAUUGUGUUUCAUGAAUAUUAUUUUUAACAAAACUACUUAAUUAAUCUUUUCAAAAAAGGGCCAUUUUGUAUUUUCAGUUAAUAUUUCAUGAAUUAGCCAACCUACUUUAUAAACGAAACGUCUUUGUGUUGUGCGCAAUUUUUGCCCAUCAACGCAAAGUAGGGUUAAGUUGUUCAUCGACCAUUAUUGGCAACGUCGUCAUAAACUACCAGAAUAGAUCCGUUUUCUUCUAAAUGCUUACAUUAUUUAGUAGAACAAAAAAUGCUUAUUGAUUCACGGGUUUUAAUCUUUGUUAUGAAUGUGAUAGUAAACAUUGGGGUCCGAGUGUGAGUUUUUUGAAUUCCGCUUGGAUGUAAGUGAAAUAAAGACACCAUUAAAUAAUAAAGUUCUAAUUCUUGCUUUAUUCCAAAUUGUUGACAAGUGGGUGUCCCUAUACGAAAUUGUGUCGGCAGUUUAUCCCAGGAUAGCCUAAGGCAUACCUGUCAGCCAAGCAAUAUUCUUUCGUUCGUUUUCCUGUUUGACAUGUUAGUUUGAUACUUGAAGCCCGCGGACAUGAAGGUAAAUUAUUCCUUUAAAAAUCGUCAGUUGAAGAACUGAAAUUGUGAAUAAGUUGCGCAGCUCUAUAUAUAUGCUUCCAAGACUAUGCUUUGGGCUUGGUUCAGAAUUGGCCAUAGACAAUAAUGAUUUAGCGCGCUGAAAUACGGCCUUAGCUCUGAAAUAAUAGAGACGCCUGAAUUUACCAUGUGAAAUUUAGUUGUUGUGUGGGUGACUAUAAGCGUCUCUUGCUAAUUCGCUGGACGCACUGCCGUCACUAACCCUUGUUUAUAUGGACAAGCAAACACCUAAUUUUGCGAACCCUGGAAAAGAAAAUUCUUGUGAAAUUCACUCUUCGAAAAAGUUCUCAAAAUAUUAAGUAGUAUAGUAGUGAAACAUCUUUGGCCUAUACCGGCGCAUUUGUGAUGCCUGGAUUAUUCGGUUCUCCUGGUUUAAUUUGAAGAACUUUGUGAACUGAUGCCGAACGACUUGGGACUGGUGUUUUCGCUGUAAUUUAGUAUAAGCCAGGCCCACGGCCAAAAGUUGUGGAUAUGUAGACGUCUGAUCGAUAAACAGCUGACCUGACUUCAACCAGCUCUUUUCCUAGUUCUUUAACAUGUCAGUGAAAUUUUAAAAAGCCGCCAUGUAUCUUAGUCGAAGUCUGGAACUUUUAAUAUAAAACCAGACAAUGUUUUCGCGAUUUAUUUGUUGCAUCAGCCUGUAAAGCAGCUAGGGCCGAUCACAGAUGAACAUUUGACUUGAAUCUAUUGUAAUUACUGGGCUGUUGACUACUGUACACAAAUUAACUGAACGCGGACAGCGUCUGCACAACGUAAAAAAAAUCAUGUAAAUUAUACAAGAAACGCUUGAAGAGAAUGGUGCCUUCAGUCCUCUUGUAAAUUAAAAUUACUUGAUUAAUUACCUUCGCGCCUGCAUGAAUGGACGUAAUUAAUUGGCAGUCAACAGUUGGCUGAUUCGCGUUCUACCGUAACUUGUAGGUGUGCCCACGAUACCUCGUUUACCGGCUUCAUUUGAGUAGAUGGAGAAAUUUUGCUUCCAUAUCAUGCAGCGAAGUGUGAUUUAUAGCGUCGAAGGUUGGUCGCAUAGCAACUGACAUUCAGUAGGCCAUAUGUGUAGUUUGCACUGUCCACUGUUUACGCAGACACCUAUUUUUAAUUUCCACUGAUGCCAGCCAAAGUAUGACUUUCGAUCUAAGGCUAUUUUUACAUCUGGCGAGAAGAAAUGUCAUUAAAUGAAAUGCAUUAUCUUUAUAGUCCACUUUUUCGGAAAGAGCGCCAACGUAAAAAUUCGUUGCUUGGACAAGAUUGUGGGGACACUCGUCAUGGCUGUGAGCAGUUUGCCAUGAUAGGAGGAUUGUGGUGUCUCCCAGACAAACAGCAUAUUGGACUAGUUGUAGUAAACAUAGUACUGACAUAAAACAGUAAAAUUUUAAGUUGGCACUUGAAAUGCCUUUAGCUCCUCACCACUCUAUAUAGCAUAAAAUAAGACCAUAUUUACAGGCGACCACGACAUUGUCUGGUUUUGCGAAGCCUACGGAGCAGGAAAUUAUUAUUUUUUUAUGACUAACAGUCGACUGGAUUCGGAUGUUUAAAAAUAUGUACAUCGCGGCCAACCGACAUGUAGCGGAUUGUAGUAUGCAACGACUGGAAAAUGAGUGUUUAAAUAUGAUCCCUGGAGGAUAUUUUAGCUGCGUAUUUCUUUUAAUUCACAAGAGGUUAGUACACCGCAAAAGAACCAACCUGCCUGAACCUUAAGAAGUGCUAUUGGUGCCAUUUCAACUACUCUGUAGAUGACAACUGUACUUUAGUUAGUGCUUGACAGCGCACUUAAGCUGCUGGUCGCUACAAUUUGCAAGCUCGCGGCAAAAAGGUGAUGUGGCCAGGAUACAUAUGACGGAAUUCAGCUAACUACAGAAGAAUGUUUUUAAUCUCAAUUUUGGAAUUUUUCAAUGAUCAUUAGAUCAUGCCUAAGGGGAAGUGAAAUUGUGGAGUUUUUACACAGUUCUAAGCGGCUAUUUGCAGAUAUGCCCACAGACUAUCGCUGACGCAGUACUCGGAGGAAGAAGGCCAGUCGAAAAGUGGAUGCACCGUUUGAUAAAAUUGCAUUUUAGAAUUUGCCCCCGAGGACAUCUUCAAAACUGGCAACAGUAACAUCGUAAGCUGCACUUCUAACGGUCGUUAGCCAAUAAGCUACCAAUGCCUCAGAGCUGGAGGUGCAUGCUAACACAAACUAACAUGUCUAGUGGCUGGUGCCUCACCAUUGGACCAGGCUUUGAUCGGUCCUGAACUCUAUAGCCUCAAACAUUAAAAUGAUCUGAACGGCAUAGCGAAUUUCUGGCGUACGAUCCCUACCUGCCGUACAACAAGACAUGCUUCUGUGCCGUUCUCCUUUAGGUGGCAGCUUUUAAAGACCUCAAAUAUUUUUGUGGUUGCCCGUUUGAAGACGCUAAGAUAUGUUCGGACCGUAGAAUGCUAGUAUUGUUUAAGUCAUCGUUGAGUCUAGAAAAUCGGAUAUCAAAAUCACAUGGUUAACCGGUUGUUUAGUUUCCGAUAGAUUUUCGCCCAUAUUUUUACGCGAGGUUUCAUAUUGCCGGCUCAACAGUAUUCGCCUUCUUUGCGGACCUGCAUUUCAGUAACAGGGAGGAACUCAAUUUUUGCGUUUUCAAAUUUUUGAUGCAAAAGUCAUGGUUUAAGUUGAUCAUCUUCUUUUGUCUGGUGCGGCUCCAGCAACGAUCAGGUAAAGUGCCUUUAUGCCGUGCUAUCAGAACAACCUGUUCUGGGAUUGAUUCCUUACUAUACAGAAAUAAGCUGCUUUCUGGACUGUCUAGAACGGACCAAAUCAAGAACUGCUCCUCCCUCAUUCGCACGUCAUUUAGAAAACAGAAUUUGUAUACUUUUUGCAAUACUGACAACCCAGGUAGAAGCUAAAAGAUUAGAAACUCGUGUUUUGUCGAUCUUGUGCGCUGCCUAAUGCAGCUGCGAAGGGUUCGGGUCAUCAGCGGGUCUGGUAUAUAAACCCCAUUUUAACUCUGCCCCGUUUAGUUUCUAAGGAAGGGAAUGCGCGAUCUUGGAGUAAAUCCCUCGGAACAGGCCUUUUCAGGCAGGGUCCGAAAUUUGAUAUAAAUAUUUAGGCUGAAAUUUAUCAGCUACUGCGAAAUAACCGCGUAAUAUUCACAGACCGCCAACAGGCAGUUAUUAGUAUAGAACUAUGCAAUUAUUUAGUUUCUACGUGGUUGUCACUUAGGGGAAUAGUUACAUAAUCGUAUACAGCUGGCUAACUUUUGUCGGUUUGUGAAUAUUGCGCGGUUAUUUUUCAGUAGCUGAUGGAUUUCAGCCCAAAUAUUCAUAUUAAAAUUUUAAACCGUGUCUGAAAAAAGUCUGUUCAGAAAGGAGUUACUUUAAGGUCGAGCAUUAAUUACUUGAAAAUUAACGUGACAGCGUUUGCGGCCAGAACGUUCGUAUGGGAACAAGUGUUGCAAAUUCAAACCGGACGAAUUAUUAGCCGUGUAAAUGGUCAAAACGCAUUCUGAUUCCUUAAGGGUCGCGGAAUCCGUUGGACCUAAUCUCAAGUAGAAAUCACCAAAUAUUCGAUCAUUUACUCUCGCCAAUAAUCCGGAUGCGAUAUUCAACGAUUUGGCUAAUCGUUGCGUCCUAAUUAUUUGUCAGCAUAUGUGUGUUCACAAACCUGCCUGAACGUUUUCCUUUUACAAAUUAUAGCAAGUGUUACAGAGCAAAAAUUAAAAGGAGCUCUCUGUUCGUCACCUAUGAAACGUAGAAUUUGUGUGCAAGAAUAUCUGCGAGAUUUUGUUCUAAAAACAUUUAAGAGGGGCAUGUAGCCUAGCUAUAGAUGUUCGUCCUUUUAAUAGUAUUUUCGUCAAUUCGACUUGACAGGUACGCCAAUCCUUAUGUACUGAUUGUCUGUAGGUUAGAACCACAGUUCAAUAUAUCGCAAAUGUAUAACCCACCGGAAUAAAGUUAUCACUACGUGUUCGCAAAUAUCAGUCGUUUUCCCGACUGAACAUUUAACACACUGGAAAGUGAUUUUGUAAGCACGACAGUUUUCUAACAAACAGUCCUUUCAACCUAUGAUAUAAUAAAGGUUUAUACAUCGGAUGCGCAAACGGCUACUGUUUAGAGACAUUAAAGGUACUUGUCGAAAUUAUUAAUGCCUGGGUUUUCUUAUCGUGGUAGUAACGAUCGCGUAGAGGUGACCGUGAACUGUUAAUGAUUCGUGUAACGAAGUUCACUUUUUCAGAUAAAGAAUCAGGACAAUUAGUUAUCUGAAUAAAACAUGUUAGUUAAAAAUCAAUUCAAUCGGCAACUUUAAUUCCGCAUGAUCACUCCCGUCCGUGUCAUAAGCAGCUGCUUUGUCUAGGCACCCUUGAAAAAGUGUCUUUCCAUUGCGAUUCUUUUUGGAUUGAGCUGUUAAAACAGUGAUACUAAUUGGUAAGUCCCUGAAAUGCCACACCAACAUUUAAAUUCAGCUGAAACUGUUGGAUAAUAAGAACCUAUCAAUCAUUAUUAAUUUUUUAUUAGCAGAAAAUCUAUAAUUUUUGGAUUCGUAAUUUUUUUAAGUAGACGCUCCCAUCUGUUUUAUACGUUUCGGGACUCAUAAUUUUUUCGAAAACCUUCUCCUGAGGAAACUUUAGUAGAUAUUUUUUUCGAUUUUUUCUUUGUCCCGCAAGUCUGAUUAGUUGUCCAGAAACUCAAGACUGCCGUGGGCGGCACACAGCAUGCACACAAAUUUGUGUUCUACAACCGGAAGGUUUUAUGCCUCUAAAUGAAAUUGAAUGCUUGCUUACGUUUGGCUGCAUAAUACAAAUGCUAAAAACAGCUCUCGCACAAUUAUAGACCUCUUUUUUCAGGAUAUAAUUGCACACCACAUCAGUUAUUCAUAUAAUUGCAUGUUAGCAUUAUUUUCAUGUGCUGAAAACAUUUGCAUUAAAAUGUUUCCCAGACAAAAACGGUUUUCUAAGGCAUACAAACGACAGGGUGGGACCAGUGCUUGAGUGAACACGCGUUUCUGCCCUGUAAAAGAAAAUAAUUUAAGGUGGAGCCUGUCCAACAUUGCAGAAUGAGUCGGAAACAAUUUAAGGGUGUGUCUUUCUGCUUACGCCUAGAGGAACUUUCGUUUUUACGGUUUGUUAGCAGGUAAGGUAGGGGACUCAACGCGUAUUUUUUUCUAUCAGUGAGUUAUCACCAGUGAAUAGUAGGUCUUGCAGUGGGUUAUUUUCGGUAACGACAGCUGAAAUGUACCUUUAUCUGCGAUGACUGUCAGUGAUGAUAACCACGCAGAAAUAUUAAACGUCAAGCUCGGCAAACGUACACUUUUGAGUAUUCAUCAUCAGGUCUGUACAGAAGUAUAAGCGAGGGCAAAUAGCAAAAGUAAAUAUCCAAUGAAAGUAAGUGUGGGGAAAAGCGUUGAGGGGCGUUCAUAAAGAUUUUAAAUGUGCCCAACAAACUGCACGGCAACAUUCUGUUUCAAAUCGACCUAAGCCCCUCUGCCAGUCAGUUAGCAAUUGCAUAAUACUGGGAAUAACCCAUGUCCAAUAUCGAUCGCAUCGAAAGGUCUGGUUAAUGGAACUUUCACAAACCGUAUAUUCUGUCGCCUAUUCCCCCUGUGAGUUCAAGCGCUUUGAAGUUUUGUUCAUUACAAAAACCUUGUUCUUUCAAUUUCCGAAGAAAUCUCGUAAUUUGGGCAUUUAUACCAUGUGUUUGGUCCUUAUUUUCCCUCUCUAUUUCUUUUAUUUCCUUUUCGGAAUAGAAACACUUCCGUUCAUUACAACAAGACCGGAAAGCUUGCUUGGUUUUUGGUGCGCGUUUCCUUGUUUUUACGUAAUUCACUGACUUCCUCGAGAUGUUCUUUCGUGAUGUGCUUGACUCUGUGGUGAUUUUGCCCUAGGGUGUUCGUAUCGACUAUUCAGGAGGGUUGAUUUGAACUACCCCGUUUCCUCCGGCGUCGUAGAUACUAGGCCAUACGUCUAAUUUAUUAAGUUUCCUAGAUAAAAUUCUGUUUGGUCUUUGAUUGUGAAAAAAUACUUAUGGCAUCAGUGGGUUUCCUGUGUGAAGUAGUCUUUGGUUAAUCUCUUCUCAAAUGAAAACCGGCGUUCUCCGUCUACAUGAUAAUUGAUGUUAGAAAAGACACUCAAGCAUGUUCCUUGGCAAGGCGCUCAAAGGACAUCUUUUCCUCUAGUUAUGACGUCACAACUUUAGGCCAUGUUAUAAUGACGUAUGUCAAACUGCCGAAUCACCAUAUAUUCACCAGUUAAUUGUUGCCUGUGCUGAAAAUCCGCCUCCAGCGAGACAUCGUACCAAGAGUUAAAACUGUCCGUUAUUUGUUAAUCGUAAUUAUCAGCAUACCUAAAUAUUAAAAUGAAGAUCUGAAAUGUGGUUUUCGGCUGAAUUUCAGGACAAAAAAAUUAGGGGUAACAAGUGAAUGUUGAUGUUCAUUUAAUUUAUUUUAAAUUUAUGACCCCCGAUACCUUAAAAACGUGUAUUACCAUACAUGCUGAACGUCAAGUUGUAUCCGCAUCCGGAAAGGUAUCACAGCUUGCGCCGAAAUAUUCAAGAGAUUUAUACAGCGGUUUUGAAAAUUUGAAACUGUGGGUUAUGUCGAGAUCGUGAAGUAUCCAUUUAAGUAGCAUCGUGUCUGUCCGUUUAAUACGACUGCUCACGAAUGGCGCUACAUGGUCUAUAUUUUAUAUAAUAUUAUAUGCGGAAAAUAAGGUACUUUCUCUAUGGCUUAGAAGAAUAAAGGAUUUUUCUUACCUGGCCUGUGCACAGCACAAGGACACUGAAUCCUUAACGCUAAUGUGACGGCACGUAAGGUUCAAAUUUACUCCGAAGUUUAUACAAUUUUUGGAAACCGGUACAUACCCUUUCUACUGGCGUAGUGUGUAACGAUGUGGCUUUCCACCACCUACGUAGAGGAAAGUUAAUUUUUAAGCAUUCAUUCGGUAAAAUACGCUUGAAUUCAUACGAAAAUUGAGGGUAGAUGUCAGCAGUGUAUGCUUAAUAAGUAUUCCGUCUUCCCGUCUGCGUUGUAUAAGCUUUGCCGAGAAAUGUGCAUUCAAAAGUCGGCACUCUGCUGUGCUGAAAUUUCUUUAAAAGCAGCCGCAAGAUGACUAGCUAGUCUUCCAACUCGAAAGCGUAUCCCAAAAAUGUUUCAUUCCUAUAGCAUCUGAUAAAUAAAUGAAUAUGAAUGGAUGCGCACUGUCUUCUCUGCAUAUAUUUGUAGUCGCUAUGUGAUUGCCGUCAGGACCCUGGAUUGAGUUCAAAGGUCCAAAGGAACCUGUACAUCAUGUAGCCUGAUCAGCAUUCUCGCCGCCAAUCAAGUUCUUAAUGAUCGUCAAUUUGUCAUCGAUAUUGGCAGUUUGUGCGAACAUUACUCCCUCCUAAAGCCUAACCUUUCUGGUGUCGUGAGCACAUCUCACGCACAAGUCCCUGUCGUGUCGAAUACAUCCCCUCUGACCAAUUCUAACCACGAAUACGUCUGCAGGCGGUCGUUUCAUUUAUUACCGAUCUGAGGACUCCAGAGUAUCAUAGUUUAUGCAGAUCGCAACUAAUGCCCUCGUCAGUUUUCAUGAGGAUUUUGACCUUAAUAAGGCCAAAGUUGUAAUCUUAUCUGGCCGACUGAGCUGCGACCUAAGUAUCUACGCAAAUUCCGAGUCAGAACAAACUCCCUUCCGUCAUUAGACAUCACACUUUUCUCUUCUACACAAGCAGGAAUUUAAUAAUUUAGGAGGAUGUUAAAUACUGGGUUGCGAACCCUGAAACGCUCUUUGCCAGGUCUUUGAGUUUGCCUAUCCGUUUCAACGGCUUUGACUGUUUACUUUGUCGUUAAAAUUAAUGGAUGUUCAAACCCUUGGAGCAGAGACUGCGUAUAAACCAUUUUUCUAAUUUAGUCGUUAUAGUUUUUUUUGAAUCUGGUAGUCGUUUUGACUGAGCUGCUCCAGUCUAUUUACGCAAGUAUGGAAAUGUGCUCAUGCGUUUUUUCGCUCCUCUUGCUACACAUUCACUCCUACAGAUGAAAAAGAUAACGGCAUGGGCUCACUGUUUUGUAUUUCUGAAUUAUGGGUAUGUUUUGGAGAUCUUAUCGCUGUAGGUUUGAUUAAGUAUUGCAGUUUUAUGACAAAGUACUGUUGUUAAAUUUAGGAAGAUACGUUGGUUUAAUUCAGGACUUUAAGGGAACAAUAGACUAACGCCCUAUUCGUGACUAUAUCUAAGAACUCCGGUUUUUUAUGCAUGAACCUGGCUGAGGUAAAAACCAAGGGGUUUGCCCGCUGAGAUACAAUUUACUUUUAAGGGUAAUAUAAAGGGACGAUUGUCUGUUAAACCAACGCCGAAAUUUUGCCCUGCUUAUUUUCCUACAUUUCGUAAAGAAAUGUUAGAUUUUAAACUACAUAUGCAUAUGUGUAUACGAGAAAGCGACGACGUAGAUGAGCGUAGAAUGUUACAGCUCUCUCACUCUCUCAGCUUUAUUCACACUUCACUCGCCGGUCAACCAUCUGGGACCAACCGUUCGACCGUCGUGUCCGUCGAUGUCUACCGUGUGCCCCGCACGAUGCUGAAACAGGCACGGCGAGUUGCGAGUGAAGUAUUAUAUAGUGAGGAUGGACUUGCGUUGCAUCUACUACACCCGCACUUCCUCACUUGGAACCGGUGUCAAGAAGUCCGGGGGUGGGGCAGGCCGUGGGUGGAUGGCGCUGCCGGACCCACGACUAGGCGGGCCCACAACAAGCACCCGACCAGAAUUUUACACCAACAACAACAGCACUACAACGGAUUAGAAAGACGACGAGGAUGACUAGGCAACCAUGAGCACGAACUGCGUAGCCGGCAGGAACGCAAGAGCAUCUAUCCGCAGGAACUGCGAGGCAUAUCAGAUGCUUGCACUCCUCGAGGUCCAUUCAGCUGGGAUUACAAACACACAAACAUGGCACUCACCCAAAAAAACUAACCCAGAACGACGUUUAUCAGAUUAGUUCUUAACAUUACGUCCGUCUAAAGCGUACUAGUGCACUAUCGCAAAGCAUUAUCUGUCGAUGCGUGUUGAGUUUUUAUCCACACAGCAGUUAAAAAGCAAUUUUAAUCGAUUAGCGUAACUGAGUGUUUGUCAGAGUAGAAUAAAAUUAAAACGUUUUAAAUUGGUCUUCACUUUGUAACUCAGGAGAUGUCCUCAAGUCAAGUGUUAUUCUCAAAAGACGCAAGGGGGGAGGAAACUGCAUCCCGAGCUUUUUAUUUUCCUUCGUCGCAGUUUUUUCAGUGAAUACAUCUGCGCAUUUAAAAGCGCACAGGCCGAAACAAUAGCAGGCUGAAAUGCGCAAUUCAAUUUCUCGAGAUAAAACCAACUUUGGCCUUUAUUUUAGUUGGACACCCCAUAAACAACCUAGUAAUUCGCUGAUAAGACAUAGAUGGGAAAUGCAAGCAUCUAUUUUGCAAUGGAACCUGAUCUGUUAUUCGAAAGCGUGUACGUCUACGUGAGAUCGAGCCCUUCCGAAGUGAGGGCCAUUGGAAUGCUUAUUUCCGGUUUGUUGAGCAGCAUCAGUCAUUAAUAACUUACCGCAAAUUUUGGCCACCUAGGUUUUGAACUCGCCACGUUUUGCUUAUUUGUUAUAACGCUUUCCGUCGAGCUGCGGUCACACAUUGACUAUUGAUUCCGAUCCGGUACAUAAAUUAUCGUAUGAAGAGCAUUUACGGAGCACCAAUGCUAAACUCGACGAGCGGAUCAAGCAACCCAUUCAGUUUGCACUUUUCCAAUGAUGAGCUAUUGCCUAUGACUUUAGUGCUCACACAGCCACCGAUGUGGCGCACACUGUAGUCUCAUUUAAUUUGGGGUCAGUACGCCUUAGUGUUUGAUACUUGGGUAAAAUUUAUUGCAUAUUUGUUUAUUGACUUACCGUGAGUGACCAAUCCUAUAAAAUGUUGGUCAUAAUUUUGAAAUGUGUUUUUGAUUAGCAAGGAUUGCUUAAACGCGGUUCUAGUACUAAUUGUCUUACGACAUAAUCCUAUAAUAUUUCGGACUCGUUAGGAUGUUACCUUUUGAAUACACCGCUUUUCAAUCUCCUGUAAAUACCGCGAUCUGUAAAAAUGACUACUUAUAUAGCAUGCAUUUUUCACACUGAUUUUCGAUGAUCUCGCACAUUUAGGUAUACUUAAUAGAAAGCACGAUCAAAAAUAUCCUUUAUUUCAGUCUUUUGACAGUGAAUCACAUAAUCUUUAAUAUUUGUACUCGAAGAAGGCGUAUAAUUAAGUUUUAAAAACGUUUUCUAAUCCCUAAAAAAUUUGGAGCCUAAUCAGCCUUUGCAUUAGCACCUACUGAUUUCAGUCUGCAAGGUGCAUUCGUUCUGCGUUAAGAAAAUCACACAUUAAUCUAUGCUUUUAAAAAGACACCAUAUGGAGUCCAUACAAUUUUGCAAUCGAUGCCGCCCAUUUUGUACAUUUACGAGAGACAUAAUGCUGAAUGAAUAGACAUAACACGGUCUUUAAAUAUCAUAAUAAAAAAACUUUUUUAAAAAUCUAAUUAUACACUCUCUUAGAGUAUAAAAUAUAAAGAUAACACGAUUCUCUAUCAAAAGGCUGUAAGAAUGCAUAUUUCCGUUUGUGCUUUUUAUAAAAUAUAUUUGGAUUUGUGAGACCAUAGAAAAUCAAUGUAAAAAUGCAUGCUACAUACGUAGCCAUUUUUAUACCGAUUACGGUUUCUACAGGACAUUGAAAAGCAGUGCAUUAAAAAGCUAUCAUCGUAUUGAGUUCGAAAUAUUAUAGGCUUAUGUCGUUAGUUAAUUAUUAUUACAACCGCGCUUAAUUACUCCUUCCUAAUCAAAAAAGCGGUUCACAAUCUUGAGUAGUGUUUCAUGAGAUCGUUAACGCACUGUAAUUUUCCAGUCAGAGGUCCAGACAUCUUUUUGCCGAUCAUAUGAGGCUGCAUGAUGCAACUGCUAGAGUGGCGCUGAAAUCUUCCAGCCUCAGCCGGAUAAUCCAGUUGUACUUGCAAUCUCCCAAGGGAAAGUCAGUAGUAUAUGAAUGCCUUUUUUGCGAUACAACUCAUCUGUUAAAAAGUCAGUUACAUGUGUUUCUUUGUAAACGUGGUAUAUAAAAUAAGGUCAUUCAGGACUUUUAGACUGCAAAAUAGAUUGAGAUUUCUGGAAGCCACAGGUUCACUAGUGCUGCGGCAGGCGUAGGCCGCCUGAAUUUGCUUUUAAAAUAGGAAAUAUCCAUAUUUGGCCUAUAAGUUUUGGUAAAAUGUUUUGCAUUUUCUUCUACAAAUAUAAGGCCACAUUUUAGGUAACAGUGGGUUGUGCAAAAAUAAAUGAGAAAGUGCAUUUAAUCACAAAUGGUGACAAUGAUAGAGCCGAAAACAAUGGUUGGUGCCUGACCGUGAUACACGUGAAUGUACGCAUAUAUAUAUAUAUACAUAUAUAUAUAUAUAUGCGUAUUUUUGAUUCUGUUGCCCAACUCACAGUAAAAAUGCAAAUAUGAUAGCUCUCAGCUGGCACAGACGCAAUACAUGUUGGCUAUGCCAUCCGGUUUUUCGAAGUCGCGAAGCUCACAACCUUUCGAGAUUUAGUAAUGUUCCCCAAGAGGAAAUGAUCGCAGCCACAUCCAUUUUUGGCAGUCUUCUCAGCAACCGCUGAUGACCUAAAGGGCGUCACAAUAAAUACAUUACACUGGAUAAACUAUGAAAAAAACGAUAAUCUCGGUGGAUCUAGACUAUCUAACUGCAUUCGCAAGGAUAACAUAUAACCAGAGUUUUUAGCACUGUUCUACCUAGGGUAAUAUGAUUUGUUGCAGCAAUAAGGCCAACCUACUUCGUCAGCGUACCGUAAAAUUUGAAAUUAAGUGUUUUUGAUACAGAGAAGCGACCGUCCGAAUAACUGCCACACAUAUGCCACAUUAGCUUUCUGACAGACCCUUUAAAAUGAGCUGACUUCCGAUAGCUCAUAUUUAUGCUCAAAUCACGCAGAAGCCGCCAUGUUUUUUAAUGUUGACUGCAAGUAUAUAUUUAAUUAUUGCAGGCCACAAGUUUUUCAUUAUUCAAGCAGUACGAUUUUUAAAUUUCUAUUAAAAGCAAAUACUUAAAGUGGAUUUUUUCGUUUUUCCAUCUAAUGAAAAGGCCGGGCUAUAAAUGUACACUAUUUGCGGAAAGGAAAAUGAACAACGCUCAAAUCUGCCCAACAUCUAAGAGAUUGGCUCCAAAAAUGUUCAAUUUUGCUUUGCGUGAUCUCUUUGCUCAGUUAGGGGCUUCCGAACUUUUAUUUCUGCUUAUGCAUGCCAAAUGUUCACACCGGAGGACUAAGAGUGUAGCACGCAGUCUGCUCUCGUGCCAAUACGUUAUCAAGCUGGAUCUACGAGUAGAGUGUUUUCACAGGUUAAAAACGCAUUUAACCUAUCCAAAAAGAUAAGGUGAUUCAAACGGCGAUGACUUUCGACGCAAAAAAUAACACGCAUUAUCAUUGUGCAGACCCCUUGUAACCGAAAAUGUAACGCGGUUUAUGCAUCUAUUUACACGUUUGCGCGCAUAUAGGCAUAUUUUGCUAUAAGGCACUUUCCCGUAAACAACGGACUUUGAUGAGGGGAUUUGCAGAAUUUUUUUUCAAAAACGUCACAUGUCCUUUAAAUUCCAAUCCAUCAAACUUUUCAUGCAAAUCAGACAUCUGCAUUUUGAUGCAGGUCAUAUUUUUACUUUGAAAUCACCUUGCGUUGAACCCAUGGCAAUUUAUGUGCAAAAAGUUAGAGGUCUUUUCUCGAACGGGGAGCAGGAUAGAGUUUUAUACUUUAUUUUUAUACAGAUGGAUCGCGGGAACUCAUAAGUACGUUUACUGAAUGCAAGAGUUUUCUCAGUACUGCAGUCUCAAGCAAGGAUAUUUAUCACUCCAGUGCGAUCGUAGAUUAUAAACGACCGCAGAAACGAGUUUUUAAUAGAAAAACCCAUCGAACUCCCCUGAAUACCGUUUCGGACACGAGAGAAUAUUGAUUUUUGAACGCACUUCUCUUCGUCAACCUGCAAAACCCGCACUCGCUAAAAUGGCUGCUCAUCUGGUAUUUACAAUGAUUUCCGAUGUCCUUAAUUUGCAAUACGCAAUCAAAAUAUUAUUGUACUUAUUGAGUAAAAUCUCACUUUCUGAAAGGGUUAAUAAAGGUUUUUUAUUAUCCGAUUCCUGUGGCCCAAAAAUGUUAUUUUAAUGUCAUUGCGCAUGACGGUUCAUUAAUAUUCUCUCUAGGUAUACAAAGUAGUUCACAUUUUUCGUCUCCUCUAAAGGUCUAUACUGUGCAUGAUUCUUGAGCUAAAGAUAUACAGCUUGUGGUCUUUAAAGACAUGUAAGGCUCACAGUUAUUCGGGUAACGAAAAAAUUUUUUUAAAUCCCGAAGAUUCUAAUAUCCGUGACAAUUUUUGAAUACGUGACUCCCUACUAAUUGUGAAGAAGAAAGGAUAUACUGUGCAUGUUUCGAUAAGCGAUUUCCUGGUUAACAAAAGUGGUGAAAACAGUAAACAAUUUGGCACGAUUUUAGUAACAAUUAUAGCGUGUGUUGAUUAUGCAGGCUUUGAAAAAUAUCCGCACUCGAAAACCCUCACCGCGGCAAGUCUGAAACAUUUCAACACAUUAGUCAAUACUAAACUUUUUUCUUAGGUUAUUCAUCCUAAAUGAAAGCGUAUUCUAGAAUUUCAUGAAAUCGGCCACUGAGUGCAUAUUUUUGCUCAACUUUUGUAUGCGAAAAACAUCCGGCAGACACAGAUUCGUCUCUUGGUAAAGUCCAACCAAUCUAAAUGAUCAACACAAGCCCAUGCCUUUACUCAUGUCCGUUAGCUCAUUGGGUUGUGCUUUCUACUUUAAUUCCAGACAGUUGGUGAUUCACUUGCGAUUGUUUUCGUCAACAUCAUUUGCCUUAAUCCAAAAACACUCUGCCGGAUGUUAUUAUGCAACAUUUAAUUACAUACUGUGUCCAUGAGCUCUCUUUUCUUGCAAACAUGCCUCAACACAAAUGUUAAAAUGGAUGGCUAUGGUUACUUUUAGAAUACGCAAAUAUGCGGACACAAGUUGAAACGAGCUUCAAAAGAGCCAAAUGUUCAUUGUUUUUGCUAGGGUAUAAUAUACAAAUGACUAGGAUGGGGCAUAAUUAAUUGUUUUUCAUGUCCGAAAGUCAUUUCGCUGUGAUGUUAUUAUAAUACUAAGUAUUUGGUUUGUUAUUUACAUCCCCACAAUGCGUCUGCCCAAUAAAACCUAUGGGGUACUGUUCUGUGUCCAGUAUUGCGUUUAAGUUUGGAAAAUUCUAGGUUUGGCUCGAGGGAACCUACUUUCUGGACGCUGUAAAUUUUAGAUGCGCGUUGAGUACCGGACGGAUAAUUGUAUAACGAUAAGGUGCAUUCAAAUUGGGGAUGGCUAAAUAUCAAUUCCCGGUGGAUUCACUACCAGUUUGUUGUUUUUUUCUUCGUCCAUACAAAUUUACAGAGUUAUUGAGGUUCAGUAGGACAAUAUGCAGGAGCUUUGUAGCGUUUUUUGUAUCUUUGGUGUAUUUGUAUGUUGGACGUGCUAGGACGGUUCCCUGUUUGCUUCAUUUUUAAUGUAGAAAAUUAGAAAAUCAGAAAUUUUAUUACAUAUCUAUCUAACUAAACAAUGGAACUUUGGCCGUAAAGGAUGGAAACGUAAAACAUGUAUCCGAACUAUUAUAAAGUUAUUAUCAAUGUUUUUUUGGCUUCGACCAGACCACACCAUUUGUGCAGCCUAAACCAUAAAGGCAUAUUUUAGCCCCUAUACAGAAAUCUGUAAGUUACUAGGUGUUGUAAGAGACUGUAACAUGUUCUGCAUCGCUCAGCAGCGCUUGCUUCGCAGCAUAUGUUUUAAAAAUCUGGAUGAAACAUAAGACGAGAAAAUUCAGAAAGCAGAUAUCAUUAUGGUUUUUUUCUACAAACAAGUCAUCGUAGUGGCGAUCAAAAUUUUGAACUGGGUUUUUCAAUAAUACUUGUAUUCUGACACAAAUUCUGUUAACUGCUUCCAAAGAAACAUUUCGAAACGAUGUACGUUAUGUAGUUUUUUCUAUGGCAACGACUUAUUUAUUUAAAAAGUGGAACCGUGUUUACGUUGUUUGCUAGUAAAAGGAAGGCACAGAUUGCCGCUUGUUUACUUUCUUCUCUUUGAUAAAUAUACAUAAUCUUUAUUUGCUCACUUGUCAUGGGUGCUUUGUCUAAUCAGUAAAACGCUCUUAAAGAAUGGUUGAGUCUGAUCCAGGGACAAAGCAUAUAAAAAACUUUAACAAGCUCGUAUAAAACCUUUAUGAAAGGAACAUCUGUGCCUGGUAAAUUCAACGGAAUUCAUAUGCGACAGUCGGCAAAAUAAAUAGAACCGUCUAUGAUCAAUUUUUCGUAUGCACAAUAAGACUGACUUUUUACACCAUAAUAUCUGUGUGUAAACUAUUAUAAAGCAUUUGACAAGUAAAACUGAGAUUAGACUUGCGGCUUCUGAUAAACCGGGAUUUAUCAUACUAUGGCAUCUAAUUCACGUAGAUUUUGAGCUUUCCCUAGCGUCUAAACGAAUAUUUUAUUUGUAGCUAAAUUAAAGAAAGUUUGCCAAACGGCUUAGUUUGCAAAGACAAAACGACAAUUUUAUUUUCGUUUAUCGUGCAGCAUGCAGACCAGCAAAAUAGAACGAUUAAUUUCUUGCCAUUUUUAUCUUUCUUUCAAUAACAUGUGCAUUUUAAAUCCUGUUUUAUUCCCUGAAUUAUUCAAAAUCUGCCAAAACAUCAAUGGAUUACGCGGGCCUGGUAGUCAUCUGGUGGAUUCUAGGUGAAUUACUUAGGAAAUCCUGCUUGGGCAGUCAACUUGCUGUAUCAGAUUUGGUGGAUUCCAGACGUUGCAGUAGGUUGGGCGGGUAAACUUGACCCUAAUGUGAUUAAACUCGUGACGUCCGGCGGGGCCUCGUAGCUCAGGUGGUUAGAACGUUGGCUGUACUAAAGCCUUCUCCUUACUGCGUGGGUUCGAAUCCCACCGAGGCGCUGAGUUUUUCACAGUUGGGUCAAUAUAAAAAUCCGCCAAAACUUCAUUGUAUGACAUCGAAGUCACAUAGAUUUUGAGCUUUCCCUGGCGUCUAAACAAAUAUUUUAUUUGCAGCUAAAUUAACGAAAGUUUGCCAAACGGCUUAGUUUGCAAAGACCAAACGACAAUUUUAUUUUCGUUUAUCGUGCAGCAUGCACACCAGAAAAAUAGAACGAUUAACUUUCCUGCCAUGUCUAUCUUUUUUCAAUAACAUGUGCAUUUUAAAUCCUGUUUUGUCCUCUGCUAAUGAUGUAAAGGGUAGUUUGCAGGGUACGUCGUCUGAUUUUUAAUAGCCAGCAUGCCCAAAUUGUUUCAACGAAGUUUUCGAUCAAGUUUUGUUUUUGUUGCGACAAAGUUUACGCAUAAAUUUGCGCACACUUAGUGUCGAGUCAGUUCAAUUUCUAAGACUUCGCCUAAAUAAGUGCAGAUUUAGAACCGUUUGCUUUAAAAUUCAAACUUGUCGUUGAAUGCCGAAAUGAUGCCAAAUACGCUUCUGAAUAAAAACGAUUUUUAUCCCAAAAUUUCGGUCUACGCCUGAUCGUUUGACAGUGCUAGAUCAUUAUCAUGCCUCGCCAUUUGCGCAUUAUGUCCGGAUUAAAACCAUCUGCAACAUUUUGUUUGAAAGCAGAUAUUAUUUUUCUUUUUGACAUGGGGCUUGAUGUCCUAGAGUAAUGGCAAAUUUUCAACCCCUAAUUAAGUUAAAUGAGCCCACCUUAUAUGCUCAAAAUGGCGUUUUGUUUCCAAGUAGAUUAUGCGUAAACGUAACUGCCCCCGAUAGCUAAUGUAGUUAUAAUUUGUCAGAUUUACAAAAAACCGAUAUUCGCAAUUGUCUCGUAAAUAGCACUAAAUAAAAUAAUUAAUUUGAUACACAAGAGUUUUAUCUGGACCGAUCGUUAAUCAACGACCGUCGUAAAUAAUGGAAGCCCAUUAAACUUUUCCGUAGGACAUGUAGUUGUUUUAUCCUUUUGGUGCUAUUACAUAAUUAAUAAAGGUUAACUUAUUUCAGGACUGCACUGUUCCGGGAACAACGAGCACAGGUACAUACAGUUGUCUCCUGGGGAAGUUUCAGCUGCGACGACAAAUCGGCUCCUACCUGGUGGGCACUUAUAUCCCAGCCUUCCUGAUCGUAAUCGUUUCGUGGCUGACAUUCUGGGUCAACACUGACGCCAUACCUGCAAGAGUUACGCUUGGCCUUCUAACGCUCAUCUCCCUCCUCACAAAGGUUGGUCAUUGUACAAAAGUUGCAUGCAUUUUCUCGGACUUUCCGGCCUACGACAGGGGUCUGUCUAGUGCUGUUCUUUCCGUUUUUAAGAUUUUUGGGGUAGAUCAUUUGUAGUAGUGUAUAGAAUACUGCCUCUAUGUCAUUACUACCGAGGUGCGGGGCCCAAAACCCUGAACACAAAUGAAUUGGCCAGGUGCGUCCGUAGCGUGUACUAUUGCAAAAAUUCGUUUUGAUCAGCAGGCCUUCUCUUGUUUUCAAACCUACGUGUUAGGCAAAUACGAAGAAGCAACUGUCCAUACUGUCUGAAACCCCAAAAAACCACGAACAAUCUUUGCAGGUAUUGCUUAUCAAAACCCGAUUUCUUCGGAAGGCCUCUUCAAGCUUAUUUUGAAAUGUCGCUGCAUUAUUGCUGCUACCAUUUCUUUAAUUUGCGGACUAGAUGGUCCUCAUCGCUACAAAAACCUAUUUUUAGGUAUUUUAGGAGCUCUCCAUAAGUUAAUAAUCAGCUUAAAAUAUUGCUUCAAAUGACGGACACUUUAUUUUAAACUACUGCGUUAGCGUAGGUACUACGCCUUAAAUAAAAUGCACAAACGGUCACGGGAAGACUGUCGGUAGUUGCAUGACCAGAUCUCCCCGAUGACCUUUGUUAUUGAUAGAUUCAGAAAGCAGAGGAAAUUUUUUCAACAAACUUUUCUCAGAGAAUCAUUUAACUUAUCUACCACGCGCCUUGCUUCAUUAAAAGGACUGUGUCAUAACGACCGAAAUCGUUUUACGUACGUUUAGAAAAUGCUUAUUAACAGGUCCAAAAAUUCAAAUCCUCGUUUAAUGGUGCGACCGUUCGCAGUUACUUACGGAAUAUUUGCCUAUGUCUGAAGAACACUAAUUUGCCAAAAUAGGCAAUCAUUCUUUUUGGAAAAGAAGUAUUUUUUUCCUAUCUUUACGCUAAGGCAUUUUAUAAGAAAAUUACUGACUUUGAAAUCAGAAUUUCAGAGGUAAAUGCAUGAUGUGUUUAUACAGAUUUCUCGUGACUGAUUUGCGUGGUUAGAUCAUGCAUUUAAUAGAAUCUCCUUUAGAUUUAUAAACUUUGUAUGUAAGGCACGGAGAGGGAGACACAAUCUAAAAAGUUAGAAGCAAACACAUUGUUCGGCCAUAAGGUAGCAGUAAUUUCCAUGUAUAAUUGAACUUUUUCUUCCUAUAAAGGACAGUUUAUUCACAAUACUAUAAGAUAAUACAAAAAGGCGAAGCGUUCAAGGUGUUUUGAACUGGCCAUCUGUAUUUUGGUUAUCAACUGUCUAGAAUAACAUCACCGUUUUCUUAAAAAUGACUCUACUUAUUAUCCUCAAAUUAGAAGAACUUGGCUUGGGUAAUUUUGUAAUUAAAAUUAGACUUUAGAAAACUCGGCACUAAAGGGUUACUUAGGCGAAAGAACCUGGUCUCACCCUUGGUUAGUGCAAACUCUCUUGCUCACAUAUUUAACAUCCAACCUAAAAUUAGAUGGUAAAAAUCUGUAAUUUGUCUGGCGAUAUAACAGUGGUGUCUGUACAAGCUUUUUUAUUCUACAGUCUUUCACCACAGGUCUUACGUUUUUCGUAACACCUUCUAAUGACAUAUUGGCGCAUUUAUUAAAUGCUAACUAUACACUUGUUUUAGUAGCAGAAGCAGAUAAUUCUUUUGCUCUUAUGUUUUGCUUUCCCCGGAUGCUUUUACUGUUUAAAUAAAGCUCCACGCGUUAUCAGCUCAGUACCUAGAAGCUCAAUGUAGAUUUAACGCCCUGCCCAGUUGACGUGCUCUAUCUGGUGUGGCAAGGUCAUUUACUUCCAUUUAGCAUACGCCCAGUGACGUUGCGUCAUGCGACAGCAACCGCGUGAAUGAUUUAUUUUAAUCAGAGAAGACAUGCGCGCGAAACUGACUUCCGGCCCUUCCUCGUCAGGACGCUUGUAAUGUUGAAAAUGUGCGCUGAUUUGUUAGCAGCUGACAUAGCGUUCGAUUCGGCUGCAUGUAAGCGAACGGAUUUAUGCAUUACGGGAUCAGCAUUCUUUACUGUUUACACACAUUUCAUCAGAGUGUGGUUUACACUCACAAAAAGGUAAACUCCAAUUAACACCGGCUCGUUAUGCGAAAUGCUGUUGUUAUUUUUCAAAGACCAUACUUCCCUACGAAUUAUUCAUUAGUCAAUACACUGAACUAGAGGCCGCGAACAUAAGUGUCAGGGAAAAAUAAAGGAGCGAUGCUAAAUGUCAACUCACAGACAUAUCCGAUUGGCCGGCAUAAAAGUAAAAUAUUGAUUUGUAGGCACGUUCGCAUUUUUGGCUGUUAUUUCCCAUUUGAUAAACGUCUGAUGACGAUUUGUGGAACCGGUGUCAAACAUUUAGGGAAUAAAGUUUGCCAUAUUUCCCUAAGGGACAGUGAAAAUAUCCGGUCUUAUUUCAUACUCCUAGUGAAACCACAACCCCAGGUUGCAGGAUCGAGAUUCGACUCCAGGCCAUUUAAUUAUGCAGCAGCGCCGUAAAAACGAGAACAGUAGGUGGGCUUACACAUGAAAUGUCAAUCAAAAAUUCCUAAAUGUAUUUUCUUUUCGAAAGGAUUAAUUAAAUAGGGUUGUAAAACUAGUCAACCUGCAACAAAAAUCUGUAAUAUUUCGGUGAUCUCAGGAUGCCGGCUUUCGAACAACCUCUCUUCUGGCUGCACGUAAAGACAGCACUCCGUAAAAAACGACUACUUAAGUAGCACCAAUUUUUCUAACUGAAUUUCAAUGCUCUUGAAAAAUUUAAUUGUAUUUCAUGGAAAAAAUGCAUUAAACUAUUUGUUUUCCCAUUCAACUGGUAACAAAUUACGUCGUUUUUUCAAUGUUAUACUCGAAAGAAGGAUAUAAAUCUAUUUUAAAAACCGUUUCCAAUUCCCGAAUAAUUUUGAAAGCGCUCUCCAGUUACGCUUGGAUUCAGAGUCUCUACACCACAAGCCGUAUAUUUUCCACGUACAGAAAACCACACUUUUCUCUACGGCAAUAAAGGGGAACUAUAUAGAGUUCAUAAAAUGUAGCAGUGGAUUUGAUCCAUAUUGUAAACUUUACGAGCCACAUUGGUAAAUGCAGAAACAUGCCGUUUUAUGGACGGCCGUUUCACGCUAUUUAAAUGUUUCACUAUUAGGAACUUUUUUAAAACCGAAUUAUGUUCCUUCGUCGAGUAUAAAAUUAGAAGAAGACGUAAGUUAUUACCGAACGAGGAAACGAAUGAAUAUGUUUACGCAUGUUUUCCAUGAAAGAUGAUUAUGUUUUUUGAGGGCAUCGAAAAUCGACGAGAAAAAUUCAUGCCACAUAAUUAGUCGUUUUUUUCAGUGUCCGUUUUGCACGCAGCUGGAACAAAGUUCAUUCAAAAACCGGCAUUCUGCGGUAACCGAAAUAUUAUAGAAUUAUGUUGCAGGCUGACUAGUAUUACAUCCCUACUAAACUAAUCUUUUCAAAACAAAUACGCAUUUUAGAAUUACAGUUGACAUUUUAUGAUUAAGGCCACUUAAAGUAGGCUUACAUUACGCCGACCGACCUUAAAAGGACACUAAAUAACAGCUAGCAUUUAAUGCUUUAAAAGUGGUUUCCCGAUAUAGAUAAUAAACAGUUCUUUCCUACUUACUGUCAAGCAUCUGACAUUUUUAAGCCAACCUUACAUGCCGGUGCUCAUGUUUGUGUUUAUAUAAACUGGCAUCCAUUAGUGUAAAGACGCUUGGCGUCGUCAUUCUGGCAAUCUCGGCCCGCAAGCAAUUCCAUUUUAAACUUUGGAAGAAAAAUAUCGAUUUUUCUUGAAGUAUAAGUUGCGAUAAAUAUAACUGUCAGGAAACCGAUAUGCAACGCAUUGCUUUCUAAUGCACGAGUAUAAAGCAUGCUUGAUGUUUAUGAGUGCCUGAUUCAUACAGAAGAUUCCGCUUACUUUUCCCCUAUUCUACACUGAGCUACAGUGGCUGUUGUAUUCUGGGUGAUUUUUUAAUGUCCGUCCAACUUUUGACGUGAGGAAAGGGCCUGUAACUGUGACCAACACAUCUAACUGCUAAGCCAAGAAUUUUCUGGUUUAUCGGUUUCGAUAGGGUAGUACAAUAUUAGGAACAAGUUUCAGAAGACGCGCCAGGAAUCUCACUCGUCCCAUUGUGCCUUACGGGUUCUCUCUCCAGCCCAACCAGCAGCCGCACAGAGGAGAGUGAUUUCCAUAGCGCGAUCGGUGAGGGCCAUCCUACCAUUCACCAAGUAGGCGGUCUUUGACCAUUUUCACCUCGUUCAUAUUCCUGGCAAAAUGUAAUCUGAAAGUCUGUUUGAAAAAAUCCAAUAUCAUAUAAAACUGCUUGCAAGCAGCAUUCCAAAAAAGCAGAAGCAGUAGCGUAGGCGCUUUUGUCCGAGAUUUCACGAUAAGGAGUUCAAAGAGUACACUUUGACGAAGCGUGAGACGCUCGCCCGCAUAUAUUUAUCGAAAGCGUCGACGAAUACCGCCGAUGAUGAAGUACCAAGUAGGAACAACGUUUAGCGAAUAGGUUUGGCUGCAGGCAACUUCAUUAAAGCAGAUAAAUAACAAAUGUCACAUUUUUAAUGACAGGACUAUUUCCUCGGGUUGUUAAACAAUUUGUAACAUGGUCCAUGUAAAAGAUCCAAAAAAUAAAGUUCAACUGACAACGUGAUUGUCUAUGCGACGUUUAUUUAAGGCACAAAGUUCAAAUUAAUGGUUCUGCAGGAAAGAAUAAUAGCCAGUUAUUCCACCUCCGCACGCAUGAUUGCGGCUAGUGGACGAAACUGUCGAUACUAAGGGUGGUAUCUAUGAGUAUAUAUUGUGCCAGUCGAGCACUUAAGCAGUAUCUUGAGGUAAUCCGAACUUUUACGCCUGAUUGCUAAUAAGUACUCUUUAUUUUUAGCUUGUACAUUUCCAUGGAAUGUAAUUCACUGUUCCGUGGUAAAUCCGCGGGCUAAGACUUUCGGUAUCGGCCAAAGAACUAAUAUAGUUAUUGGAACCAAAACCCACCAGUUUUAGUUGGGGUAAUCGUGUAAUAUUCAUAGCGUGCUCAUCGGCUGUCAUUAGUAUACAAAAGUGGAACUAGUCGCCACACUGGCAACACAGGAUCCAGCUAAAAGUCCAGGCACCUGUUUCGCCUAUUUUCGAUGCUGCUUAGCGCAAUUGCGACGGAAUCGGCUUGUUACCCAAAACUUUGUUACACCCUUUAAACUGCCCUUAAACCUCACUCCCGAAGCAUUUCCUUUUUCUGAAGAAUAUAGAGUGAGUGAUCGAUCAGAUGAAAUGUCGACCGAAAUUCGGCAAUUCCUUUCUGAUUAGGAAGAAUUACUUGGGUACCGUUGCAAUAUAGACCAUCAAGCGACAUAAUCCUAUAAUGUUUCGAACUUGCCAGGAAGUGUUCUUUUGAAUGCACACCUUUUUGACCGCCUACAGAAACCGUACUUGGUAAGAAAGGAUUACGUAUGUAGAAUGUAUUUUUACCAUAGAUUUUUGAUGGUGUUUAAAGUUUAAAUAUAUUUUAUAGGAAACAUGCAAAAAAAUAUGUUUCCUUUUGCUAGUUCGGUAGGGAAUCACGUUGUCUUUACAUUUUAUACCUGAAGAAAGGCUAUAUUUAGGUUUAGGAAAAGUUUCCCGAUGCCCGAAUAAUUUUGAGCCUUAUCAGUUGUUGCAUUAGUCCUUAGUGAUUUCAGUCUACAAGGUGUAUGCUUUCGGCGUAAGGGAAAUUAUAUACUCCUUUAUGUCUUUAAAAAGAUGACAUGUAUAGUUCACAAAAUAUUGCAGCGAAUGCGGACAAGGUUCUACAUUUUCUGAGAAGCAUUGGCAAACGGACAUGUACGACGAUGUAUGAAUGGACAUUGCACGGUCUUAAAAAUCUCAUAGUGAGAACCUUUUCAAAAAGCUAAAUAUACUUCUUUUUCAGGAAUGAAAUAUAAAGAUAACGUGAUUCUCUACCGAACUAUCAAACAAAAGCAUAUUUUUAUGCAUGUUUCCUAUAAAAAAUCUAUUUCAAUUUAAAAUACCAUCAAAAAUCAAUGUUAAAAAUACAUUCUACAUACGUAAUCCUUUCUUACCAAGUACGGUUUCUGUAGGCGGUCAAGAAGGUGUGCAUUCGAAAGAACACAUCCUGGCAAGUCCGAAACAUUAUAGGAUUAUGCCGCUUGAUAAUCCAUAUUGUAACCGUACCUAAGUAAUUCUUCUUAAUCGGAAAGGAAUUUCCGAAUUUCGGUCGUUAUUUCAAAUGAUUGGUCACUCACUGUAUGCAGAUGAGAAUUAAAAUCGGUAAUCUCUACCCAGGAACACUUUUUCGAAGCUGAGGACCAACUCACGGACCGAAUUAGUCGAAACUACAUCAUGCUGCUGCAAGAAAUCGGCGAAACCUUUGUUUUGGCUUUUAGCCAUUUGGUACGCUGUCAACAUGAUGAUUCAUGAAGUAUCAGGAAAUUCCGUGUUGCGAAUGUGAAUGAAUAUAAAUUUCUCAAGUAAAUGGCCUCGUCGAAGGACAGCCAUUACCUGGCCGUCCAGAUUAACCGUUUUUGCAUUACAGUGUUCACUUCUUACCCUCUCUUGCACAGCCCAAUCGCUCUACGUAAAAUUACAAAACUUUUCACCGAAAAAUAGAUAUUUUUAACUUUGGGACGGAUGAAUAGGUUUUGUCCGCGCACGUUCAGCGAGCCCCGGGUGAUUAUUGGCUGGCAGGUCAAAAGAAAUAGGCCCACUAACUUCUGUAGUGGGCCUUCCUUGGUCAAAACUGUCUCCGGGAAAGACCUCGUCGUUAUAGAUCAGCGCCUCUUUUAUGAGUAUCGUAUGACAUAUAUGCAUGAAGCAAGGAUAGCAGAGAAGAACAAAUCACCUAGCACACCCUUUCUGGAUCGCAAUUUGAAGAGACACCCGUUUUGCUUGCAUCUCAUCGCCCUCAACUCCUACCUGAGUAGACGAAAUGGGCGGUGUUCUGUUGAAUUAAGUGUGAAACAUAGCAGGGCAUAAUAAAUACGCCUCGACCGGCAGGCAGAAGCAAUUAUCCGAUGCGCUGAAUACGCAGAUCUUCGGUACGCAAAAUAAAUCCCUUCAGGCAAUGCAAAUUUCAUGGCUUAGGUCGACCGACGGAAACUCUGCGGGCAGACUAGAUCACGUGAGUUGUCCUAGGACUUUCGCAAUGUCACCCACCCCUCACCCCCCCCCUUGUCUGGCUACAGUGGUGGUUCACCCUCACCUGGCCAUAAAACCACAAGACACGUAGACCACGCGACUUGAGAACCGACUCAGUUGUAAAGUCGUUUUAUUAUUUUGCUGAAUUCUUGAGUGACCACAUACUGCGUACACCAGACUAUUGCGUGAGGCUGUCAGGACGAAAUUUAUUCUGAGUUUCAAAUUCGGAGUGGAGAUAUCAGUGGAUGCGUGUAAGGUGCACCACUGUCCUUCCUACGACGUUGAGUUUAACGUUGCGGUUGCUUCUGAAUUUCAAAGCCAGGCAUUAGCGACGGUGUUCGUUUUUUAGUAAAUUAAUUUGAUUGUAAAACUGAACAUAUAUCUAUUUCCUGAAUAGAAGUGCACUAGUUUGUCAUUAGGCCACAUUAGAACACCUUUAUAAAACUGAUCGCAUCUUUUGAUAGUUAUCCUAGGCGUCGAAACCACAAAGUCGCAUCAAAUGCUAAACUUAAGAUCGUCAUAGGGGCCGCAAAUAUGCCUUCCUGUCCGGUCGAUCGUUUACCAAGUGCACUUACAGUAGGUGGGCUAAUUCAUGAAAUGUCAACUGAAAUUGCGAAAUGCGUUUUCGUUUCGAAAAAAUUAAUCAAGUAGGGUUGUAAAACUAAUCAGCCUGUAACAUAAUUCUAGAGUAAUUCAGUUACUUCAGUAUGCCAGCUUUCUCAAGAACCUCCUCUUGGCUGUAUGGGCAAGCUACAUUCUGUAAACAAUUAAUAGUUAAGUAUCAUGUAUUUUUCUCUUUGACUUUCGAUGCCCAUAAAAGUCCAAUUUUAUUUCAGGGACAAAAUGCACAGAAAUGUUCAUCUUUUCGUUCCUUCGGUAGAAAAUCGCGCAUUCUUAUAGUUUUAUACUCGGCAAAAGGACAUAAUUUGGUUUUAAAAAAGCGCAAAUUGAGAGACAUUUUAAAACCGUAAAAUGGCCAUUCAUAAAACGCCAUGGCUUUACAUUUACCAAUGUGGCUUGUAAAGUUAACAAUAUGGACUAGAUCCAAUGCUAUAUUUUGUGAGCGUCAUAUGGUCUCCUCUUAAUACCGUAGAGAAAUGUGUGGUUUUCUGUACGCGGAAAAUACAUGGCUUGUAGUUUGAAAAGCCUGAGGCCAAGCGUAACGGUCGAGCGGGUUCAAAAUUAUUUAGGAAUCGGAAAUAUUUUUGAAAACCGAAUUAUAGACUUCAGUUGAGUGUAAAAUUGAAAGAAGGCGUAAGUUUUACUGACUGAGUGGGGAAUGAGUAUGUUAAUGCAUGCAUUCCAUGAAAUAUUUUUUGGACCUUUAUGGGCGUAGAAAAUCAAAUAGAAAAAUGCAUGCUACUUAAGUAGUCAUUUUUAAGGUUAUAGUUUUUGCAUGCAGCCGAAAGGGAGUUUGUUCGAAAGCCGGCAUCUUGAGGUAACUGAAUUAUUAUAGAAUUUUACUGCACGCUGAUUAGUUUUACAACCGUAUUUAAUAAAUCCUUUCGAAACAAAAUCGCAUUUCGGAAUUUCAGUUGGCAUUUCAUGAGUUAGCUGACCUACUGUAAUUUUAGCGUGCUGACUACACUCUUCGUCCAUUCUUGUUAAUUAAAACCUAUGUUUGCCUUUUAAUUCUGAAAAAAUGUCCUGUGAUGUUCAGAAACUUUUACCUGCGAGUGACGUCAGCCGAAAUGCAUUUCUUGUGUGAGAUUUUAGUGUUGGCUGAAACCAGAUACUGUGUAGUGCGCACAGCUUACUACAACCCUGAAGUAUACUUUCUGUGAAUUUUGUUUACAGGUUUACAGGGGCGUAACCUGUGGUGUAGAUGGCUUAACAAAUUUGAACUAAGGAGACGUGUGCCGAUUUGAAAAACUGUUGGAAACAAAGCAUGCUUAUGGAACGCCGUACCAAAGACACAUAAGCUACGUGUGCUCACUUACUUAUUCACCCUCUGCAAACAAUCAAAUCCAGAAGGUCGUAAUUACUCUAGUAUUUUUCAACCUCCUGAACCUUGACCAUUCUCGGUUGCGCAUACAGGCAGACAGCAGCUAAUAAUAAUUUACUGAAAUAAGUAGUAUACUGCUUCGCAGAAGGCGUCUACAUGAGUUCAUUAUUUGCGUCUGCUUGUUCUCAGAAAAAGACAUGCUCUGGCGCCAGCAGUAGCUUCUAGGGUCAUCGAUGAAUGGUAGUUGCAUAUAUAAGAGCGCUACUCAGUUACCUAGGAGAUGUAACCGGUCACCACCACUCCACCGGCAACUUUAUUGCCCUUUGGGGAGCAUUUAAUCCGAGAACACUUAAGUUCAUCAAAAAAGCACCUGCCGAAAAUUGACCUUAUAUAAUCUCGUACUCGUUUACUUGCGGCCACCCGACUGACCUUAGGUCGGACACGCGUGCGCUGUCAGAGCCGCGGCCGACCAUGAGCCACUCAAGUACGCCAUCCCUCGGAGUAUACAGCACGGCAGAUCGACCGCGGAUUCGACACUGCCCGCCGUGCGCACCACAGUCGGGUGGGCGCAGGGAAGAUGAAUUUGACGUGAAUUAGUUCAUGUUGAUGGUUGACUAGUGCUUUUCUCCCCUCUUACCCUCCUGAGUCCGGUGUCAUGGCAGAGUUAAGAAGACCGGAGAUGGAAUCAGCCGCGGGUGAUGGGCGCGUCACGUGCGUGCACCUUGGCGUGCCUGGAUAGAUUCGCAUCCUUAAUAACACCAGCCGGACCCUGAUCUGAAUCAAAUGGCGGCUCAGCGCAUCCGCCGUGUGGCCCGUUUUAGGGCGCAAGGUACGCCAAACAGAACAACAUUUGGACAAAUCUAUAAGAUCAACGGCCGCCACUUUCUUCCUCUAGGGGGGCAUGACCAAGCAAUGUCAUUAUACGACUUGGUCCUGCUAGUAGAGUGCGUGACCGAUCUGGUGAAAUUUCGGCCGAAAUUCUGAACUUCCUUUUCGAUUAGAAAGGAUUACUUAGGUGGGAUAAUAAUGUUGCUUAUGAAACAACAUAAUCCCCUAAUAUUUCGGACUCGCUAGGAUGUUGGCUUUUGAAUGCACUUCAUUUCGACCUCCUGUAGAAGCCUGACUCGGUAAAAAAUGACUACCUGUGUAGCGUGUAUUUUUUACAUUGAUUUUUAAUGGUCUUUUAAAUUCAAAUAUAUUUUAUGGGUAAUACGUAAAAAUAUGUUUUAUUUUACUUGUUUCGUAGUAAAUAACAUCGUCUUUGAAUGUUAUACUUAAAGAAAGCUUGUAUUUAGGUUUUAAAAAAGUAUACAGUUAUGAGAUGUUUAAGAUCGUGUGAUGUUCAUACAUACAGCGUCGCACAUCUCCCUUUACCAAUGCUCCGCGUCAAAUGUACAACUUAGUCCACAUUAAUUGCAAAGUUUUAUGAACUCAGCACGGUAUAUUCUUAAAAGCAAUGAGGAAUAUAAGAUUUUUAUUGUGUGGAAAGCAUGCCCCCUGCAGAAUGGAAUCGCUAAAUGGUAAUGCAGCAACUGAUCUAACCCAAAAUUAUCGGGGGAAUGUGAAACACUUUCAGAACCUAAAUCCACGCUUUCUUCGGGUAUAAAAUCUUAAAAAGGUGUUAUUUUCUAUCAAACGAGUUAAAGGAAGCAUAUUUUGUGCAUUUCAUCCAUAACAAAUAUUUGAAUAUAUAAGACCAUCGAAAAUCAAUGUAAAAAAUACAUGCUACGCAGGUAUUCAUUUUUUAUCCACUGUGGCUUUUAUAAGUAAUCGAAAGGGAGUGCAUUCAAAAGCCAACGUCCUAGCUAGUGAGAUACUAUGGGAGUAUAUGGCUUGAUAAGCAAAAUUACAACCCCACCUAAGUAAUCCUUCCUAAUCAAAAACGCGUUUCAGAAUUUCGACCAACAUUUCAUUAGAUUGGACACACACUGUAAAUACUAGCGCAAUAAAACUGAGUACAAAUCACAUCGGUCUUGGGUUUACUCAGUAGCAUCAUUCAUCUCGCGACUGUGAAUCCCCAAUCUCCAUUAUCUACAGUAUACGCCGCAUGAAUACCUCUUCUGAGGGUUCGAACAUUACCGUUAGGAUGCAGGCUUGAAUAUAGAAUAUAUAUAUAUAUGAGAUGGUACCGACAAAGACAAGGGAGACCGGAAUGGCCAUUUCUGGCUUAUUAGCCGUCAUCAGCCAGUCAUACCCAACCCCAAGUCAGGAUCACUUGAGAUUCGAACCCGGGAUCUUUGGUCAUUGAGUUGAACGCUCUACCAUUGAGCCACGGGCCCGUUGUCCUGUCGGUUGUGAUCGGGAAUAUUAAUUAUGAUAGUGGGCGCUCACCGAUCAGGUUGCGGAACAUGCUCGUUCCGUUGUGCCUUGGGGCUCAUACUUAAACCCUCGCAGGCAGUCGCACAGCGACUAGUGAUAUAUGUUGGAAAGGUUAUACCGACAAAGACAAGGGAGACCGGAAUGGCCAUUUCUGGCUUAUUAGCCGUCAUCAGCCAGUCAUACCCAACCCCAAGUGUGGAUCACUUGAGAUUCGAACCCGGGAUCUUUGGUCAUGGAGUUGAACGCUCUACCAUUGAUCGGUGAGCGCCCACUAUCAUAAUAAUAUAUAUGUAUAGAAUAGCAGUACAAAAUUUGUGAAAGGAUGAAGAGGCUAGAACGUGAUCAAUGCUUCGGAUCUUUAAUUCAUUUGUUAUAGAAAUUUGCGAGUCCUGUGUUAUCCGUCUGUUUGGGCUUUAUGUGUCUCGGGACGGUAAGCAUCAACGUCAACUAUACCGGUAAACCGAUCUAUUUCGGGUACACCAAGCGGCGUGCGAUUGAAAGUACAACGAACGGUUAAGAGCUUCCAAUCUGCCCGAUAGUUUUAGUGCAAGCAAUAGGGCACUGUAACGUUCAGCAUGUUGGCUAAAAAUUCUGUGACCUCCAUCGGCAGCCUAUGUUGUACUAUAUAUGCAUAUAUAUGUAAGCAAGAGACGGUCUGUCUGUCGGCUACAUGAAUAAUUUAAUAGCGCUCUGUCCGAACCGCGAUGAGAGUUUGCUUUCUGAUCCAAACGACCUCUCUGCAAAGACUGCGAUGCCAACUAUUUUACGUGGAAGUACAUGAGUUAAUUGCAUUGGUACAAUCAGCUGAUUGCAUAAUAAUUAGAAGGAAAGGUUUUUUAAACGAAACCACAGGAGCGAAGGUACAUGCAUGCAAAAUUUAGAGGAAGCAUUGCAAAACUACUUCUCAGGUUGUUUACAAAGGCUUGUGAAAAUAAAUGUUGACUGUUUUAAAGUCAGUGGAAAUAGAGUAUUUUCGGUCAUUAAUAUUUGCACAAAAAUAUCUCAGUAUUUUUGUGUCGAUGAUCGCAAAGGCCUUAUUUUUAAUGAAAAGUCAUUAGAAUAAACACCGUAGAAAGCGGAUUUAUGCAAGCAAAGUCAGCAACAUUAUCGCUGACUUUGAAGACGUGCUAUCAAUCUUAGUACGCAACUACACAAUUCACAUAUUCAGUGCUUAGACCGACCGUGUUAACUACAACAAUGACCAGGAAAUUUAAAUAAUUCGUCUGUUAGUUGUUUCUCAUCUCAUCAGCCAACUUUACCGUGUUAAGCUGAAAUUGGUUGUCCGUCUGUCCUGGUUAAGAUUUCCCCACAAAUGCGAUUUUUGUUCGUCAUCGCGACCGCCGUUCAUAAUCCCCUAUCAGUCCAUUAAGGCGAGAGAGGGAGAGAAGGGUGCGAUCGUUGGAGGGCGAAUACUAUGUGUCUGCCAUUUCGGAUUAUCACACCAGCCCAUCACUCAAGGCAGCUAUAGAUAAGGGUGAUGGACGCAGGAAGGACGCAGCAUUUAUAUGACACAGUUAGUAUGCGACCCUUGUCACAAAUAGCAACUUCCGGACUCAUCGUCGAUGGUCACAUUGGACGCAAUGACUCCCUGUUCGUCCAUACGCGGGUUGCUUUAUGCCACAGUGUCAUUAGCCUCGUAACUUACAGGCAUGACAAUUACCUGACAACUUUAAUUACCAGUAUAUUCCAUGGCAGCAGUGUUCAUUCGCGUCAUCCCAUGUGGGCAAUGACAGAGGAGAUGAGAGGAAGUUGGGCUUGUUAAUAAACCCCGGACUGGUGUAUCAGGGCGGAAAUACAAAAUUCAGCCAAAAGACAGCAAUAACCGUAUCUCCUGGUUGUUAACUGCCUCUUGAAACUCGCUUUUUUGUUACUAUCGGCAAACUGCCCAUCGUUAAGUCUGCCACCCUUGGUCGUUGGACCGCAAAGACCGCGUGUACAUACUCCAUAGUCGCCUCUUUCCCAAAACUCAAUCGAACCCCUUCGACCUGUCCACUCUAAAGAGCAGAAUUUAAAGUCAGAGUAGAAGAUAUCUAGCUUCGUUCACACUGGUCAUUUGCGAGGCAAAUUAUUCUCUAUAUUGGGCAUUCUACUGGCCCCUUCAUGGAAAAUCAGUGCCCUGUCCUCCAUUCUAUGAAUGCAUUUUCAUCUUCAUAAGCAAACUCUAAUGAACGCUUCCCUGACCGCUGGCAAUCAGAAGCUUUCCUGUCUUUUUGACCCAGACCUUAUUAUUCCCUUUUUAAAUAUAACAGGCAAGUGCUGUUUUAAUCUGGUCUUACCUCACACAAAAACACAAUUUCCUCAUGAGCUGAAAAAAAGUCUGCACCCUAUUUGGAGGUUGAAUGGUUGUCUCCCUCAUUGCACAUCUAGAAAUAUGGGCGUUGGCCGUUGGACUGAACGACCUCCCACCUAACACUGGGGGAUGUCCACGACAUUUGCGUCUAAAUAACAGUGUAAGAUCUUGAGGGAAAACUCUCCGAGUAGUAAGCUUAACGAUUUUAUCCACAGCAAGACAAACACCUUUAUUGGAUCCGAGUCUCCGAAGCCAAGGUCGUCUGCUAAUUAUGCGAGGGCACUUUCAGAUCCUCAUGUGGACAUCUUUUGAAAAUCCAGUCAAACUGUUACUAGCCUUUAUAUUUUACCACAUAUGUAUAUCGAACGCAUUGUACCGUACUCUGACCUAGGUUCUAAAGAAAAGCCCAGACAGGUGUUUUGCCGAUAUUCUGCCGCUGCGUGACACAACUGCGAGGGGUUCGCCUCAUCAGUUCGACGCCCAGCGUUCUUUAUGCGGUUUAUGGUAUAUGAACUCCAGAGAAUAAUCAAGUAAAUAAUUUCAGAAAUUACUCAGUGCAGGACAUGGAGUUAAGUCUUCGGGACAUGACUUGGUAAGGUCAGAACGCACAUUUCAAGGAGCAUUUGAGUUGAAGACAACCGACUACUGCGAAAUAACCAAGUAAUACCUUCGUUAUAUUCAGACACACGUUUCGUCGUUAUUCUGCCGCUGCGUGACACAGCCGCGUGAGGCUCCGCUCAUCGCGUACUCAUACUCGCGCAUGCGUUUUGGGACCAAACGGUAUGGGGCAGUUCUCCCAUGUCAGUCGAUAUAUGCUGAUAAGCCAGUCACUUGCAUCAGUAAAUGCUUUUAGUUUUCGAACUCCUACAAAUAUCCUACAAGGCGUCGACCUGUUUAUAGAAAAGUAUCAGUUUCCGCUGCGGGAAACAAAUGCCCCACAUGAUAGUGGGUUUGCGGAUGAGGCCGGGGCACAUUCACGAGGAUCGCAAGUCUUGCUGAAUGCAAAAGCGCCUUUGCUAAACGUUUAAGUUCAAAUGAGCUUACGAGAACAAUAAGCUAUUAUUACGCGACAAGAGAUCAUGUGGCUGAUCGAUGUGAAUUGUGUGCUUCAACCGCCAGCGGUAACCGGUAGGGAACGUCUUAGACAGUUGGAGCUUCAGGUCUAAAGGGUGUUACGUUGGGUUAAAAGCACCUCAGCAAUAAUGGGAAUAUUAAUGUGAGAUCCUGAAUUAAAUAUCUCCAAGCAGAACGCCCAAACAUGUAACCUGCGACAAGAAAAGACAACGUUCAUAUACUUGAAUGCGCACAGACAUUUGGGAGGAAGAUAAUAUUCAUUACAAUGUACUUUUGAUAGUUCUCGGGGCACGAACCGGUAUUGUGCGUUUCACCCAUGUCAGUCGCUGAACUCUUUUGGAACAGUCGCCUACAUCGGGACAUGCUUUUAGUUUCGGAAUUGCUGAAUGCACUCAACAAGGCCUCGAUCUGUUAACAGAAGGGUAUAAAUUUAAGUUGUGAGAAUACAUUAACUCAGAAAGCAAGCGUCUUAGAUGACAAUGGGUUUGCAGGCGGCAGUGGGCACCCACUGGUACAGAUCAAAAGUCUCUCUUAAUACAAUAGCCUCUUUGAAAGUGGUUAAUUUUGAAUGAGUUUACGUGAACAAUAGGCUAUUUGUAUACGGCAGGGGAUUCCGUGUCAGCUGUAUUUUAACCCUGCGGUGACGGUGACUUACAACUUUCACCCGGCAGCGAUAACCGGUAGUUACAGAACAAGUUGCAUAUAAAUGCACACACUGUCCGCUUAAGCGACAUAUGACAUACCGCUUGCGAAAAGUAAUGUCAGAACAACUGCGUGAGCCGCGAGGAGCUACAGGAUUGGUUCACCGGUCCCCAGUUUAUCAACAAGUACAAUGAACUUCCCAUUCCAUACUCGGUGCUGAGACUUCUCCCAGUCGGAUUAAUUAGCCACGCGGGGAGUGCACAGGUGAACACUUUUAGCAACUCCAGAGUCCGUGGGUCAGAUGGUCGAGCAAUCAUCACACCAAAGUCCAACGUACAUAAUUAAAUUUCAGCGAUUAACGACGCGAAUGUCGCCCAUCAAGCAGUCAUCACACCAAGUGCAACGAUCCCUGCUGAAGGAGGGGAGUCGUGAAUAUUCAAUAGGUAUUCGGUAGUUAUUGUCUCUGACGAUGGGUUCGAGCAGGAAUCUGAAACGCCGGGCGAAUAAAGUUCCUGUCCCUGCGAUCGUGUCUACUUCUUCGCAAGUUCUUAAUUUGUAUGAGUUCUGAGGCGUCACGGGGGCCCAGCUUGCGUAACUGCGAAAGAGCAUUUAAGCAUCCUUGGUAUGUUUUUAAAAGUUGCACAAGAAGUGCCAGUUGAUAGACAUCACGCCUACUCCUUGCACUACGACGACUUUUGAAAAAGCCUAUGUUCGAAACAGCUGGGUAAUUGCUGCUCAACCGAUGCCACCAGUUAGACAAUCUGUAAAUCGCACAGAAUUUUAAAAUCUGGUAGGUUUGGUCAAGCUGGUUAUACCAACACGUCGUCAGAGGAAAUGAACAGUGGGGAGGGGCAUAAUCGCACUAGAGAGCAGGAAGGACAGCGUGGUUGCAUCGACGGAACAGACAUCCAUCCGGGGGGGGGUGUAUAGCGUGUUUCGAUAGGUGCCGGAAGUUAGGAAGAGGUGUUGACAGUUUCAGUUGUGGUUCACUCUGUCGGGGAGGUGUGGAAUCCGUGAUAUUCUGCAUGGUCGAAUACGGAUUAGCAGCUGGUGUCUUAAGGUGGGCGCUAGCCAGUGAACGGUGAACGCGAACACUCCUAGCGAGCCUCCGGGUCGAAAUGGCAGUUACUACUUUCUUUGUUAGAGUGCAGAGAUUCAUGAAACUGCCGCACCUGUUUCCUGCUGGCACUGCCGAUCACUUCGGCCCCAUCCUAACCUAAUGGAGUGCGCAAACAAGAGAGACAAGGGGUUCCGUCGGCGGAUGGCCCAAUUAUGUUCGUUAAUACCGUUCUCAAGUCGCCGGCGGCUAUGCCCAACAUAAGCGUAAGAGCGGUUCGCACAUGGUUGCGGUAAAUAUGGGGUCUUUUACUCGGGCUAAUAUUUUGCGCAGUGAAGACGCCAAUUUGUGCGCAAUGUAGAUGCCAAACUGAUUUAAUUGUCGGUCAAUCACUUCGGAAAUUCCUUGCAUAGAGGGCAGGGAGUAGGAUUUCCGUAACACCCUGUCCCCAUUUGAGUCAAUGUUUUGUGGUUGCCUCUGGCGUCUGCGACAGUUUUCCACAGAGCUGACGAGGUUUCGGUUGAUUCGGAAAAACCGAUACAAUUAAGCCAGUUCUUCCAUGAGUAAAUUCAUUGCCACCGCAGUACUGAUAGUCCCAAAAACAACUUCUCUUAUAGGCCGCUGGGUGGUUACUCCGGUAAUUAGGGAUGAUCUCAGCGUCAGAGCUUUUCCGGUGAACUCUUGUUGCGGGACCAUCACCACUGAGCAUUUGUAUGCUCAUUUUCAGGAACGGGAGGGUGUCUUCUCUCGAUUUCUCGAGUGCUGGGAAGGCGCUAUUCAGGCUCUGGUGGAAUCGCUUAAUUUCACAGGUCCUAACGAUGACGAAUGGGUCAUCUACGUAUCUGAGCUACACUUUGGCUGAAAACUUUUCACAUCACCACCUUUAAGUCGUUGUACGGUUAGUUCUGUGAGUUGCCCUGAAAGUGGCGAACCCAUUAUGGGACCCUUAUCCUGCGGGUAAUACUUGCACUUGAAUUGGCGAUAGAUCUCGAGACUGAGCCUACGCAUUUCUAAGAAGUGCUGUAUUGCAAUGUCGAUGAGGUUGUCUUGCAGGCGUCAGGCUAGGCUCUCAAUGGCAAUGUCAUGUAGCAUACGGUAAUACAAGGCGACCACAUCAAAUUUUAGAUUGUCUCGUCCGGACUUACUGUGAGACUUCGGAUUUUCUCAAGGAAUGCUGGAUAAUUUGUAACGCUGUAUUGUGAACCAUCGGCGUGGUGCUUCAGACGUCUGUAUAACCAUUUAGCUAGGUUGUAAAUGGGCGAUCCAAAGAGUGGCACUAUUAUCCACAGUGGCGCAUCGGAUUUGAGCGUUUUCGUCAGCCUGUAUGUCCUCCCUCUCCGGUGCGAAUAUCUCUCUCUCAACCUUUCAUUUCAUUUGACAACAGGUUGCUGUGACCGAUUUGAAAACUCACGAGCACAUCUCGAUUUUCUUCUUGGAAUAAAGACUGCCUCCGCUAUUAAUGCAUUUUUAUAUUCCUACAGAUAUUGAACCUCACCAAAUGGAAAAUUUGGUUAAGUGGUCUACAAUAAUCACCACCCAAUUCUCCUGCAUUAAUUAUAGUUCAGUCAUGCCUAGCUAAUAUUGGGCUAGACAAAAAAGUGUUUUUGCUAGGCUCAAAUAUUUAUUGUUCUGAUAUAAAAAUGCACUUAAGGCCGAAGUACAGUGCGUGACCUAUCUCAUGAAAUGUUGGUUGAAAUUCUGAAAUGCGUUUUCGAUAAGGAAGGAUUACUUGGUCGCGGUUGUGAUACUUAUUAUCAUAAGGCAUACUCUUAUAACAUUUCGGACUUUGCAGGAUGUCGGCUUUUAAAUUCACUUCCUUUCAAUCUCGUGUACAAAGCGCGCUCGGUAAAAAAUGACUACUUAAGUAGCAUGCAUUUUUCCCAUUGAUUUUCGAUGGUCUUGCAAAUUCAAAUAUAUUUCAUAGAAACCACAAACAAAAAUUUGCUUUCUGUUAGUCAAUCAAUAGAAACUCACGUCUUCUUUAUAUUUUAUACUUGAGGAAGGAGUAUAAUUAGGUUUUAAAAAAGUUUUCUAAUUGCCGAAAAAUUUAAAGCCUGAUCAUUCGUUGCAUUAGCGCUUAGUGGUUACACUCGACAAGGUGCAUGCGUUCCGCGUAAAGAAAAUCCCAUAUUUUUCUGUCAUUAAAGAGAUAUUAUACAGGGUCCAUAAAAUGUUGCAAUGGAUGCGGACCAUGUUGUACAUUUCAUGAGGAGCAGUGGUAAACGGCCAGGUACGAUGCUAUGUGAAUGGACAUAUCGCGGUCUUAAAAAGUCUCAUAAUUAGAAACUUUUUUUAAAACCUAAUUAUACUCCUUCCUUAAGUAUAAAAUAUCAAGAAGACGUGAUUCUCUAUUGAUUGACCAAAAGAAAGCACAUUUUUGUUUGUGGUUUCUUUAAAAUAUAUUUGAAUUUCCAAGACCAUCGAAAAUCAAUGGGAAAAAUGCAUGCUACUUCAGUAGUCACUUCUACCGAGCACGCUUUCUACAGGAGAGUGAAAAGAAGUGCAUUUUGAAGCCGACAUCCUGCCGAGUCUAAAAUGUUAUAAGAGUAUGCCUUAAGAUAAUCAGUAUCACAACCGCGACCAAGUAAUCCUUCCCAUUCGAAAACGUAUUUCAGAAUUUCAGCCAACAUUUCAUGAGAUAGGUCACGCACUGUUACUGCGUACUUUAGGCCUCUGCCGAUGCUAGGAGUAUGGUGAGCAAUUAUACAUCAGUUUAAAUUUUUGCAUUUCUUACUCAAAAAUAACAUUCAUUAAAAGGAAAGGGACCCAGCAUGCACGGCCUGUUAUCUGUUGACAUCAAAUAUUUAACAUAAAUAUUUGAUAUGUUCUAGCUUACAAGUUAUCCACAGUCGACUACUACUCGUGUCUGCGUGUUCUGGGGGCAGCAGAAGCGGUAGGGCGAAUGCAGCCGCUGUGAUUAAUUAUGGAAUUUUGCUUACCCUUCUAAGACUCGCGUGUUUCCGGGUCCAUACAUACCCAUUCCUGUCAUUAUGCUUAUGCCCAUUCGGUAUUUCACCUGACCAUUGGCUUGAAAGAGUCAGUUUGCGCAAAAAAGUCCGCAUUCCGGAACACAAUUCGGUUGCGGUACAUGCGACAUGGAAACUGAUAAACGCCCGUAUAUUUGUCGGUCUGUUUUCAAUUUCUCCUAGAUCCGCAUGGCUCAAGUCCCUAGAAUGGUCUACUGGUCGAUUAAGUGCAGAGCAGAAGACGAAGAUGCGAUCACUCGAAGAAGAAGGAAUUUAAUGGCCUUACGUUUCGGAUUCUCACUCGAACCCAUCAUCUGAGACAGUCGCAGAUAGAGGUGACGGUGGCACGAAGAGUGCAGUAUUUAUAGCACGUGACUGCUGUGGUACCAUAUGCGCUCUGUAAUUAACAGCUCUCGCUACCACCGCUGGGGUCGUAAUUGAUGCGGUGGUGGCACUUCAGACCGAGGCCUUAAUUACCGUGAUUUCGGAAGGCCGAAAGCAACCAUUAGGUGCCAAGCCAUGAGGCCAAAAGACCCGUCUUGAGUCGCUUACCGGAUCUAGUGCAGUUGUGGACAAAGCAACUAUGUCGGAGAAACUGGAAGAUUAUUCCGUACGCGAAUUGCCGAGUACGCAGCAGCAGUGAGGCGAGGAGACGCUAGCUCUCAUGUGGCGGCUCAUUCGACGGGACUAGGCCAUGUUUUCAAAUUACAAAAGACCGAAAUCCUCGCAAGGUGUGAUAACCGCGUGAGCCGCGAGCUGCUCGAGUCACGUUCCUCAGGCCCGCAAUCCAUCAACAAGCGCAAUGACCUCUCGGUACCAUAUUUCGUGCUGAGAUUUUCCCUGUGCAGGAGAAUAAGUCACGUGGGGAGGGCGCGGGCGGGCAAUUAUUCCAGUGACAGUGAGCCAAUGUGCCGAGCAAUCGUCACACCAGCAUCCAGCACACAUGACGAAAUCACGGCCAUUAACGACUCGGACUCGGACUGACAAGCCAUCAUCGCAUCAAUUACGACCCGGGCGGUGAUUGCAAGAGCUGUUAAUUACAGUGCGCAUAUGGUCCUACGGCAGCCACGUGCUAUAAAUACUGCACUCCUUGUGCCACCGUCACCUUUAUCCGCGACUUCUCUGAUGAUGGAUUCCAGUGAGAAUCCGAAACGUCAGGCCAAUCAAUUUCUUCUUCCAGUGAUCGCAUUCUCGUCCUCUGAACUGCUACCUGCAACUCGCCUGUUCGCUUCUAUCAGUAAUUCCAGAGCUUAAUGAUUGUGCCGCAUUACGUUUGUGGCGGCCUUAAUGAUGGAUGUACCCGGCGCGCAUCAGUUAGCAGGACUCAGGUAGCAAUAACCGCUGUCUGGAACCGUUGGCAACGAAGCUGGAUAGCAGUGAGAAGACGAGACGGUGAGCAAGUACACCGAGCAUCGCAUGGAUGCCUAUCAGACACAAACUGACAGUUUCAUCUUCUUUGCCGUCCAUUAUCUGUUGUCGUGCGGUAUGCGAAUAGUCUUCAUAUAGUCCAGGUAGUGUCCAAAAAUUGCACGUUUGUUCGGCGAAUUUUGAGUUCCAUCUACUGCUUCAUGGUCGCACUGAAUAGCGUACGUACUCUUUUGAAUCAAUUCGUGAAACCUCACCUUUAGGUUAACAUUACAGGAAGGAUUCUUUUACAAUCUUGCCAGGGAAUAACAUCCGCGGAUGAGAGCUAAUGUCUGAUCUUAGUUUGUUCUCUCAAGGCGCUUUUGUUUAUCGUGUUUUACAGCACCCCACAUCCAAAUAUCUAUGCGAGAAUUUAACUCUGCAAGAAAGUUUCGGUGUGGAUUUGAACGGUCAAAAUAAUGCGGCCCUUAUUUCCGUGAUAAAUGGCGUUUUCUAAAAUUGCCAGCCGACCGUCAAGUAUUCGGGUGGUAAAUUUCGGCAAAGUCAUUUUUUAAGCGUUUUGCUAAUUACGACUUCGAGGAGUCUGUGGACUUUGGCUGCUAAAGUCUGCGCGUUUUUAAGUAAAGUGGUUUUACCGUUUACUUUUUACGUCAGUGUUUACGAUUGUUUAGUCAUGCUAACGGUUUAUAGGCAUUUAAAUGAAUUAAACACGUCUCUGGAGAGCCGAUUUUUCUAAAAGCAAACUGUUGCAAAAAAUUCGUAUUUUGCAGGCUUGUCUUGCAGUGGAUGUACCCAAGUCUUUUAAAUAUGGUUCGGCGCAUAGAAUAAAGCAAUCAAAAAUGCAUGCGUAGGUUAGAGUUGUUAUACCAUACGAACGAAGGUCUAAUAUUUACAUCUUACACAAAAAGCAGUGUCGUUUAUUUACUCAAGUUCAUCACUAGCCCUAAUUGACUUAUAAAUGCUGGGUCGCUGACUAAAAUAUUUUAGUCAUAGUACGUUACGAUUAUAAAAUGAAGUUGCCUAAUAGGCUUGGAGAUUUUACGAAUUUCUGUAAAAGCAGCAUUAGCUGGUCCCAUCAGAAUACAUGAUGUGAUGCUUGUUCUUUUAUGGCGCCGCAUAGAAUGGUGGCCGCACUUUUUUCCCACGAAAAGUUUGCUAUUAAAAAAAUUAAUUAAGUUCUGAAAUCCUAAAUGUUUGGAAGAUCUGCUGAACAAUAUAUUCAUGUCGCCAUAUCGGCAAAUGCAUGAAUGCCUUUUACCUGAUGCCAUUCGUAUUAUCUGUCAACUAGGGUGUGUUUAUGAACAGUUUCGGACGUUCUUUUAGCCUUAGCUCGAAGAUUACGAGUUCCCUCUCCCCGGCCAGUCAUCUUGAUUUGUAUUCCGUCCUGCAGAAUUCAACCUAUAUGCCAAAGUCCUCCCGAAGCCUGGGUCUUCUGACCUGGGUUUUUUCAGAUGCUCCAUGCAGAAUUAAACCACUGAAAAUCCCCGACUUAAGGAUAUUGUGAAUGGCUUUUUAUAAUACAUAUAUUUAUGGUGGAGCGAGUUUUCAGAUUUAUUUGGAACUGUCUUUUGUCUUUUACAUAGGGGACUACAGACAUUGAUUCCUAAAUUUUUGCAAUGAAAAUUGCAGGGUUUUGAAGUAAAUAUUUGAUACUAUGCUAAAUCUGACUAAUAUCAAACAGAGCCUUAAGACAGAAAUUAAUGGUAGCUCGCUACUUGCGCUAUUCGACUGGAUCACUGCAUUAAACUGCCUAUUUUUAAGUUAUGUCCUGACUUCUCGUCAGUUUUGCUGUGAUGACUUUCGACGUUAAGCACAAGUGAGGAUAAAUUUCGAAGGACUUAACACAGAUUAUUCACCUAACCUGGCUGAGAAAAGCCCGACUACGGAGAUGGGAACUAACAGCUAGACUCCAGCCACAAUUCUAAAAAUUUUAGCCUUUAGACCCCAAAGGAAAGCUUUGGGUUUAAAUGCCUUUCACUCGAGCUACCACUAACGCGCUACAGCAAACCAAAUCGACCAUGUUUAACACAGGAAUCCGAGUGUCCGAAGAGGAUCUGCCAAACAAUUAAUCUAGGGUCCCAUGGAGUCCGCCGAGAUUUUAAAAACUGGGUUGGGUGAAUUAUUUAACUGCAUUCAUCACGUAAGGAAGAUCUACAGCGUGCAAACCACACAACACUUAUUAACUCACGCAUCUUCAGGGUUUGGGUUUUUUUCCAAAUCGGCAGAGACCGCCACCCACCAUCAUGUUAUUUUAUUGCCCCUGGUUUUCAACCCUGUCGGACGACCCAGCGAAUUAUGUUAGAUUUGCAAGGCAAUAGCUCCAAAUAAUUUAUCAUGAACUCCGUUGGGCCGUAACUGGCCUCAUUUGCUCUGCUGGUGCGAUGGUAGCAUACGCACGGCUGCCUCGUCGGUCGCCAAAUCGGCCUAAAACCGAGUUAAUGUAAUUAACCGGAGGGAAGAGGAUAUUAACUAACCGGCACUGCACUCAGUGCGUUUAAAGAGAAGGUGGUGGAGUCAUAUGGUAUUUAAUCGGGAGUACGACCCAAAUGGAGUCGAACUAUUCUGUCCACUAAUCGGCUGUAGACCAACCGGCGCCUAUUUAGGAAUCUGGACUAUACAGCCUAAUUUCCCUUUUCCGUCCAGGUUUAAAAUCGUGCCUUGAAAAAAACCAGCUUUCCCCUAAUUACAAUUAAGUUACACUCUGUUUCUCCUUCUCCGAUUCAUGCCGCAAAAAAUAAACUGCGAAUGCUUUCCGCGAUGCCCAUCGGGCUUGCGGAAGUUACUUCAACUCGCUUUUCCGACUCCCAAGCGUCGGAAGACCUCUGAUGGACACCAAAAACAAAAUAGCACUUAAAAGAAAACGUUCGCUGAAUGACAAAUUGCCUGACAGACAGUCUGAUAGAAAUGCUUAGUCUUAUUACUUCAGAGAACGGUAUGUUUCUGACUUUCGCACAAAGGCAACCGGUAGUCUGAUGUUUCCGCUUGACUGAUCUUUAAUAAGUGACAAGAGUCUAGAACGAUAUACUCUCGAACACUUACUAUAAAUGACUGCAUAAUUCUUUACGUUACCGACAGCACGGGCAGUAGGUAACUAAAAGCUCAUAGCUAGUAACUGCGUUGUCAACAUAGUAUGUAAUAACGCAGUUCUAUAGUACUGACUUCUUGUUCACAACUUGUGAAUGAUUAUGAGUUUAGAUAUUCAUAAACACUAUCGGAUCGAGACUGAAAAGUUCUCUUCCAAAGUAAUUACUCUACGUUCACGCAUUACUUGCCUCGUAAAUUAAAUGAGCACUACAUAUAAUUGCACAAGGCUCGCUAACAAUUUUGACAAGUUAACAGGUCAUGCGUGCUAUUUUGAAUACAACAUUUAUUACCUCGACAGGGUAAAUCGUUUCUGUUGUCAGAUCCAUACGGUCCUUUGCCUUUAAUAAGCUAUCACAUUUAUUUAUUUAUCAAUUGAAAAGGUUUCGUCAGAGGCGCCUUGUUUCUUCGAUAAUCAAAAACAUAGUAACGACCUAUUUCACUUUAAGCCAUAUUUCGACGGUCCGCAAAUCUAGAAUUACUCCGGUUAUACUGAUUGAGACUAAAGUAAAUAACUGUUUGCUGUAAUACCGGCAGGUUUUAUCAGUUUGCAUUUGGUGUGCGUUAAAGGCUCCUGGUAGAUAUCAUAAUAUUCUAUGCGUGCAGGGUAAGAUGCAACGGCACAUGGAAGUUAACUGCGGAAUGGGUGACAAAUACUCCCGUUUAACUUAUAACCGCUCAAUGCCUGACUAGCAAUCUUCGAAGUGAAAAAAACAGGGGGUCGAAUACUGUAACACAAUGUUUACUGUCCUGAACUUUCAAAUCCGUACAGGAGUCCAUUGUCAGAGAUAGUAACAGAAACAGAACAACAGUUGGGCGAAAUCAUGGUCACCUUCGACGUGACGUCGUUCUUUUUAUCUACAAUGCGUGACCGAUCUCAUGAAAUGUUGACUAAAAUUCUGAAAUGCCUUUUCGAUUAGGAAGGAUUACUUAAGUGGGGUUGUUAGACAGAUUAUCAUGCAGCAUAACCCUAUAACAAUUCGCACUCGCCAGGAUGUCGGCUUUUGAAUGCACUUCUUUUGGACCCCCUGCAGAAACCACAUUUGGCAUGCAUUUUUCCUAUUGUUUCUCUGCUAUCUUAUAAAUUCGAAUAUAUUUUACAGAAAACACGCACAAAAUAUGCUUUUUUGCUCAUUUGGUAGGAAAUCACACUGUCUUUAUAUUUUAUAUCCGAUGAAAGUGUAUAUUUAGGUUUUAAAAACGAUUUUAAUAAGGAGAUUUCUAAGAUGUGCGAUGUCCAUGAAUGCAAAACGGCACAUGUCGGUUUACUUAUGCUUCUCAUGAAAUGUACAGCACAGUUCGGAUUCAUUGCAAAAUUACAUGAACUCUACGUGGUAUUGUCUUAAAGGAAUAGAGGAAUAUAUGAUUUUCCUUACGCGGAAUGCAUGCAUCCUGUAGACUGACAGUGCCUAUCGUUGAUGUAAUGGCAGAUCAGGCUGAAAAUUAUUCGGGAAUCGGGAAACUUUUUUAAAACCUUCCUAAUCGAAAAGGCAUUCCAGAAUUUUGGUCAACAUUUCAUGAGAUCGGUCACGCACUGUGUCUCACCGGAAUAGGCCCGCGAAGUCUUGCGCAAAAGACUUGAAGAGGAUUACGAUGAGACUCAAAAUGCACUGAAAACUGAACACCUUAUCAGACUGUUUGAAUUCUGCAAAUAAACUUUUGUUGGGAUGACAUAUGAACAAACCCAGGGAGCUCCAAUGGGCUCAUCUGUUUUCGCUUUUGUGACAGGACUGGUCAUGCAGGCGUUCAAAAAGUUUGCAUUCAUCCAACAUGAGUCAGCAUUUUGACGAUGUUGCAUGGCAACACGUUUGUUAUCGUGCUACAACAUUUCCACAACAUGCCCAAAGCAGUCUUUCCUGAUAAAAAAAUUCACGAGGAAGAAGAACAGUUUCAACAAUUGCCCUUCCUGGAUGUGCUCCUUAGAGGGAACCUAAACAGUGAACUUGAAAUGACGGUUUAUUGGAGGGCAGCGAACACCACAUAGCUUCCCACUUUUCCCAGCCACCAUUCGGUGGCUCAUGAAUGAAGCUGUGUGAAGGCGCUCUUCAAACGGAUCCAAACUCAUUGCAGCAAACCGGAGGACAGAGCACGUGAGGCCCGUUAUCUCCGCGACCCGUUUGUGCAAAAUGGUUAUUCGAAAGUAUUCAUAUGUCGCUGCCUACGCGGUCGCAUCUAGAGGACUUGAACACCACCACCGAUGAUAUGGCAUUCUCUGUCAUACAUCAAGCGGUACCGCAGAGCUAGGUGUUGAAAUUGCACACCACCCCAAAGCCGCCAAGCGCAGUGGGGUAAUGAAAAUUAAAUACCGGUUAAAGUCUGAGAAGCAAUCUGGAGUAGUGCAUCGCACCCCGUGCCAAAACUACGCAGGGCAGACUGGACGCAAGCUCGGAUCUCGCAUACACGAUAACAAACUUGCUGUGCGACUAAGCGACGCCUUAUCACAAGCGGCCGCCCAUACAUGUGAAACGGAUCGUGAGUUUAACGUCGCAGCCACCAAAAUAGUCGCCCACGCAGGAAUCAAAACAGGCGGAUAAUUGUUUGCAGUCUGGGUAUAGGAUGAGCACUCAGUCAAUCGAUUUAUCGAUCUGGCGCCUUUGGUUGACGAUAGCCUAACACGCCCCAUAAACGUCGCUUGUUCUGGUGCUGUUAUUAUCUCUGACGAUGGACUCCUGCACGAAUUUGAAAGCUCAGAAAAAUGAAAAACGUUUCAGCGCUCAACCUCUUUCUUCUUCUUCUUCUUCUUCUUCUUCUUCUUCUUCUUCUUUUUCUUCUUCUUCCCAUGUGCUUACAUCUGAAAGUCGAACUAUUGCCUUCAUUCGUGAGGCUUCGAAGUCUCGGGAUUUUUAGACUGGGGUCCAGGUAAAACAAGUUAAUCCUCCUAAAUGCAUUGCUGUCCGGAUCAGAGAAGCGGUUUAAAAUAGCCGCAAAGUACUUCAGAAUAAAUCGAAUACUUUCCGGCGAAAACAUCUAAGUAGACAUCACUACCACAUUCGUUCCAUUAACCCGAUGCUGAAGUAAUUCUAGACGAAAGGCAGUUUAAUGAUAGAUGCAUAGACCGAUGCCUAGUGGUUGCGCGUUAAUACGGUCUUUACUUAGUCGAUCAUAAUCUUGACCACCAUCGACAGUUCGUCCGUCGUUGCCGAAGAUGUUCACCGUGUGCCCCAGAGCAAGGUGGAGCAGGGAUGGUGACUUGCGCGUGAAUUUAGUUUAGAAGGCUUGCGCAGCGUCUACCGCUCUCUCUCCUUCUCCACCUGACCCGGUGCCAAGACAGAGUCAACAAGACUAGAGGCGGGAAAAGGCGCAAGUAGAUGGCACGGCCGAACUCGCACCUCAGCGUUCAACUCCACACCCCUGGACCACACAACAAACGACCGAAUUUUCGACCACAUUGAGAAGGCGCCAUUGCAGCCUGACUCUGCAACCACCAGUCAGCCGCUCCAAACAAACACACGACACUAGACCCACUGCAGGGUCCACGUUAUCCCGUCAGUUGACUAUCUUCCAAGCCGCAGUCGUUAGCGCAGCAUGAGAGCUUAAAACGUGUCAGGAAAAUGCGCUGAAUCGACGACCUCACUGUCCUCUCCCAUUCCUAGGCCCCAGCCACUGUCCGAUCCGGUCAGCUGAUAGGGUGCCUGGAAUGGGCGCAAUGGCUGACAAAGUCUAGCGAUCUUGUCUGCGCGCGCUACACGCACGACAUGGCCUCCCAAACGGCAGCACCAGAAUUUCACUCAAAGGGGUUGAGGGGCGUACAUCACACAAGCGUGAGGAUGCAUGGACCACAAACAGGAGCAUGCACAACCGGUGUCUACCACCGGAUCGAAGUUUACCAGCAUCUUUUCUGUCCUUUCUAAUCGAAAGCACAUUGCAGAAGUGCGUUUUACGGUAAAUGGGAUCCAAACUCGACGACAUAUGCGUUUGCUUACGCCAGAUCCUAUUGCUAAUCUUCUUGCAAUUAAUUUGACGCUGGGUCGAAGACAGUGGGGAAAACGACAGUAUGGUAAAUGCAGUUGUGGCUUACUAAUUCGCGAUCCUUGCACCCACCGCAGAGUGGAAAUCAUCGGUAACAACGACUGAUUUGUCGUCUCUGUGUGUUUAGAUAUUAUUCCAGUUAUUUGGAAGACAAUCGGCUACUGAAAUACCUCAAUUAUUAUAGGGGAGAUUUAAUUUACGGUAGACCACAAAGCACAUAAAUAUUGGUUGGAGUAUAACAUAUGAUUUCAAAUAAGCCGGCGGCUUCAAAAAAAUUGGCACACGACCCCGAAUAAAUUAAAACCACUUUAGAUUUUAUAUGUUUAAUUUCUCUACACACUGGCUAAACACCAAUUGCAAAAAAUCAUUUUUUUAGAAGACACUUCCCUAACGAUUCUCUUUACAAAUUCGAAUUCGUUCUUUUUUCUUAAAAAAGGAAAUUCUAUGUCAUCCACUACCACUACCAGUCGCUUCCGUAACAUGCGCAAGCCAAAGGCCUAUAAAAACCUGCGUGCUUAUGUCAUUUUUGCAUUUAAUUUGUCAAAAGUAUACACCACUCGCAUGUUACAAAUUAACGCCUCUUAUGUGUCCUGCAACUCGACCAAAAAUCAAAAAAAUCUGGUUUUUUAAUUAAACAUCCUGAUUUCUGCAAUCUACGCAAGAAAAAUGAUUAAUUUGCGCACUUCCAAAUGAUAUGUAAUAAAUGCGCAGUUACCAGUGUGUGCGAAUAAGCGUUCGAAUCUGCGGCAAUUUCUCAUAAAAUUUAGGUUUGUACGCCGAAAUACACCCCCCCCCUCUUCCACAACCAAAAAUUGACAUAUGCAGUAUGUAUUUUGUGAAGUCAUUUUGUUUCCCGUGGUUCAAAUUAUGUAAGGCUUCCUCGUUGUUGGAAUUAAUCCAUGAAAAAAACCAGCUAUUUUUUCUGGAAAUUGGAUUUCCUCGUAAACAAGAAGAUGCAGAAAGAUAUUUCAUUUCGCAUUUGUCGAUGGUGUGAUGCGUUUUUCAAAAUCAACUCAUCUUACGAAUAUAACAUGUAAUUUUUUAAGAUUAUGUAAGACGGAUACCAUGUUCCACCAAAUUCUGCCGUUUAAUCCAGUUUUGUAGGUGUUUUGAUUAUGGUUGUUGGUGUUGAUGAAUUUCAUGCAUCAUGCGAGAUAUAUGCCUUUUUAAAUGGAUGAAUACCGCACUUGAUUUCCCCUGUAAGUAGGCAGCCUGCCGUUGAACGUUAGGAGAAAAUAAUAUCAGAUAAAGCAUGAAGGGGCUCUUUGGGCGAUUUAUUCCGACUUCCCCAUUCGCAAUCACAUUUUCUGCUUAUGCAUAUCACGACGCAGUGUCCUCGAAGUCCUUCAUCUGCAUGUCAGAAACAUAAGUGAUAUGGAAGACAGAAAGAGGAUGAUUAGGGAAUAGAGAGGCAGGUCUUUUUGCGGCAAAUCUCCCAUUUAGCGAAAGAAGCAUUCCGACACAAUGAACGCCAAUCGAGUGACUCUGCGCGCACUACGCAACGCCCGAAUUAUCUUCUACAGUGUAUUCGGCCGGGCACAUACCCUUGUAACUAAAAGUAAGUUCGUAAACUAUCAUUUGCUUGGCUGUCCAUCGCUGAACUCGUAAAAUCUCUGGAUGAUUGAACAAAGGAGCAAAAUGCUUGUUUUUUUCUGCCGGAUCGAUGACGGAAGGAGACACGAUCGAAGAGACAAGAAAUUUAUUCGCCUGACGUUUCGGAUUCCUACUCGAAUCCAUCAUCAGAGACAAAAGAGCAGAAACGGGUGGUUGUUGCACAAGGGGCUGCAGUAUUUAUAGGAUGCAGUCGCCAUGUUCCCGCAUACAUAUGAACAUUCCCCGCUCCCCCUUUCAUCCGGGAUCGCUGAACUUGGUGUGAUGACAAAUUGAUAGCCGACAUUCAAUUCGUUAAUUGCUGCAAUUUCAUCACGUACGUCGGAUGGUGGUGUGAUGAUUGCUCGAUUAUCUGACCCACCGACCAUGGCGUUAGGAUGAGUGUUCACAUGUGCCGUCUACUCGUGGGUAAUUAUUCCACCUAGGCAAAGUCUUAAAACCGAGUAUGGAAGGGGAAGGUCAUUGCACUUGCUAAUGGACUGGGGGGGGGGGCAGAAUCAUCUCACGCGGUUAUCCGCUCUAGCGAGAACUUCGGCCGCAACUUGAUAGCUGGCGUCAUUUCUCCGCACCGCUGCAGCGUGUUCGUCCAUUCGCGUUCGAAGCUGUCUUCCGGUUUCUUCGACGUAUUUGCAUUGUCCGCAUCUGCACCAGAUCCGAUAAACGACUCCAGAAGUUUCUUGCUGUGGCAGCGGGUCUUUCGGUUUCACUACCUGGCGCCUGAUGGUUGCCUUUGGCCUGUGUGCAACUCCAAUCCCAAGUGGUGCGGGAAGGCGGUCGACGGCUUCCGAAAUGUUCUCGACAUACUGACGCGCUUGCCAAAAUUUGGCGUCCGUGAGGUUUAUCCACUGGACCGUCAUUUGAUUCCAAAACGCACAGUUUUUCUCGAUAUACGCCCCGGAUUGCGGCCACGCCGACAAUAUAUUAAGAUACGGAAGGAGGAAGCAUACCGGAAACUCUGGUCGUGCUUUUUCGUUUGGUGAAACUGAAGCGGCUAAUCAUUCUAAGAGGAAGUCCUGCAGUUUAUCUGUUCCACUUCAACCUUUAAUUUAAUUCAUCUGGCUGCCCUCAUCUUUAAGUUGACAAUACGUUAUACGAGAAUAUUAACCAGUCCUUGUGCGGUUGUUUGAGAAGGAUUCAGAUGUUUCUCCUCCGCUGUUUGGCAUCUAUCAUGAUUUUACAAGUAUAGCGUUCCGUCAUGCCUUAUUGAAAGUUACCUGGUAGAUAACUGUGGAGUCAUGAAUGAUAAAUUCUCGGAAGCCUGAUAAUUCCUGUUCGCAGUUAACUUAAAACUGUGAAUUUUGUUGGUUGGUUACUUCACCACGCAAAACAUACGUAAGCCCGGUUUCUGUUGCCGCAUUGGCUGGCAUUCAUGCGAUGCAAUUCUCGCUGUAUUUGAGAGAUGCUAUCACUGCCUCAGCACGCCUCUUUAGUAACGCCAUGUUUUGCUUGUUAUCUGGACAAAACCAAGAAAGGCGUAAUGUUGCCAGCAUUUUAUCCGUUUUUGUGAGCAGUAAAGAAAGAGGGAAGCAUGCGGGACAUUGGCAAUUUCUGCAUGCUACUCACUUCCUCUCAUGUUGUUUCCUGAAACAUCCUCUGAAGCAGUUCGCUUCAUUGAGUAACCAUCGACGCGUUAUGUUAUAGAUGGCGAUGGACGAGAAAACAGUCGUGGGUUAUGUCCUUUAGAAUUUAAGCCGGCACUUCUAAUUCAGAGCAACCUAAUAACCGCACAGUAGCGCAGCAAGUCAAGCGUCCAACGCGUCCCUAAGUGAAAGGCCCCUUCCAGUUUUCGGAGUCGGAAACGGAGAUCAAAUACGCUCUCACCACACCGGCGGCCAGCCAUUUAGAGUGGUGGUAGCGCACAUUGCCCCGUUAAGUCAAAAUUCUAGUAGAACCCCCAAGCAUUUGCAGAUUUCAAUGCAAGCAAAUGGAUACUCAGUCCAACAGUUGGAUGUGUCUGACGGUUGCGUGUUACUUCACUUUUUCCUCGAGAUACUUCUGUACCAAUGAGAUGCGCCUCAAACGCGGAUAUAUAUAUAUAUAUAUAUAGGCAGAAUAGUAUUACCGACAAAGACAAGGGAGACUGGAAUGGCCAUUUCUGGCUUAUUAGCCGUCGUCAGCCAGCCAUACCCAAGCCCGAAGUGUGGAACACCCGAGCCUCGAACUCGCGACCUGUUGGUUUAGAAGUCAACGCCUCUACUCACCGGGCCACGAGCCCGUUGCCCUGUCGGUUUUAUAUAUAUAUAUACGAUCCAGCCCAGCGUACUACGCGUGGAUUUGCGCUAAAUACCAGGGGUCACUCGUCAUGUCUCCUACCCCAACUCUCAAGCAAACCCAAACCUUAAGUAUAACCCUAAUCCCAAACAUAAAUUUAACCUCAACUAUAACCCUAACUUAAGGCCCAACAACGACCUUGACCCUGACCCUAACGCAAACUAACCUGUCCCCCCUCCCAUAGCAUCAAACCUUACCGUCUAAACACGAACCUCCCUUGAAGCCAACGCAAGGUAACUUUUACAGCGGCCCUCAGAAACAUGAUUCUGACAGGAACGGUGAUUAUUACUGUACAAAGGCUUUAGAAGAAUGCCUGUUCAUCAUAUUUCACUGGGUCAUAUGAUCUUAUCGUUUUACAUAGCUGACUGAAGAAAGAUGAAUGGCAGUAGUUCUUCCAUCUAAGUACUCUAAUGAUACUGAUCUGCAACUAAAGGUUUAAGGGAACAGAAGUCUUGCCUGUUUCAAUCAGACGCGCGAAGUGUUCCAUCUAAAUUAUGAUAUUUUUCUCACUUCCGCCUGACAGAUCAGGUGAGUGAUGUUAAGCUUAAAAUAUUCUUAUUGUGCAAAUAAAUUUCGAUCUACAUUUAUGAUCACCAGUCUUCGGUACUAUUUCGUUUAACAUAAGUUGGUAACAAGGCCGAAAUCAGUUACAAUUAAUAGCCUCCCAGAUUGAAGAAGGGUAUUCCUCGAGUUUCGCGAGACAUUUAAACACUAAAGUUAAAGUGAUAAAUUCCGAGAAUGUCAGCAGUAUUCGUGCGCCCAUCAAAUAUAAACAUUUAUUAAAAGUGUUACAUCUCGGCCGUCAGUAGAUGUGCUAUUUCGUGAAGUGCCGACACAAAUCCUGACAUGCAGUUUUGACUCUAAAAGAUUACUUAAUAAGGGUUGUAAAAAUAAUUGCCAUGCAAUACAGUCUAAAAACAUUUAAGUCACAGCAGGAUGUCAGCCGUCGAACGGGAUUCUUUGUGGUCGCCCGCGAGGACUAUACUCUGUAAAAAUGGAUACUUGAGAAUAACCAUUUUUCAUUGAUUUUCAAUCUCCACGUACGUUCAGAUAAAAUUCACAGAAAACAUCCACAAAUUAUUCGUUCUUUUUUCAUUUGUCAAGAAAAUACCUCUUUUUUAAAUUAUAAACAUAGAAGGUUUCCGAUGAUGAAAUUUUUUCAAGUCCGGGGAAUGCCCAUUCGUAAAACAUCGUGUCUCUACAUUCACCAGUGCCGCUUAAAAAGUAUGCAAUACGGAUAAAUAAAUACCGACCCUUUCUUGAUGAAUGCAUAUGCUGUAUCGUAGAAACCAACUGAAAGCAACAACUUUUUGCGUUCAGCCCAAAACGCUCUAGUGACCCAGGUAUUGCAGCCCGUUCAGUCUCAUUACGUUCUUCAUUAACAAUGUGCUUUUACGCAACGAAAUCUUGCAGCUUUCUUUUCCUUUACCACUACACAUUAACGAAUAAUGCCAGAUAUACCAGAAACUUCCGUCCAAAUCAAUUUGUCUAUAUGAUGUAACACGUCACUUUUUCAAAAUUGAAACUUCACUCUGCCUGUGUUGAGGAGCUAGGGUAAGCAUUCGUGCGCAUUUUCGGUUGAAUCGCCCCGUGAAUUGAGGUGGACAUUUUGCAUCUCAUUCGCCAACCGGGUCCUUCGUUUAAUUUUAGCCGGCUUCGAAAUUAAGGCAUAGCAGCACAAUCCUGUAACGCUGGCUUCUCAGGCAAUGCGGAAAUUUGGCUGCUGUUACCGUGUUUUUCAUUGCCACUGGGCAGGAUGAAAUUCAAUUAAAAAUUCCCUUUCACCUGCAGACUCAAUGUUGUCCCUUCUCUUCGCUGUGAUCUCAACCUUGCAGCUUUUACGUCGGAAAUGGCGUGAUGAGAUCCGACUUUUCUGACGAGCAACGGAGGAAGAGGAUGCUUUUUAGACAACCUGCAGCGAGUUCACAUUUUCUCGAGAGGGAGCUGACUCGGAAUAAUUUCGAUUUUACGCUGUGUAAACGUGAACAGAAAUGUAGAUUAAGCUAGCAAAGCCUAACAACUCAAGUGCAAUGUAAUCUGCGAGAACAUUUUGAUACGAUUAUAAACCUCUCCCGAAAGUACUCUAGUAAACGCAAACCUGGAGAAUGUCCCCUCUUUGGAUUUACACUGAAAGUUAUUUAGUGCAUACAGUGUGAAACAUCUUUCACACGCGCCUGAACAUAAUCUCAACAUCGGUAGUUCUUUGAGGACGAUAUCCGCCGUGGGGUAGACCAUGCAGCAGAAUGAGGUCAGAGGUGGUGAGUUAGUAUAAAUAGAUAGUAGACUUGCGCUGCAUCUACCGCACUCUCUCCCCCACAUCUAACAAAACACGGUGUAACCACAAAGUCAAUAAGACUGAAAGGCGUAGGUGACUGGCAUGCAGGUACACCCCUUGUCCACAAAGAACACUGUCCAGGGCGCAUCGCGUCCAAAUAAAUUGCCAAUAGAAGUAACGAGACGAGUCCCAGGAAGUAGUCUUGAAGAAGGAGACACGAUCGCUGGGACAAGAGCUUUAUUAGCCUGAAGUUUCGGAUUCCUGCUCGAACCUAUCAUCAGAGACGAAAGCAGAUAGGGGUGGUUCAUGCACAAGGGGGUGCAGUAUUCAUAGGAUUCGGUCGCCAUGCCGCCGCAUACCUAUGAACAUUCAUGGCUUCCCCCUUCAUCCCGGAUCGUCACACUUGUUGUGUUAAGUGUUUGAUGGCAGACAUUCGCGUUGCUGAUUGCUGCAAUUUCAUCAAGUGCUUUGGAUGUUGAUGUGAUGAUUGCUCGACCGUCUGACCACCCGAUCCUGGAGUUGGGAAAAGUGUUCACCUGUGCGCAUUCAGCGUGCCUAAUUACUUCGCCCGGACGAAAUCAUGCGUCAGGUAAUGAAAUCGAAGGACCCGCAGCCACGGCUAACAAAGUUCUAGGGUCGAUUAUCGGAUAUGGUGCAGUUGCUGCCAAAGCAACUACGUAGGGAAACCGCAAGACAGCUCCUAACGAGAAUGACCGAACACGUUGCAGCGGUGCGGAGAAAUGACGUCAGCUCUCAAAUUGCGGCUCAUUCGACGAGAUCCGGCCACGCGUUCAAAUUCAACGAGGCCGAAAUUCUCGCUAUAGCUGGCAACCACCUGAGCCGGGAGCGGCUUGAGUUAUAGUCUCCCGCCCCACCCCCCCCCCCCAAGUGUAAUGACCUCCCCCUCCAUAUUCGACGUUGAGACUGUGCCUAGGCAGAGUUAUUUACCACCUGGGAAGCGCAUAGGCGGACACUGUUCCCAAUCCUAGGUUCGUUAGUUUAGAUAAUCGAGCAAACAUCACAUCAACAUCCAAAGCACUUGAUGAAAUUGCAGCAAUCAGUAACGCGAAUGUCUGCCAUCAAACAUUUAACACACCAAGUGCGACGAUGUCGGAUGAAGGGGGGAGCCGUGAGUGCCCAUAGGUAUGCGGUAGCAGGGCGACUGCAUCCUAUAAAUACCGCAGCCCCUUGUGCAUGAACCACCCGUAUGUGCUUUUGUCACUGACAAUGGGUUCGAGCAGGAAUCCGAAACGUCAGACUAAUAAAGCUCUUGUGCCAGCGAUCGUGUCUCCGUCUGAAAGACUGUCCAGGGCCUCGCAAAACAAAUAAAACGGAGUAAGGCACGUUUAUUAAUUGGCGCGACGUGUGUCCCCACACAGUAGCAACGCCCUCCUGCUCUUACUGUAGCUCAGAUGUUGGUCCAGCGCGUCUGUCUCGUGACCGUUUAGGACCAUACCAACUUAAAACGGACAAACAUCAAGUGAUUUAGCGACUCUAGUAAUCGAUGUCUCGCGUCUAGUGGUUUUUCCUUGCGUCCUCGUCAAAAUUGGGGACUGUUGUUUUUUAGCUUCCGGCAUCGGUUCUGCCUAACAGAGGUCGCAUGUACAGAGUGCAUUCAGUCGGUUCAGGGGUGCCGAUGGAUGCCGCCGUAUGAACUAGGUCUGAAUAAUCCAUGCAAAAAUGUGCGGAUUUCUGGUCCCACUUACGGAGGCCGGAUUUCGAACCGGGCUUUAGGGCUGUUUGUUCUGCGAUUGCCAAAUCUGGUAACUAAAUCUUUAUUCGCAGCACGCAUAUGAGGUUUUGGAACGAGCGCAUCAUCAACCCACACGGUGGCUCAGAGAAAGUGAAUUCUUCGAGGCAUGUACAUCCUAGUUGAUGUGUUCGGAGUGGAAGAAAUGGUUUGCCGGUCCUUCACUUGAAUAUGGACAUCCAAUUAUGUUGGAAGAUACUCGUCAGAGGUGUGUCAGUAUUAGUCAGGCAUACGUCGUAGUUCAUCAUUCAGGGCACGUAAACCAAAUACUGCCGGUCACUUAUUCCGUCGGACUGGUCUAUUUCGGGUCACAGUAUCAGUAAUAUGUCCUGAAAUAAUUGAUUUGCAAGAUUCAAUACCCCUUAGACAUUACCAUUCCAUCGGCCCCUUGUUUAAGUUCAGGGUAGCAAUCGAGGAGAUGACGCGGUCAACUAAGUGAGAACUGUAUCUGCUUUUUGUUUCGAUUAUGCACUCUAAACUAUCAUCAGAGAACACAUAUGAUAUGGGCAACGGAUGGUCAAGGGCUGCAGCCAUUAUAGGAUUCACUUACCAUGCUGUUCCAUGUCUAUUAGCAGUUAGGAAGGAGUUGGUCGUGAACUGCUGCACUCAUAGUAUCAUACAGGUCAAAACCUGUCUCUGUUGCGGUUGCACUCCGUAACUUUAUUGUUGAGUGCCUUGAUAUUCGCCCACAAACACGUGAACUAGCGAUGCUGGUCACCCUUGUUUCCCCGAUCCGGUUCGCACACCGACUGAUCACACAUCCAAAACGGAAGGAGCUUAGAUGAUCCCCUUUUCAGAAUGCCACAGACAUGUCAGGCUCACACAGCAACUCAUGUUUCACCGAACGGGCGCCUUGCUGACUAAGUAUACAAGCAAAUUGCCGACGCACAUUUUAUGGCCAACAGAUUCUACGCCAUAUACUGAGGUCCCAAAAAUCUGUACACAGGCAUUUCUCAAAAAUUCUCUCCGCAGCAAAAGUUCCGUACAUCCGCAGAUUAGUGUCACAAAAUGAAACGCCAACUUUUGCAUCUUUACAUCGCGGGUCUCCGUCAAGCCUCCAGCUUUCUGGCAAGUAAGUAAAAAAAACCUUGGAUCACUUUUUCUGUGCCAGAAUAUUAAGCGCAAAACAGCACUCGUCAAAAGACUCGAUUUCAUUAUCAUCGUCCGAGAAUCUACGCGACCUCCUCACCCAACGGCACGUGGCAAAACAGGUCGCCACGAUGUAGGAGACGGCGACCUCUCUACCUCCUCACUGACGAGCGCACGUUCGAACCGAAACUCUCUGAUUACUAUUCGCGCAACGGUUCCCGCUUGAGGUCUAGAUAGCCAUGGGUAUUUCUUAAGGAAACAGACAGAUAGUUCUGUCAAAACCACGAUAGUGAGAAUCUCUUAUUGUCCAGGAAGCAGUUCCGAGCAAGAUGCGAUCGCUAACGCAGUAGGUUUAUGGACCCGAUGUUUCAGAUUUUAAAUUGGAUGCAUCAUCAGGGACUGUAGCAGGUAAGAAAUGCUGGCUCAAAUAGAGCAGUAUUUGGAGGCCGAAGCUGCCACGCAACUCCAUGCGCAUCCGUUGUUGAGGUUCAUACCUGAUACGAUGAUGGCUUGCUAAUCGUUUACUGUUAGUUGUUAAUUGCCGUCGUGGAUUUCUGGCGUGGUAACUACUCGGUCGGCCACGCCCACCGCGCAUGACCAAUUUCUCUGCCAGGCACAGUCCCAACACAGAAUACGGGGUCGGGAGGUCGCUACGCCUGCAGAUCGACUGGGAGCCGGCGAACCAUGACUCCAUCACCAGGCGGCACACGCGUUUGUCGCAUUUUGCGGUUGCCACAGUUUGCGCCUUUCACCACUGAGACGUACAUGCAAUCAGGGCCGUCGAGCGGCCGCAAUAUACGUUCAUCAAACCGAGAGGAUGCCCACAACUCCGUAAUCAUCCAUUAAACUCACCCAGUGGACACCGAUCCGCUCUUGUAUGACGCCUGUUACUCGCACCCACGUGGACCUCGCCGAUCUACACCCGCGAAGACACUGAGCCGACUUUGCGUCCGGGGCCCCGCAUGUCUACAGAGCGUUACAGGAUCCUGAUUAUUGCUGUGGUUGAGGAAAAUACAAUACGCUCCAGGUUCGGUAGUCACAGUGUCUGGGUUUUACUGACCUGGAUUGCAGGUUGUGGUUGUGCCAAAACAGUAAAAUGCCGAAAUUCACCAUAGCAGUCUCGAGUUCCUUUUCAGUAUUGCGCGGAUUAAUACAACCCAUGAAAACGUAUAUCUUAAUUAAUUAUCACCGGUACUUUUCAUUGCUAUUCGUGUAGUGGUGAGAUUAUGGAAGAACCGAUGUGGGAAGGGGUAUGGUACUAGAGUAAAGGAUAAUUUUGCUCUCAAAACAGUACUUAACGACGCGCGUUUAAAGCUAUAAAUGAACUAUGGGUUUUAAUCAGUGCUGAGAAGGAGUAAGUGUAGUUAACGCUCUCAUGUCCGGAUGCCGCGGCGUGGUGUUUGCUAAUGUGCUCGUCGUUCUAUUCCACGGUACAUGCCGGUUUGUCCCCCAACAAGAACCGUUUAGCUUCUGGACAGAUGCCUUUUGUAAACUUAAAGAGUCGUGUAUAUUCACUCGUCUCCCUUAGCAGGUUCGACCCGGUUGGCUGGCCUGCGGUCGCAAACACGAAGUAUUCACUGAUGCCACAACCCAGUUAUUGCCGCGUGAAAAUCCUCGGUAUCUCGCUUUUUAUCCAUAUAACCCGGUUUCAAUAGCCGAUAAGUCCCGCCUUUAUCAGUCAGCCAAGACUCUGUUGCACUUUCAAUUUCCUUCUCGCCAAACUUUCCACAAUAUUAUCCAAAACGUAUAGUACGGAAGGUGUACUAACUGAUGAAAUGUUGAGGGAAAUUCUGAAGUGCGUUUUAGUUUAGAAAAGAUAAAACAAGUAGAGUUUUAAAAGUAUUCGUCGUGCAGUGUGAUUCUAUAAUAUUUCAGAUUCGGGAUGCCUGCUUUCGAAAGAACUUCUUUUCGACCGCAUGCAAAAACGAUACUCUGUAAAAAUGACUGCUUAUGUAGCAUUACUCUUUCUCAAUGAUUUUUGAGGCCCUUAAAAAUUCAAUUAUAUUUCGUGGAAAGCACGCAUAAAAAUAAUCAUUCUUUUGCUCAUUCGGCAGAAAACUACGUCUUCUUCAAACCUCAAUCUUGAAAGAAGGGUAAAAUUCGAUUUUAAAAAAUUUCUAAUUGUGCGAUUUUUUAAUACCGUGAAAUACCCGCUCAUAAAAAAUCAUGUUUCUGCAUUUAUCAACGUGGCUUGUAAAUUUAUCAAUAUGGCUUCAAUCCACCGAUAAAUGUUUUGAAUCCCAUAUGGUCUCUCUUAAAACCAUAGAGAAGUAUAUGGUUUUCUAUACGCGGAAAAUAUACGGCUUGUAGUUUUGAAACCCUGAAUGCAAUUGUGAUGGCAGGUCGGGUUCGAAGUUAUUAAGGAAUUUAAAAAAGCUUUUAAGACUGAACCAUCCCCUUCCUUCAGGCAUAAGGUAAAAAAAGACGUAAUUUUCUGCGGAAUAAGCAAAAUAAUGAAUAUUUUUUCAUGCGUGUUUUCCAUAAAAUAUGAUUGAAUUUUUAAGUGCACCAAAAAUCAAUGGAAAAAAAUUCAUGCUACCCAGAAGGUGGUUUUUGCAUGCAGCCGUCAACAAGUUCAUUCGAAAGUCGGCAUCUUCAGGUUACUGACCUAUUAAAGAAUUAUCCUGCAUGGGAAUUGAUUUUCACAGCGAAAAAAAACUUCGGAAUUUCGGUUAAAAUUGCAUGAGAUAGCCUACCUACUGUGUGCUAUGUCUCUAGAAAUUGGUGCUGUUUGAGCACUUGAACAUGAGUGUUUCUAUGUGCGUCUUCUCUUUCGCAGGGCGCGAGUCUCGAUUCGACUCUGCCUCGCGUCUCCUACAUCAAAGCCAUUGAUGUCUGGCUUAUCGCUUGCCUCCUCUUUGUAAUCGCUGCCAUGCUGGAGUUUACCCUGGCAAGCUAUUGGUCCCGUCGCGUGUCCCAGCGUAGGUGGCGUUCGGAGGUUCGGGAGUCGGUGCGUUCUCUUCUGGCGCGAGUCAUCUGUCCCUGCCAGUCGCCCAGUCCAAACCAAGUCCUCCUCAGAUGUGGCUGCUGUGGAGUGGCGAUGAGCCCGCACGAGGUGGUGGCGUCGCAGCAGCAGUCUGCACAACACCGUCCGCAGUACGCUGAGUGCUACUGUUACGCAAGGUGCCAGUGCUCGCCGGUGGAGACAGCCUGCCGAUCAGUGAAGUUUGAUAUUCCCAAGAAUCGACCCUGUUCUGCCCAAAAACGUAGCUAUGUGAGUGCCUCUUACAAUUUGGGACUUUGGUUCAUAAAUGUAAUUUAACCGUUCAUGCCUUUUUUGCCGGAUGGGAGUGCCCUCUAGCCGAUUUCGGUUAGGAAUUGUGCAAUUUCUGGAGAUAAUGGGAGAUAGAGAUGGAAUCCGGUGGGAACUUCAGCAGUUUCAGAGCAGGCUCCUGACUUUUUGUCGCGCAUGGGCCAGGUUGGACACCCGCAAAUCCACCGCGCUAAGACUGGAGUAUUAGUUCCUGCACACCUUGCCCCUAGUCCAGUUAGUACUUUUUAAUCAAGAGUGACAUUAGCUACAACACAAGCCGAUACCGCCCUUCAAUUCCGCAAAUUAGUAAAACACAAUUCGGGUCGUGGUGAAUAACUGGUGCCUCAGAUGACUUCACUUAAUAUAAUUCCUGUUUCAAAGUGUCGAAAAUGUCUCCCAAGAGAGAAGAACUGCCAGUCACAGGUGAAUAGACCCGCGAUUUUUGUUAAACAAUUUGGAAGAAAUAAGUUUAUUGUUAAAAAUAAACAAAUUGAAUUGUGAAUUUUCGACUUUGUUUACCCUAUUUGUCCUCAGACGUGAAGUAAGUGUGCAAAACAGUUAACAUUUAAACAUUGCUAACAGUAGAUUUUGUUCUGUUACUCCUGCUGGCUUAAUGCUUUGAGCGGCCAAUGCCUUUUCCACUUCUCCUUGGGUUCGUUGAUACAUGAGUUAUUAGAAUGGAUGGCCUGUAAAAAUCCGCGGCCUUUCUUAGAUGAGUAAGCACUUACAAUGCGAGUCUUGUCCAAAGCGUACUUGUGUCCAGUUUCCAGCGUAUUAAUGGCUACUCGGGACAAGUGGUUUAGCCUUUUUACGGCCAGUUGAUAUCCAUGUAUUCGUGUAGAGGCCGAUUUCCCGGUUUGACCACAGUAAACCGCAUUACAGGUGUUGCAUGGCAUCUUAUAGGCGACUUCCCUCUUACCUAAGUAGCCAAUCCUUUCCUUAACUCCCGUCGUCCCAUCCAUCGAUCUACAAAAUAUCUAGGAUACCCAAUCCGAUGAAACAGUUCGAACAAAUAAUUCAGUUCUAUAUGAUAGGUUUCGUUGUCAGAGCAGUGAGUUCAUGCUCGGUUAACUUAAUAAUUAAUCACGGUGUUUUAUGCAAAAUACUUCGUUAUGCAAGCUGAAAAACUAUGGCAAACUGUGCGUACAUUAUUUGCAAGUCUGAGCAGAGCUGCAUCGUGGAAUGCACCGCUACGUAGUCUGUGCAAAGAAUUCAUGGGUUUAGUUGACCUUCAGGGCUGAUGAUUAUGACGACUGUAGUGGUGAUUGGCAGGCACAAUAAAUCCUUCAUAUUCGAUUAGAAAGGAGGGGAAUGCGUAGGUAGUGGUCGUAGCCUUCGCUCACGCAAAGGCAGUAAUUAAGGACACUACGCAAUCCUACGAAAAUGUCGGGAAACAACAGGGUACUUUGUACUGAGUUGAAAUCCCCCGAGGAGUGGAUGAAAUACGCUUAAAAAACGUGAAACACUGCUCAGUGUGUUAGACAUAUUCGCACAAUUUGGGCAAAACGACGUUAAUUACUACACCAUUAUCCAGACUUUAAUUGCAAUCUCGCAAAGAUGCAUGUUUUGUUGUAAAAUUGGCAAAAGGGAGUGCUUUUAAUCCUCAAUCCAAAGAAGACAUUGGCGGACGAUGUGCCGUUGAGAGGACUUCAGUUUAAAGCCACAGGCACAUAGCAAUAACAACACAAAUAUGGGGAACAUCUUGCUAGGCAAAAGACUGGAAAGGGAUAGUUUUAUAAUAUUAAGUUUAUUUUGCACAGAGGUUUAUGCUGGGAAAUGUUAGAAGAGCUUCUAUCAAAAGUUAUGCAGAUACGCAAUUUUUCCCAUACACGAUAUGGCGUUUUCUCCGUUUGAAGCGGGGUUUUUGAAUGUUGACUCCAGUUCGCGAAUUAACCAAUGGGGUAGUAACAUCUCUGUAAUCUGGCUAAGUAAGCGGCAUCCAUCUGCUUAUUACCUGUUGAGAGUAAGUUCUCAUUUACGCAAAGUCAUACUGCUGACAAAGACAAGGGAGACUGGAAUGGUCGUUUCGGGCUUAUUAGCCGUCAUCAGACAGUGAUACCCAACCUGGAGGUGUGGAACACCCGGGCCUCGAUCUCGCCAUAUGUUGGUUAGAAGUCCAACGUCCCUAAACUCUGAUCUGACGACGUCUAACAAACCAGAAAUGGAUAUUCUCGUCUCCGUUGUCCAUGUCGAUGAUGUCAUUCUACCAAUAGUACUCUCCACCGUGCGGCUGCGGGUUGGGCUCGAAAGGAGGCCCCAGGACACAACAGAACGAGAGAGCUCCAUAAGAGGAUCGGUGAGUGCCAGUCCGCCACUCUUGAAUGCCGAAAGGCAGUCGUGCAUGGCUGGCGGCCAUAUGCAAGCUGGAUGCAGGCCACAUGUACCAACAUCACCGGCAUUGUCAGGAAGUAGCCCUUACAUAUACGUCUCAUAAAAAUUUGAUCAACACAAAGACAUGGAAUACUGAGAUUUUAAUUUCACCUGCCAAAAAACCGGUCAUACGUCAUCCAUGACAAGAUAGAUUACCGAAACACAGCCCUCCUGCUACUCAACGAUCGGGAGUCCUACAAAGUCAGCGGCGCUGCCAGUUUAAAGUCACUCCUGGCGAAAGUUGACAUAAUUCUGGCUCGACUAAUAAAGGACACGGCCAUCGCCGCUAAAGACUGGUAUAGUGUAAAACCCACAGAACCAGCUACGGCGCGAUUCUACGGUCUCCAAAAGGUACACCGGACAGACGUUCCCCUCCGAGCAAUCGUCUGACUCCGAAGCACACCCGAAUACGAGCUUACAAAUUGACUAUUACAAAUUUCUAACCGCGAGCUCACAAGCAAAAGUGCAGUCAGCAAAGCAGUUUUCUAAAACGAUACGGGUGGUCAUGAUCGAACGCAAUGAGAGACUGGUGUCAUUUGAUGUCGUUCCACUCUCCUCAUCCAUACCAUAGGCUAUGGCGGUCAAAAUGCGCAGUGACCUGCUGCGUCAAAAAUGCAGUGAGGGCAAUGGCCAGUCCACAGCUCAGGAUUUCAGAGAACACCUAGGGCACUGCUUCAAGACAUCCCUUGCCUUCGAAGGGAUCACAUAUGAACAAAUUAAGCGCUUUCCGGGCUCAUUGUUGAGGCAGUUCAGCAAAGACUCGGGAGAAGACUGCUCGAGGAGCACAAACCCCAGUUUGGGCGCGCUACGUGGAGAACACCUUCGUAAUUUUCCGUCUGGGUAAAGAUUGACUAGUACGGGAAACAACUGAACUCAACCAUUCCCGACCUGCGGCUCACGACAAACGUCUAUUCUUAGAUGCUCUUGUCUGCCUCCAAACGUACCUCAGACUGACGAUAUCAAUCUACUGAAAACCGACGAACACACUGCAAGUGCUCGGCUACAACAGCAACCACCCACUGCAGCAUCAACGAAGCUGUACACGCACGCUAGACCGUAGGGUGAAAGCUCAUUGCAUCACGCUCGCCGCCAAACUGGACGAGAUGAAGCUCCCCCAAGAACUCUUCAGGGCCAAAGGACUUCUGCGAGCAUUAAUUGAAUGGAGCCGAAAGCAACAAAGGAAGCGGAAUGAAGGGCAUAGUCAACCUAAAUCGUAACGGAGCAUUCCGUGCAUGAAAGGGUUCACCGAAGCUGUGGCUAGAUCCAUCGCGCCGCUCGGAAUAGGCGUUUCUUACAGCCCUGACUCAAAAAUCCGCUGGAAAGUGAUGCGGCCAAAAGAUCGAGCCCUAAGCAGGAGAUGUCAGCUGUUAUCUACCGACUUCCCUGCAGCUGCCGCACGUGUUACUACCUUGGCAAAACCGUCCGACGGCUGCAAUCGCGAAUGUGCGCGCAUAAGUUGGCCGAGCGAAGGUUGAACGCAAAGUCGGAGGUAGCGUCCCAUGCCGCGCAAGUGGGGCACAUCUUCAACUAUGAGGCGGUUGAGAUUGUGAGCUGGGGCGAUGAUCAUAGAGCAAUGCGGAUGCAAGAAGUCCGGAUGUCCACCGACUGCUCUGUCGACCGCCACAUCAAUUUGCCUCUCCCCCAUCUGACUUCACCAACCUUCUUAACGGGGAACAGUUACGGCGCGGGACAGUCGGGGCCAUCAACUACCCCCCGGUGGACGAGGGCGGGGGCGAUUCAGGUCACGGUGACAUAAGGGACGGAUGCAACCAUACAGGCGGCAUUAGCGGGCCCCCCAUCGAACAAAGUGGCCAUACAAGGAGAACCGUGCGCUAAACUUCCUGGUCUCUGAAUAUGCGUAGACGAAGCAACAACUCGAAACGUCAGACCUCCAAUAGACCUCGCCGGUGAACGCCCCUCCUCUUUUGACAAAGUAGGCAUGAACACGCCUUCAUAACGGUAUUCAAGUUUGCAGAGGAAGGGUGUGACUUGGUAUCGGAUAAGCAGCGUGAGUGUACUCCAAGCGCUACAAUCACUCGGUCAAAUCCCGGUUUGUAUGGAGACAGAACUCGCUCGAUUGGGGAAUUUACUGUGCACAGAAACCUCCCUGGCGCCAUUUGCCGCUGGCAAAGCCAGGGUUGGUACUGACUACGCCUAGUCAUGCCUGAGGGUCUGUGAGACAUUCUCAAGUGGUGUCGAACUAGCAUGUGUUGUAUUUGUCGAUGGAUGGCAGUCAAUUGUCGUAUGUUGCUGGUUGCAGGGAAGUGAUGUGUUUAAGUGGCGCAUGCGCGUCCGAUUUGAAGUCGGUACAGUGGCUUCGGUCAAAUGGCGUCUCGAACAGCUCGCUGGGAAGGCGAAUGACCUUGACGCAGCAAGGCCCUUAACAAGGACGCCAGACAUGACCAUGAUGGCUGUCGGCACCAUAACUUCUUCCACGAGAAUGCGUCGGCGGAACUAGGCGCAAAAACAGAUACUGGUGUUGGUAGAGAGAAUAAACACAUUUCUUAGUAAUGAGAUGUUAUUCAAGAAGCAUCGUAAACAAAUACAGUCGAUAUAUUCUGACCUUGUUUUAAACUAUACACCGGAAGCGCUCGGGCUAUUUGCAGACCGCCUCAGAAGAAACCCCCCGAUUUUCUUUGUGCCGAUUGUUUACUUACAGCUAGAGCGCGACACCGUCAUAGACUUGUGCGGCCACACUUCGCAACAAUGGCCAAAGGAUUAUAGGCGUUCAAUCUCCCUUAUACUGCAAUUUAAUAUUUGAUGUUCUAGGGAAGUGUACGUAAACAGUUCAGUUGAUUCUGCAUUGAAAACGCAUUACUUGACGAGAAUGCCCUAGUUAUGAGCAACCAUGAUUUUAAUUCCAUUCAGUGCAAUGAAGAAAACGCGUGAGCUUCAUUCAAGGGCGUUUCCGAUUUGAGUGCUUGCAUGGAGUUCAAGAUAAUUUAACUGGGCAGUUUGAAUCCAUCAUUCGAUAACAGUAUCCUUGGCAUGUCUUUAUGCAACCAGACACAAUUCCUUUAUCCGGCAAUAGCGGGGUUUAUGGCCGAGGUUACUUGACCAGAGGAAACGACGUCAGUGUACGUGAAUGUAUCGUUUUCUCCAUCAUUCUUAUUUGAUUAGGAAGAGCACUGCCGCGUUUAAUGUUACAAGUUGAAGACGAUGGCGUAGUGCAGUAGAAGCUCACUUCAUGUGCAGAGCUUUCCAGGGUUAGGUUUGGUCCUGUAGCUCCAACUGAGUUAUACCACAUGAUAGGCUAAGAAAAUUAUUAGUUGUGAGUGCGCUGACUUUACAACUAUCACGAAUUUGCACUUUUCCCAUAAAUGUAAUCCAGAGGGUGACUGUGUCACGGGGGAAGGGGCACUUAUACUCCAGCGCCUGGUUAUCACUUGGUUCGCGCUUCCCGGCACUUACUUCGAGGCCUGCUUGCGGUCUCUUUAUUAUCCUAAUCCAGCGAGUUGCCAGAUAGACUUGCUAAUGCAAUUUUUCGGACGAUGUUGAACUCCGUCGGUUGCACUACAAUGACCGUGCAGUGCGAAUUACCACGCGCUUGCCGACCGUGACCUUUUAGUUUUGAUAACACCCUCCUCAACCUACUAAUCCAGCGAGUGGCUACGUCGAGGGAAGUACAGUGCGUGACCGGUCUCAUUAAAUGGCCGAAAUUCUGAAAUGCGUUUUUGACUAGGGAAGGAUUAACAAGGUGGUGUUGUAAUACUAAUCCUCAUGUAGCAUUAAUCUAUAGAGCAUCGGACUCGCCAGGAUGUCGGCUUUUGAAGGCGCUUCUUUUUGUCCUCACACAGUUGUACUACUGGGUAAAAAUGACUACUUAAGUAGCAUGCAUCUUUUACGUUGACGUUCGAUGGACCCGUAAAUCCGAAUGUAUUUUAUUGACAAAUUGAACAAAAAAACGUGGUUUAGUUCACUUGUUCGAAAGAUAGUCAAGUCAUCUAUAUAUUUUACACUCGAAAAAAGAGAAUAGUUCAGGUUUAAAAAAAGCUUUUAAUCAUGAGAUUUUUAAGAUCAUUCAAAGUCUAUUCACUCAGCAUCGUACCUGUCCGUUUACCGCUGCUCCUCAUGGUCCUACAGACCCAUCUGAGUUAUACCGCAUGGUAGGCUUUCUAAGAAGACUUCUUAGUUGCGAGUAGGCUGACUUUACAACUAUCACGCAUUUGCAUUUUCCCUACAUUUGCAAUCCAGAGAGUGACUUUGUCACAUUGACAGGAGUACUUAUAGUCCAGUCUCGGUUAUCACUUCGUUCGUUCAUCCCUGAACUUGCUUUGAGCCCUUCUUGCGUCCUCUUUAUUAUCCUUAUCUAGCGAUUGGCCAGAUAGACUUGCUAACGCAAUUUUUCGGACAAUGUUGGAAUCAAUCGAUUCCACUACAUUGGCCAUGCACUGCGAAUUACCAUGCGGUUCCCCCCCCCCGUGGCCCUCUAGCUGUGACAGCACCCUUCUUAUCUUACUAAUCCAGCGAGUGGCUACGUCGGGGGGAGUAUGUGCACACGCCACCUUCACUCACCUCCCUGCGCGUGUUCCGAGCUCUGCUUCUGCUCUCAUUCCCCUCCUAAUCCAUCGAGUGCCUAAGUUAGGUUCACCAAUAGAAGCAAAGAGACGAGUCCUAGGAGCAGUCUUGAAGAAGGAGACACGAUCGCUGAGACAAGAGCUUCAAUCGUCUGACGUUUCGGAUUCCUGCGCGGACCCAUCAUCAGCGGCAAAAAGCAGAUACGAGUGGUUCAUGCACAAGGGGCUGCCAUAUUUAUAGGAUAUAGUCGCCAUGCUACCUAUAAAUACCUAUAAAUACCUAUAAAUAUUCACGGUUCCCCUCCUUCAUCAGGGAUCGUUGAACGUGAUGUGAUGGCCAACAUUCGCGUCGUUAAUUGCUGCAAUUUCAUAAGGACGCUUUGUCGGCGUCGGAGAAACCGGAAGACAACUCCGAACGCGAAUGGCUGAACACGCUGCAGCGGUGCGGAGAAAUGACGCCAGCACCCAAGUUGCGGCUCAUUCGACGAGAUCCGGCCACACAUUCGCAUCCGACGAGGUUGAACAUGGUAGGGGGCGCUCACCGAUCGUUCUUACAGAACUUACUCGUUUCGUUGUGCAAUACGGGCUCUCUCGAGUCCAACCAGCAGCCGUACAGCGACGCAUGCUAUAUAGGCAGAAUGCUAUUACCAGUCUCCCUUGUCUUUGUCGGUAAUAGCAUUCUGAGGUUGAAAUUUUCGCAAGAGGUGACAACCGCGUGAGCCGGGAGCUGCUUGAGUCAUCAUUAACUGGCCUUCAGCCCCUUAACAAGUGUAAUGAUCUUCACAUUCAAUACUCGUGUUGGAACGUCGCCUAGGCGGAGUAAUUGGCCACACGGGGAGCGCACAAGUGAACACUUUUCCCAACACCGCGUCAGAUGGUCGAGCCAGCAUCAUACGAACAUCCAAAGCAGGUGAAGAAAUUGCAGCAAUUAACGACGCGAACGUCGGCCAUCACACCACGUGCAACGAUCCCUGAUGAAGGAGGGCAGUCGUGAACAUUCAGUAGGUGUGCGGUAGCAUGGCGACUGCAUCCUAUAAAUACUGCAGCCCCUUAUGCAUGAACGACCCGUAUGUGCUUUUUCAUGAUGGGUUCGAGCAAGAAUCCGAAACGUCAGGCUAAUAAAACUCUUGUCCCAGCGAUCGCGUCCCCUUCCUUAAGUUAGAUAUGUUAACUAAUAUUGUUUUUACCAGCAAACUAUAUGGUAUCACUCGGGUGAGGCUUCAGAACCAAAAUUCACCGCUUUCUGACUUGCAUUUGAACAGUAAUUCAGUCGAGCUAUCUAUGGGCCGGCAGCUAUUAAGCUAUGGAUUGACUCCUGCAAAAUCGAUCGCAGCAGAAAUCGCUGAUCUUUUUUAGCAUCCUGAGUCUGUGUUUACAAAAGAACGAUUGGAACUCGCGGUCGGUCCUAAUGCCUUUGGGGAUGGCUUUCAUUGCCGAGUUGCAUUAUUCUGCAGCGACAUCACCUCCUCCUGCAUGCCUCUCCUAAAUUAAUAAUCAAAUUAGGAGCAGCUGUUUCGUAUUUUCGGUUUAUCCUCAGAUUCAGAUGACUGAAAAAUUCUUCCUUCCUCUCUCCUUUUUGUGAAUGUGCUCUCGCCGGUGAUGCAACCGUCAACCUCAAAAAUAGAUGACGAGCUUUUUGGAUACCCCAAAAUAUUUAUGCGGUAUGCCCGUCGCACAGUGGAUGGCAAAUCCAAUAAAUAUCCAGUGAUGAAAUCUAACUGCAAAUUUGCUAUGAUUAAUGCCUACACAGUCGCCGUUUUUGUUCCUUCGAGUUCACUUGGCACCGAAGAGUAGAAAACCCAAAAGUGCUUUCAAAUAAAAAACAAUUAUUUAAAUCGCACAUCGACACUGCCCAAAGUGAGGCAGGGUAAUAAAUAACUUACUAUGUAAUAAGAUGUUGCAUUUUUUCCUAAACCGUUCGUCUUUUUCCUGUUUAACCAGUGCUUGUGAACUAUUUGCCGCUAAAGUGGUGUACAUUUAUUUUAUUGAUUUUCGGAGUAUUUUUCAUAAACACGUGUACAUUGAUCAUACUCAACUUAUAGAGUCCCUGAUCUCUAAGUAGCACUUGACGAAAGAGAAUAUCUAGUUCUAGCAGUCAUUUUUAAGAAAUCGUUUUAGACCUCUUAACCAUAGCUAUAUUAGUGCCGCAGUAGCAGUCGCGUGGCAACGUAGGAAUAGAAUGUAAUAUUCUUUAACAUAAAAGACAACAGAUUUGAACGUCCCUUUUCGGUCCAUGUUCCCUCGUCAGGUACCUGGCACACCGUAUACUACGUCACCAGCCGGUUUAAAAUUCUGUGUGGAAUGCUUAGUCUCCCGUUAGAUUGAUAUCCGUUGUUUGCUUAGUGAUUUCGUAGUGCCGAUAGUGAAGAUUAAAUAAGCUGGGUGGGGUUUUUCGAAAUCUCAGUUUGGUAAACACGUGUUUUCCGUAACUCGUCAUCAGGCCAAAACAGUUACAUAGACGAUGAAAUUAUGGGGGCCAACGCCGAUCCCAGAUGAUGCUUGCAUGUCGCCCCAACCUCCUGAUGGCAGUGGUAUGUGCACAACGUACCCGACGUACAAGCAUUACUCACGGCCUAUGUCCCCCCUCCCCCUCGCCUCCUUGACCCAAUGGUCACGACACGCCGACCACGCCAAAGCACGCCUCGCCAUGCGAGUGGCGUGGGAACGCUGAAUCCCUCCUAAGCCCUGUAACUUCGCAUAAUUUAAAGUCCUAUGUAGUUUUUUUGGCCUGAUGAAGAAUAACCAAAAACACGUGUUUGCCAAAUUGACUUUUCAAUUGUAACAUGGGGAUAUUGGCUGAACUUAGACAAUCCAAAGAUCCCUUGUUGUUUUUUGUUAAGCCAGUGAACUCACUAUGGUUUUUAAGCUAUUCUUUCACUGCUAAUAUAUUGUCUCAAGCUUCUCACCAGUUUCCAGCGAUCUCCACUUAAUACUGUCGCUAGGCCUACCCUUAGCGUCACCCCAUAACGCUGCAGUCAGAGGGCGUGGAAAUGAAAUUUGCGAUGCAUCAUCACCAAAUAGUUUAUUAUAAACCCCGUUACUGGUGUUUCCGAUGUCUGAGUCAACAUGUUUUGUGUUUAUGCCAAAGUCCAAUAAUUUCUGUACUAACUAGCUCAGAGUUUCACUGCUAUCAUCCAGAAAAUCCAGAGUCCGGCAGAUUUUAUUAGACAUCUUCAUUUUCCACUUAUCUCCACAUCCAAGCACACAUUUCACGUCAAGAAACAACAACCUUGCAAAAUGAAAGGCUUUCUUCAGUUCCUCUGUCCAUCGCUCUGGCCUCAACAAGCGAAUCGGAAAACAGUGGUCCGUUUUCAUGAUUUUUCACCCGACAUCAUCUUGUGUCUGGAGUGAUUUUCACUUACUGUAAACAGGGAUUUGUCGAUGUUCACCUCAAAGUCCCUAUCUCCUUAUGUGUUAUAUACGUGUGUGUUGAGCCCUCAUCACCUGAACGUAUGGUGCUAAUUCUUGCAUUCUUUUACACAAUUAUCCUGAGAUCCUUGUCUGCCUAGUAGAUACUAAGGGCAAUAUCGACAAGGUCAAGUGAAAAAUGAUAAAGGUGAGAGGGAGCCGUAUGUAAUGGUAGUGGGGGCGAUCAUCGAUCGUUUUUACGGAACUCACUCUUCCCGUUUUGCCUUUGGGGUCUCUCUGUCGUGUUCAACCAGCAGCCGCAAACCGGCGCACGAUACGUGUCACGGGAUCGAGCACCAGGUGUUCCACACUUUGAGGUUGGGUAUGACUGGCGGACGACGGCUAAUGAGCUAGAAAUAUCCAUUCCGGUCUCCCUUGUCUUUGUCGCUAACGCUAUUCACUAACGUAUGAGUCAUAUGCUAUUAAAGGUACGAUAUUUGGGCAACAAAACCGAAGGCGUUAACUUAAAUGGGGCUGAUAUUUCCUCAGAUUUUCUGGCACGUAGAGAGUUGCAAAUGCAGUUUGGUUCGUCAGGCUUUCACCACGUGCGCUAGAUAAAAGCCCUUGUUGAAACCGCGCACAUAUUACGGACUUAAUGCGGAAAUAAUGCCAAUAAUACUAGGGCGUUUAGCUGAUUGUGAUGGAUUUGAGAGUGGAUAUGCCUACUGGCUUUAAAACGAAGAAACUGUGUCAAAUAAUGUAUUCUAUGCUCGCACAUUAUUUUUGUUAUGACGAGGAGGACAAGCCGUUUAUUGGUAGCUCAUGGACACGAGGGGUUACAACACGUCAGAAAGAUGCGCUGCUUAUAUUGGCUCCUGUGCGUUCUGGGACAUUCCAUCCAAUGACGUGCCAGCCGUUCUAGAAUGUUCCUGCCCUGGGAGUGCUGGUCGCUGAUUGGCCACCGUGUGCGCGAUAGCCCCUCCAACGCGGAAAGCGUCUGGAAUGUUCGACCAGCCAUUGAUUGGGCAGCGCACGUGAGCACAGCCACUACACGUGCUCGGCGCUGCAUUGCACGCCGGUCGACCGUGUAACUUCACGCGUGUCUCACGCCGCCGGCCGUGGCUCUACGCCGCUUGCACCCUCCAUAACAAUUUUCAGUACAAAUUAGAAAGGCGUAACGAAGGGACUGCUUACAUUCGGUGGUUAACUAAUGUGACACUCAGCUCGUUCAUAAGGUCCUUGAUAUGCAUCCUUUUCUGGAAAACCUAUAGACAGCUCUUAUGGCCUGAAUUUGCAACCAUUUUUACAUAUUCACUCAGUCUACAUGAAACGUAAUAAGGACUCAACUAUCGGCUUGUUUGCCUGCCUUUCGGUCUAGAUCCGAAUUCAUCAAUAUAAACCCAGAAGUACAGGUGGGGAUUCUAUAGAGUCGAAUAUUUUUCUGAGCAAAAACGGUAGGUUUGUUCAAUUAAGCCAAAAGGUAAAGUCUAAAAUGGUUAUUGCAACUUAAUUCAUAUAGACCGCUUUUAUCCGAUUCGCUGUAGUACUUUUAGCGCAGUUGGGGUCGGCUUUGUCGGUACAUCGGGCGUCACAAUUCGCGCAGUGAGUUCUUUCGUAGACCGACACGUAGACGAUGCAAAUUAAUUAAGCGCCUCCCCAUUGAGAAGCGACGGUGGACUUGCGUAGUUAUCGAGUCGUCCACGUUUCCGUAUAUUGAUGCGCACUGAUAGCCAAUUAUCCUUAUUACCGGGCUUCCGGGCACCUAUGUCAGUUUAACCUUUUCAAUCGUCAUGAUGGGAACACCGGAAGUGUAAGCAUCCAACCCCACUGUUUGGCAGUGACUUGACUUACUUUGGACGCUAACGCUCAACUUGUCGGGCAGGACGGAAUGCAUUUCUCGCCUUUCAUAAACAGGAAAAUGUAAAUGAGCAUUGAAUUGCCCUACAAACCACUCAUCUUCAUAGAGGAACAGGCAUUCAUCUGGAAAAGGUCUUUCGGAAGUUCUAGGACCUAGCAUUAGAGAAUGCAUCGGCUCGUCAAAAACCUGGAUGCCUUCUCGAACGUCCCUAAUACUGCUACUGUCGUGCGGUCUUGCGAAUUUUGAUAAUGAAAUUGUCAACUUCCUCAAUUUCUACCACAAGAGUGAAAGUUGAAAUGUAGGAUCAAUUGUGCAAUGAUUUACCAUACUAACAACACAGGUAUCAGCUAAAAGCCCAGACACGCGUGUUUCGCCGAUCUUAUGCCGCUGCCUGACGCAGCUGCGAUAGGUUCGGCUCGUCAGUGGGUCCCCCAGCUUUGCCCGCGUGUUUUCCGGUAUAUUAACUCCAGUUUCAACUUGUCUUGUUUAAUUUCCGAGGAAAUUAAUGCGCGAACCUGGAGUGACUCUUUCGAAACAGACCGGGGACCCACUGACGAUCCGAACCCCUCGCAGCUGCGUCAGGCAGCGGCAUAAGAUCGGCGAAACACGCGCGUCUGGGCUUUUAGCUAAUACCUGUGUUGUUAGUACGGUAAAUCAUAGCACAAUUCUAUACUACUGGCUGCCUGUUGGCGGUUUGUGAAUAUUAAGCGGUUAUUCCGCAGUAGCUGAUGGAUUUCAGCUCAAAUAUUUAUAUUAAACUUCGGACCGUACCUGAAAACGUCUGUUUCGAAGGAUUAACUCCAAUUUCGCACAUUAAUUUCCUCGGAAAUUAAACAAGGCAUAUAGGACCAAUGCUGGGCGAUCGCCGCUCAUUCUUCGAGCGUGACUAGAAAUUCCCAAUCUGUGCGCUUUAGGCCAGACAAUGCAAAGAGUAAAUUUCUCAGAUGGAUUAAUAUUCCGGAGUCUGUAGCGCCUCAGACGGAAUUAAGCCUUCUGCCUCGGGCGCACAGGGGUCAUGUGAUCACGACCUCCGAGCGUCAGAACGUGAGCGCGUUCAGGCCCACAAACGCCACUACCAACCAAUCAGCUGAUCGGGCUGACACUGACUGACUAUCACCUGACGUAUAUUCACUCACGCCCACCUGAUGCACUCACGCCCGCACGCUUACACGGACGUUCGCGAACCCACAGCUGGCCCCGCGCCGGGGUACCUGACAGGCAACAGGCAACAUUACUUUUCUGUCCUUUAUCUCUGUAUUCAGGAGAAGCGCCUGGCUCAGAACUUCUGCAGCGGCGACUGCUCAACGGUCUCCUGGACACAUGAGGAGCCCAAAUCCCACGAAACACACACACGUCGACGUCGUCAAGGCGACAACAAGAAGCACCGUCACAAAAGUGCUCGGUACAACUCCUCUUCCUCCUCUGUGACUGUUUCCCCCUUGGACUGCCCAAACCGCCUCCCCGCCUCUCCAAAACGGCGUCACAUGGAAUGCAGUGACGACCACUUACCGCCCCCACGGGCAAGUCGAUUGGCCAAUUCAGGGGGAGCCGACGACACCGGGACCGUUCUCUUUCACAUGUCUUCCCUCAAAAAGGGUGCGACCGGCAGGAAAAAGCACUCUGUGAAGUUCAGCAAGGACAACCACCAGCAGGAAAGCCAGAAGCAGUUAGAGCAACAACAACAACAGCCCCUUCUUGGACGUUCUAGCGACGCCUAUGACAACACCACCGAUUUCACCAAUCGUCACAAACCGCCGGUACCACCGUGCCAGCGGGAGACGGCUACGCGAGAACGUCUGGCCAGUCUGGAGGUCAGCCUGGAAGACCGGCCGGUGGACAUUGAGUCGGAGAUUGAUGCCUACAGUCGAUUCCUCUUCCCCUGCUGUUUUGUCCUUUAUAAUUGCUGCUACUGGCUUUUUUACCUAAUAAUUUCAGAUCCUGGUUUCAUAAACUCCUAG